AUGAAUGUUUUGUCUGUUGUAUCACGGAUUCAAAUAAUUUAUUUUUCUCAGAUUCUCAGUCAACUGUUUUUAUAUCCACGCAAGGAUACGUAAUUUUCCUUGAUAUCUUGCUUUCGAUAAUCUACGGUUUACGGAGUAUAACGCUGUUAAAUAAAUAAUCGUCUAUUUUGUUUUCGUUUUGCACAUAGGUAUGACAUACGACAACAGCCGCAUUUAAAAGUCAAGGAAAAUCCCAAAUGGUGGUCAUCACCCGUUGGAUUUGAUGAUCGUGCGUACUUUCACGCGGAUACCGGAGAACCGCAGAACGACCGAAACCUAGUCGACAAUUUGACGGUGGACAGAGCGAUGGCUACGGACACCGGGAUUUACAGAUGCAGGGUGGACUUUCUAAAAGCUCCCACCCGAAACAGCCUCGUGAACCUAACCGUCAUAGGUACGUGAUAUCACCAUCGGUCGAUACAUUUUAUUUUUUUUUUGUACACACUAUAAAAUAAUAAUGAUGAAAACAAAGUGCACCACUCCGCGAUACGCGGUUUUCGAAGGAAAAUCAGUAAGUAGGUAUAGGCGUAUUAUAUCCGAUUUGGAAAUUGUGGACUUUUUAAUUUAUUUUAUACAAAAUACAUUUCUAUAUUUUUAUUUAAUAUUAUUGCAAAAGUGCAUUUUUAUUUUUAACAAUACAACAUUGAUAAGAUGUUACAAUCGUUUUCUGUUGAAAUUAUACUCGCGUUGUUUUUACAUUUUUUUUUUUCUCAAUAAAACGCUAACAUUAAAAUAAUUAUAAACACUUGAAUUUAUAUCGGUCGCCGAGUAGUUAACGAAAUUCUUGAUAAUAUUUACAUAGUUAUACUUAUCUUUUUAUAUACUUUUUUAAGCGCAUAAUAUUUAUAGUUUUUGAAGUGAAUAUACAUUUUCGGUACACUUCAUUUAACCGAAAGAUUAUUAUUUAACUGUUAUUUGUUGGCAAAACAAAAUGUUACCAUCAUGUGGUCAAUUCGAUUAUUAGUUUUAUUGCAGCGUAUACGGUCAGUAGUUCAAAGUGAUCGAAUUUAUGCGAUAAUACGGUCAAUACUUUUCAGUCAACGUUUGUUUUUAAUUUUUGUUUAUUGAUAACAUAUUUUUUUUUUUUUUUUUGUCGUUAGUUAUAUUUAUUUAUUUGUCUAUCUAUUACGUUUAAAUAAAUUUCCAUUCAUAUAAUGCUAAAACCAUUACAUUUUUAAUCUCUCGUUUAUAUAAUUGUUUGUAUAUGAUAGUAAUUCACCGAAACACAAAAUUAUAAUAAUAAUUGUUUGUUGUAUACCUAUGAAUUUAACUGUUUACGAAUGUGCCAUGAUGUAAAUAAUAUAUAAGAACACUGUAUAAACAUCAUGAUAAUAAUAUAAUAAUAACACGUGUAAAUUCUUGUAUGUUAUUAGGGGGAAGGGAUAAAAACACGAUUUAGAUGUAAUUUCAAACUUAUACUUAGUUUGGAUUAAACUUACUAAUUAAAAUACAAGAAGACUUGCGUUCCAAAAUGUUAGUUUUAAUUAUACAAAUUAUAUUUCCAACAGUAUAAAACUAAGAUACGAUAGUAUUUAAAAUAAUUUACCGUAUGUUCGUAUUUGUUUCUACAAAACUUUUUCACAAGUAUAGACCUUAACUAAUUUUCAUUUGCCGUUCCUUUUAUUCGUAUCGUUACACACGUUACACAUACAGUUGUUAUUGAACUUAUUAUAUGUUUUAUUUUAUUAUUAUUCUUUUUUUUAUUUUUUAAUUCAAGUAUUUAACAUAAUAAUUUGAACAGAAAACGCUUAUUUAAAAUUACUAUACCACUGAUUGGAGUUCAUCAAUAAUAAAUGUGGUCAAUAAAUCCGUAUCAGUAUGCUUCAUCUUCUUCUAUUCGGUAAAUGCAUUAAAUGUAUAAAAAUUAACAAUGAUAUGAACAAAAACAAAAUAGUUAUUUGUACUUGAACUCUUUUACAAUGAGAAUAAUUACUUAAUUUUAAGAGCCCUUAUACUUUUCACGAUGGGUCGUUUAUAAUAGGUACACUAAAGUUUUAACGGAAAUUUCUGUCAUUGACAUACAUCAUACGGAGCUUUAGAGGGCUGAAGUCCCGGCCAGAUACUUUACAAGUUCACAAGUCAUUAAACGCGCUAAUUACUGAAUUUUUAAAUACAUACCAACAAAUUGUUCAUAAAUCAUAGUUUCAAACAAAAGGUGAAAGUUAAUACACCUACUUCGUGUGUAGUAUAGAUAAAUAACAAGUUUGUUCCGAACCGAAAGGUUAUUGCCUAUAAACAAUAACGCACAUAAUAUGUGGAGCAUUAUUAUCGCGUUCGUUAACCGAUAAUUAAUCAAAAUAUUCAAUAUCGACAGACUUUGGUCGUUUACUGCAGUGUGUAGUAGCCCAUCAUUUGUUAUCACUUUUAACGCAGUAGGUUUUACAUUAUAUUAAAUGAUGUUAUAAUUAUUUGAAAUCUAUUUACUAAUGACGGUGUUUAAACUCAAAGUAAACCCUCUGUAAACAUUUGCACUUAACAUAAACCCCAACCGUCUGAUUAUAAUUUACGCGAAAUUGUAUUUUUUAAGUAUGACGACUUUACAACUAAUUAAUAGGUCAGAUCAGGUCAGGUUUUGGUUGGUUCGUCUAUUCGGAAAAUCGCAUAGAAAAUAUUUGUUCAAUGUAUCCCAUCGAUACGGCAUCGGAAGAAUUUAUUUUUCCUUUCAUAUAAACUGAUAAUUCUUUCAAAUUUAAAUAUAAUACGCGUUUAAAUUAUUACAGUUGCUCCGGAUAAACCAAUAAUCACUUUAAAACGCACAAACGCGUUUGGACAAGAUAUUGAAAAUUACCAAAAGGAACCGGGAAAUGUGAUUGUAAUCGACGAAGGCAUUCCAAGUAUCACGUUGGGGUGCACCGUAAAUGGAGGUAAAUAUAUACAUGCAUAUGUGUAAAUAUAAAGGCAAGUCAAGUUUAAACAUGUAUCAUUAUUAUAUGGUCCCCGCGCACUCAGUCGCACAUUAGGAUAUACAUACAUUUGUUGCAUUGACUAAAUUUUAGGUUAUUAAAAAAAAAAAUUAUUUAAUAACCUAAAAUUUAGACAAGUUAAGAAAUGAGUCAUUAUAAUCAAUAAAAUCCCAUUCUAUGACUAUUAUACUGAUUAUACGGAUCAGAAGAAUGUUCAGUAUAGUGUCAAAGAUUAUAUACCAACACCAUCAUAUUAUUUUAUAUUUCAAACUUCGGACUAAUGAAAUAAAAUGUAUCUAUGCAUAAAUUAAAUCACUGACUCUCAUCGCGUAUUAUAUCCAUCUAAAUAGAUAUAUAUGCGAUAAAAAUAUGUAUGAAUUAUACAGAUGUCCUACAUUCUCACGGGGGUUAAUUAAUUUAAAUUAGUAGGGUAAGUAAUGUAAAUUCCAUUAUUCCAUUCAUGAAAUACACAGUGUACGACAGUUUCGAAUUUGAUCAAACAAAUAUUCACCUAAAAUGUAUCGCACAUUUAAAGAUCAUCCUCGGAUCUGAUCAAAUAACAUCAUUAAUACUUCACUACGUUAUAAAUAACGAAAUAUAAUUAAUUGUAACAGAGAAAAACCGAUGACAUUAUUGUUCUUAUAUUUUCAUAUUUUAUUUUACAUAAAAUCGAUACUAAAAGAGACGGGUAUACUUUCCAUGAUGGGUGGGUCUUUGUUGUAGGUGAAAAGUAGGGAAUGUAGGAUAUAGAGAGGAAUUUAAUGUAUAUGUGUACGUAAACAUUAAACAUUAGUAACGAAAAACGAUUCUGAGCGGGGUUCGAUAACUCUAUAGUUGCAACUGGGAGGAAUGGCUUUGGAGAGCUAAGUCCCUCCAGUUUUCCAAAUAGCCCCCAUCCAGUUACGGUGAAUAUAGUUAGAUAUAUUAAUAUUUUAUAAUAUUUAUUUGUAUUUGUUUUAAUGACUACAAUAAUGUAAUACAAUAUUAUAUUCUUAAAUUUGAGCAAAUAAAUUUGUUUGAGGUUAUAGGCCUUCCAGAAUGUUUAUCUUAGUUGUGCCUUUGGAUAAUACAUGUUUUAUAAGGCCAAAAAUUUACGAUUUUUGUCAAAAUUUCAUAUCAAAAUUCUUAUCAAAAAAAAAAAAAAAAUUAAACUUUAUGUUUUCAAAACAAAGGAAGGAUUAUAAUGAACUGCCGGUUCAAUUUCUAAGUAUUUUUGUUUGGUCUUGAAAUUUUAUCCACACAGUCCCUUUACCGAAAACAAAUUACGUAAAUUAUGUUUAUAUAUAGGUGUAUGAAUGGCUCAAAAAAGAACUCAAAUGUUUUGAAAAUUUGACCGCAUCUAGAAAAGAAAAAUAAAUAAAUUAGUUAAUUAAUAGAGACAUUGUGAUUUUUAAUGCACUCUUAAAAAAUAAACGAAAAACAGUUUUUUUGGGGGGGGGGUAUGUACCCACUCACCUGACUUCAGCGAAAAAUUAUGUAUUAUUAAUUAUUUAUUAUUGAAAACUAAAAAAAGGCUUCUAAAAAACAAAAGUGCAUGAUUCUUAACAGAGCCGGUAUAACAAAUAAAAUAUAAUAGCGAGAUUUCUGUUAAAAACGAGUGGUAGCGAAUGCACUACCGUGGUUGUGAGAAAAGUAAAAGCGGUAGGAACAAACCAUCACUGUUGUUUGAGUUGCGUAUUGCAUAAAAGCGUUAUUCGAUCAGAUUAAAAUCGUUUUUAAAACCGUCUACAGGAAAAUAUGUUUUUAACAAUAAUGUUUUUAUAUCGUACAAAAACAAACGGUUGUGUUUUAAAAACGGACGACACUAAAAUGUAUCCGUUUUUUUUUUUUUUUUUAAAUAAACGAGUUAUUCGCUCGGCUGUUCCGUUUCACGUACAUUAUAUUAUCAUAAUAUUAUACGUGCGCCUACAUUAAACACAUUAAUAAUAACUAUAGACACGAGUAUAACAAAUAUCCUUCAUCUUCUAUACUUCUGUUUUAAGUAUCAAAUGAUCACGCCGCCAAACGCAAAACAUUUGGCCGUUAUAUACCUGCCUUUCGCGGUUUUUCACAGCAUCUGUCCCACUGGUGAUUCCGACUCGACGAACUUCCCGUUGUCCUUCGGUCUCGCUACAGGGCCUCCUUCCUCCUAAGGGCCUUUCUCGAUCGCCCGCUCGACUAUUCAAUUACUAUUCAAUCAUAUUACAAAUACACGCAGCGCAAAGCACAAUGUACAAUUUUAUCAAUAUAGUUCUCAUCAAAUUUUAAAUACACCAUAGAUAUAUUACGUGCCCGUGUCCGUUCGUAGAAACGUAAAUAUAUAACCGUCGGGAUGGCGUGUGCGAGGCGUCGCAUAGUCUGCAUCCGAGUGUGUACAAUUUUUCUUUAAACGAGAAAAAUGUCUACGUACGCGGGUUGAAUUUUUUUUUUUUUUUUCAUUUAUUUUGAUUUUCCGAAAUAAAAGUACGCGGCGUUAUAUUUUAACGUGCUGCACGGAGAUCUCGGUUUCCGUCAUGUUUUAAACUAACGCAGAAAGUUCUGUACGGAAAUUUUAUCGAGACUGUACGGUAAAUAUUAAUCGCAGCUGUCGAUUGAUAUUUUCAAAAAAAAAAAAAAAAUGAAGGUAUUUGCGCUGACAACCAAUAGCGAAACUCGUAUACAUCCUCAUCCGCUAAUCAAUUACAUUUCGCGAUUAAUUUAAACGCCAUACACGAGUUUUGUGUCCGGAUAAUAUUUCUAUCAUUGUAAAUGUCAAUAUUGGCCAGGCGGGUUGGCGGUUAGGCAGUUAGGUAUAUAUAUAUAUAUAUAUAGGUAUUUGCUGACAGUCUACCGCUAAGUAAACUUCUUCAAACUCGGACAUUUACACUUCCGGACGUUAUAUAUUUUAUUCCGCGCGUUUUCUUAAUAUUUAGUAUUUCGUAUUUCGUAUAUAAUAACGGCGAGUGCUAUACGCGCAGCCAGCACGGCGAAAGUAUGUUUGGUUUCGAAUCGUUCGGCGCCCCGUUUAUAAAUAUCGCGUUAGAGAGAAACGAAAUAUUUUGCAGAGUCGUCCGGAUAAUGGAUUGCGUUUAUUGAUCAUGUUAUUAUUGCAUCGUUUAUAUUAAGUUGCCUUGUACCAUAUUAUACUGCCGUAAUAUGUUUUACCGUACUUUCGACAUUUUAUGUUAUGAAUGCGAAUUUUAACAACGGCGAACGGGAUAUUUCGUUAUUAUCGUUAUUGAAAAUAUUAUGGAAUGUCUACCGGAUUUUCGUAGUUGAAACACUCGUAUACAACGCGUUACGGAUGAUAUUCCGUUUUAAUAACGAUAUUUAUUUUAUAUUAAAACGGUGCAUACGUACAACGCGUGUAUAUCGUACGACGGGAUUGAAUAUUGCAAAUAUUUACAAAGAGAAUUUACGAAAACGCAAUUUACAUCGCGCGUGUACGACCUAAAUCGACAGCCGAUCUAAACCGAUAUUUUAUUUUAAUCAGCGUGCAGUUUCGUUUUCGCCGGUUUAUUUGUGUUUUAAACAGUUUGUUUCGAUUGCGUUCUAUCAACGUGCGUGUAGGUAUACUAUAGCGCGUAGAGCGCUCUUUCGACCGAACCACAGCGAACGAUGGUGUUAUUAUUCUUUAACCCGUCAUCCGGUAUGGGACAUACGCGUGGAAUAUAAAUAAUAAUAUAGCGAGCUCAAUACGAAUUUUCGGGUUGUGUAUUAAUACAUAAGACCGAAGAAAAAACGACAGUGUCCGCAAUAAAAAAAAAAAAAAUAGCCUCCCCACGGCGUUUUUUAUAGGCUAUUUUAAAGAAAACGCGUUUACUCUGCACAAACCUUUUGUAACUUGAAUACAAAAACAUUAAUAAAAAAAAACAAUUUUACGCGCUUGCAUUGCGAGAGAAAAAUUUUUUCAAAAAAAAAUAAUAAUAAUUCAUUAACAUUAUCUACCCGCGAUGGUGGUUACAUAAAAACCGAACGGAAUCAAUAAAUCUUCAUCUUUUUUUUUUUUUUUUUUUUUUUUUAUUUUGAGUUCUUAAUAGGUGGAGUGCAUAUAGGUAUUUUUAUAAUUCAAACGUGUUGCAAUCGCUGCAGUAGUUCGACAUUAUUUAUGAAGUUUUAUAGUAAGAGUUACGUUGAUGGAUCUUAUAAUGUUGAUAAGUUGAUUGGUAAUAAUUAUUAAAUUAUGCUAAUAUCCUUAUGCCGAUCGGUGUUAUAUAAUAUUAACGGUAGGGGGGGAACCGGUUAAACGUCCAUACAAAUUAUUUAAAACGUCAAAAUAUGAUAAUUAAUUAUUUUCGAUUUUCCCGUUUUUAUCACAUUUAUUAUAAUAUUAUAUUAUCUAUUUAAAAAAAAAAAAAAAAACACACACGACAAUCAUUACAAUGUGUUUUAUUAUUUUCGGAGAAAUUUUUUAUUAUAAUAUAUUAUUUCGUAUUUCAUUUUGCUAUUUUUUUUUUUUUUUUUUUUUUUUUUUUUUAUAUUUUAAUACAAAUAUAAUUUACGCACGUCAACCGCGGCUUGUGUAGUCGUUACUGCGGCUAUAAUAACAACCGAAAUGUGUUAUAACUUAUAAUAAUUUAUAAAGACGUGUAUAAACCGCACGCGUUAUAUUAGCGAAAAUAAUAAAUAUAUCGCGUAAAAUGACGGGACGAGAUUAAAGUAUCACAUUAUACAACAUAAAUAAUAAUAUCGCGACUGUAUAUGCACAAUAUUAUGUUCAAUUCGAAUUAACAUAUUACACGCGCACACACGCGCGGGCGCAUUUGAUAUUACAAUAUUAUGCGAUGGCGUAAUGUACGCAUAUUAUUUUAUAAAUACGGCGCGUUAAACUUCUCGAAACUUUUCUUCAAAGGCACGCGCGGAAUCGAGACUAACAAAGUAGGUAGCUGCACAGGUAUACGUAUGACGGCAGGUUGCCCGGUCUCAUUAUUUGUCAUUUUACCGACGACCCGGUGCGGGUUUAAUCUUUCGAACUACAAUGUUACGGGGCGUCUAUACGCACGAUAAUAAUAUUUAUACACACAACGUACGCCGCGAAACGUCAUUCUUAAGUAUACAUAAUUUACAUAAUAUAUUAACGAUUUGUUAACACACGUCAACGUCGAACGAAGACUGUUUAAUUGCAGUUCGAUUGAAAUAUUGUUUAUUUCGUAUACGUACUGCAUAUUAUGCAACCGUGUACUCUAUCUAAGUUCCCGGUUCGGUACUCCAAAUCGCUAAAAAAAAAAUAAAAAUAAAAAUUGUGUUCGAUAAGAAACGUGCGCAUACUAAAUAUAAAUUAACGCGUUGCCAGCAUUAUUACUAUGUAUUCUCAAAUCUUCGGGCGCGCUUUGAGUUUGAAUCCAGGUUGUGUUACAACAAGUAUUUGUCUCAAACUGAAGCGUUAUUGAAAUGUUACCCACGUGGUUUGGUUACUCGAUGGCUACAUCGAUUCCCUUUCCCCCCUUUCCCGGAUAAACUUCACAGUUCUCUAUCGAUCUUUGCGCACUGAUGUCCCCAUUUUCGUCCCGAUUCAUUUUACGAACUUUGGUCUUACCAUUCCUUUGCAUCGUAUGAUGCGAUUGGCUAACGAAAACCCCUCUUUUUUUAAAUUUCUAAAUCUCCGUUUUCUAGUAUUAGUUUAAUGUUUAUGCAUUCUGUUUAAUAUUGUUUGUACUAUAUGCAAAAUCGCACGUUGUGGCGUCAAAAAAUAAUAAUUAUUAUUAUUAUUAACUAUUAUAGUGUAUACCAAGGGUUUAUUUCUGUCGCGUAACAUUUAAGUCGCAUAUCCGCUGAAUGUAAAAACAGCUACCGCACCGUACCGUGUAUAAUAUUAUAUCUUUUUCUCGGUACAAUUUUUUUGACUCCCUCUAAACCAAAAGAGCUUUAACUUGGAAAUUAGAGGAGGGGUUGUGGGCAGAUUGAUUUUGGUCAAACGUCAACUCGAAGUGAAGAAUAUGUUGUUGCUAGAGGAGGAUGUAUUUUUUAGCUUUGUACACAUCUACGAACGAAUAAAGCCGAAGAAACGAGAUUUUAUAAAUCGCAGUGUAAGCAUUAAGAGUGUGUUGUUUGGUGGUUUCAACGUUCAACACUUACCCCAACAAUAUUUGUGCUCAGCUAUCGUGUUUUUCGCAAAAAAUACCGGAUAUUAUAUGCAAUCCGUGAAAGUAAGUAGGUAGUUCAGUUAAAAUGUGUAGGUACAUACAAAUAAAAUAUUAUUGUUAUCUGCGUGUAUGUUAGAUUUUUGUUACCUAAAUAAAAAUCUCGAGAACUACUUUACUUAUUUUGACAAAACUUUUUUUGCUAGAUUCCUUAUCAUUAUAGAAAGAAAAAAAACUAAAUUAUUGUAACGGCCGGUAACCAGUCAACUGGGAGAAAAUUUAGUUCUACAAAUGGAGCUCUAUUGCUAAUGUGUUUUCAGAUAAUAAUAUAAAAUUCAGAAAUUCUACUUGGGGUUUACUGUUUAGUCGCUAAAUCUUAUUGAAAUUUAAAUUAUCUAGUAAAUUCUAUUUUCUUAAGAAAAAAAUGUCAUCAGUUUGUAAAAAUGCUCUGAUAUUGUUCCAAUUUACCUUAAAAUAUGCGGAUUUUUUACCCGUUAGUACAAUAAUUAAAUUUUCUUUUAAAUAUCGAAGAUUUUUCUUACAAAUUAAAACAAGAAAUCCGGAAAUAAAUGCCAAUACAUUAGUUUUAUUUUUAUUGAUUUUUGGGUUACGAUGACAAUAUUAAAAAAAACUCGCGUCCAUAUCGUAUGCCACGAUGGACUGAAAAAUGCAAUAAGUUUAGUUCUAAAUUUUAGUUUAUGAUUCUUCCAUUUUUAUAUUAUAUUUUUUUAAACUAAAAAUAGAACAUUAUAAUUAAAAAUAAAAAUGUUUUUUUUCAAAAUCAAAAAUAAUUUUUUUACAUUUAUUUUGAAUAUAAGUGUUACAUAUUUUCUACAACUUUUCGAAGUUUAAAAAAUUAUUUUCAUUGGAAAAUUGGUAAAUUAAUUUCUUUUAUUUAGUAGCGACAAUGAAUAUUAUUAACACCAAUAUUUUGUUUUAAAAUAAAUGUAUACAAACAGUUUUCUUGGAUUUUGUUUAAAUGUAUAUUUUUUAAUUUUUAAUUUUUUGUUUAUAAAAUUAAUACAAAAAUAUAAAACUCACGUAGCUUUAAUAGUUAUUACAAAAAAAAAAAAAAAAAAACAAAACAAAAACGAGAAAAAGUUAUUGUAUUUGUCGGAUCUCCGCGGAACACGCUAUGUAACCUUUAAUCACUGGUGUGAUAAGAUGCUUUAAAUUUGUAUCUAUAUAUAGAUAUACGUAUACCUAUUUUACUUAAAAAAGUAUCUGGAUACAGAUACAAGAUACAAAAAAAAAUAUCUAGAUAUAUUACAGCACUACCUUUAAUACUAGUUUACCGAGCUCCGAAUACAAUAGUUUUUUAAUUGCGUUAAUGAUUUAUUGUUCUUAUUCUUCCUUUUCUUCACCUUUAUUCAAAAUAUUUAAAGUCGGCCACACUCGGCCUCAACUUCCAAUUGACCCGGUCCCUCACAUCUAACCUGCGCCCCUCUUUUAGUCUUCCUUUCCUCCUUUUUUCUCUUAUGUCUAUUUUCAUUAAUGAUUUAUCGUUGGUUUCAGUGAAUCAUAAAUUUUAAAACUAAAUUGCCCUAUAUCUUAUACCAUCCUAAAUUCCCACCAACAAACUUUUUUUUUUUCCAACCCUAAAUUACUAUUGUUGUACAAUUUUUCCCUUGUUACAUAACAUGGAAUAUAGGUUCAGAUUAAACCUUUUAAUUAAUCCGGCCAAUAAAGAUACUAGCAGAAUUUACACGAAUUUGAAAUCCGUUAUUUAUUUUGUGUGUUUUUAAUUAAGCGAUUAUUCUAGAGUACAAUAUGAUGGUGUUCGGUUUUUAAUAUAAAAAGGGUAAACAUUUGGUUUUCACGGUUUUUCAAUAUUUUAUUUAUAUUUUAAAUAGUUCGAAAUAAUAAUAAUAUCUAAAUAAAAAGAGCUACAAAAUAAAAGAAAAACUCUACCUAUCUUUGUUUUAGCGAUAAAUAAUAAUUGCGUAAAAGAAAAGUUUAGGUACAGAAAGAGUUAGUUGAUAAUAAUUUAAAAAAAAUCAUAAUUUCCUGUCGUAAUUGUAACCAAAAGGUGGCUAAAUAAUUAGAGACGAAUAAAAAUAAAUUUUUUUUUUCAUUAAAACUCCUGUUUUUUUUUUCUUAUGUUCGCCGAAUUGAUAAUACAGUGUUACAUGGAGAUCUGCCACUUAUUAAAAUAACUUUUGUUCCGUUUAAUUUUUUUUUUUAAUUAUUAGUAUCUAUACCUUUACGGUACAGUUUAUAUAUGAGCAUUUUCUUUAGGGUGGGGUGAAAAAUCAAAAAUUGCAUGAUCAUUAUUUUAAAAAAAUUCAAAAUAGUCAUUUUGUCAAUUUUUGGUGGUUGAAACUUUUGUUUAGGUAAGAUCAUUUAUUUUCUACAAUAUUGUUUGAAGUUUUCGCAUAUGCGAGUAUUAUUGUAGUUUAUAAUCUAUAGGUAAUAAUAAUUAAUCUGCAUUCGGUAGUGUUAUCGCUUAACUAUAUUCAGUAGUGUAUGAUAUGUUAAAGAACCAUUGUCAUUUGAUGUGUCUAAAGUAUUUUUAAUGUGUUUUUAUGAUUGAAUAUAAUUAUAGAUUAUAAAUUAAAAUAAUAUUCACAUUUGCAAAAACUUCAAACAAUUGUAAAAAAUAAAAGAUUCAGCUAAACAAAAGUUUCAACCACCAACAUUUUUCUAAAAACCUAUUUUACAAAAUAGCUAUUUUAAAUUUUUAGUUAUAAGUCCCCUUCCGGCAUACCAAUUAUUAAAAAAAAAAAAAAUACUGUAGAACAAAAGUUAUUUCAAGUGACAGAUCUUUGUAUUAUACUGAAUAUUUACAUGUGGUUCUAUAUGAUAUGAAUGGUAAUACCAACCAGUAUAACAAAAUUAUUAGAAAAAACAAACUAUUCUAGUUUAUUUAGCUGUGAAUAAGUCACUUAUUAUUUUUUUUUUUUAUAUCAUUAAAAGGAAAGUCAACUCCUUAUAUUUUGUUCUCGUACCAGUUCUCCAUACAUUUAUAAUGAACAUUUCACAAGGUCAUCAUCGACUUCCAAAACUCUUACAUUGUACACUACCUACAUCGUUUCCUUAUUCUUUCCUCGUGAUAUUUGUAAUAAUAAUUUCUUCAUUACGUUUUGAUUAUAAUUCCAUAACUUUACCGUUUAAUCGAACUAAUCAAUACCACGAUCUAACCGAACUAAAUUGAUGCUGAAAGAAAAUAAAUUUGUAUCACAAUGUAGAGGGGUGACAAGAGUUUAGACUUCAAGUAACGUCAAUAAUAUUAUUGAUUAUUUUUAUGAACUCUAUUUUAGAUUUCGAGGAUACGAGGGAGCUAUUGGUUUUACAAUGCUGUUUAUUUCUUUUUUUCUUUGUUCUUUGUUCUAGUCUGUGGACACGUUUUUUCUCAGUAAACUUGCUUAAAUUUUUACGUGUAGCAACUUUACUGAAAGCUCGAGUUGUCUAAGUGGUACUUUAAAGGAGUAAUUUUUUAUUGUUUUUUUUUUUUUUAAAUAAAAGUACUUAAGCGGGAAAAAACGUAAGAAAACGUACAAUUUCACGAUUUCCAUUAUUUUAUAAAAACAUAGACGAUGUUUUUUACCAGAAUAAAUGAUUUAAGCGAAAAAUAACAAAAUACCUUUUUUAUUUACUUUCUUACGGUAUCAUUGCCAAAACUUUUGAGCUUUUAAGAAUUUUUAAUUUUUGGGAGUUCUUUUGCUGUAAUUCGAUUAUAAAUAUAAGUAGAGACUUAAAACUUGGUAAUAGUAGUUAUACUGGACUUACUUACUCGAAAAAUUCAAAAUCAUCGGAUGACUUUUUUUCUUUUUUAUAAUUUUUUAAUGAUACUUUAUUUUAUUUUAUACAUACAUACUGUAGACCACUUUUCUCUUAGACAACUUGCUACAAUGUAUAAGUGUAGCACCUUUUCUGAAAAUUAUUUUUAUCUACUUGGUAAAUACUUAGUUCGUUUUUUGAUUUUCGAAACGUUAUUUAAAAUAAAAAACAAUUAACCGGAGAAAAAAUACUAUUUUUUCACAAUUUCGUUAUUUUAAAUAAGUACCUACCACGUUUUCUAGCACAAAUAUGGCUCCAAUUGAAAAACGACAAGAAACCUUUUUUGUUUCUUCUUGUUUCUUAUGGCGCAAGUAGUUUUUUGAUUUCAUAAUGAUUCGGAAAAGCUAGAAGAAGACAAAUUUGUUGUAAUUCAGUUAAAAAUAUGUGUAGUGACUUAAAAACUGGACAUAAUGCUCACAUUUCGUUGUCUAAAUCGCAUCAGUGCAUACUGCACAUCAACAAUUUGACAAAAUGUUGAUAAUUUUAGCUAUAAUUACCGACAAUUGAUAAUCAGGGACAUUUUCUGCCAGCCUAAUUAUUAAACUACUGUUAUUGAUAAAAAUGAUAACAGCACUUUCAAUAGUAAAGUUGUGUUUUGGUGAUUAAGUAAAAAAUAACGGCACUUCAAAUUAAGUAUUACCGAACUGCGCUCGGAAUCUUCUUUCGUCAGCAGUGGUUUGUCGUUGCUUACAGAUAUAAAUGAAUAACCUCAUGUAUCCUACCUUUCCAACUUCCCACUUUUAACAGUGGCUGAACCCGUCCCCAGUAUCAGUUCUUUUUUAAUAUCUAUUUAACUGAAAAAAAAAAAAAAAACAUUUUGAUACUUCGCCAUUAGCACAAUCCUGUAUGUAAAAUAUUUUCUAUCGGUUUCGAUAUUUGGUUAAAUUCCUGGUAGUUAUAAAAUCAUCAUCAAUAUCAUACGGUUUACGAACCACUAAACGCAUAACUCUUGCACGACGGGGAUUAUGAUAUGUCUCCGUGACGAUAUACGGAUAAUUAUCGUAGAUACAAAAUCACGAAUAGUGUGUAAAUAUAGUCGUGUUUAUUUUUUUUUUCUACAGGAUGGCCACGGCCACGGUUGACGUGGUAUCACGAAAACGCGGUAUUAGACUCCUCGUUCCAUCUAUUAACGGACGAUUACGGCCGCGGUUACCGCAACGCGCAGGGUAACCGUCCGGCGACCACUACAACCGUAAACGAUUUGACGUUGAACAACCUGACCAGGUGGCAUCAUAUAAUGAGUCAGCAACACCGGACGACGGGCACGGCACGUUUAACGUGUCAGGCCAGCAACAGCAUUACGACUGUCGCGUCUACAGAGUUUCCUCGUCACUCGGUCGGUUCCGGAAAUAGAAAUUUACCGCCUCCCGCCACCACGGAACACACGUUCAUCCGCCUUAACCGUAAGUAAACAACCUACAUCACGGGUAAUCGAAAAUGAAUAAUAAUAAUAAUUAUCAUUAUUAUUAUUAUCAUCAUCGUUAAAUAAUACAAAACCGAACGAUAUAUUAUCAACCGGCAGGCGUCUUGCGUGUAAAAUACACGAGAACCUAAACUAAUUGCCUACCAGAGUUCGGAUGUUGUACGCGUUGCCUUUGAUUUUCUAUUUGUCCGAUACGAAUGAGCUUUACAUCAGCUCUGUGCUCAAAGUGGAAAAUUUUUACGAACCGGAACGCUUGCAAAAUGAAUAUGCCAUAUCGUGUCUAAUAAUAUAUAAAACACUUUUUCUUUUCUUUUUUUUCUUUCGCUCUUAAACCAAUUUUAAUGAUACACAUUACAUUUUUCCAAUCAAAAUUAUCAGAUACAGACGGUUGAUAGACGAGACAGAGUUCUUAGAAUUGGAUUUUUGCGAGAACGUUUUAUUUUGACACAAUAAAACGGUCGUGUUUGGAUAAUACCGCAAUUUCAAGUUAUAUCGAUAUCAUUUUAUUAUUGUAUACAUUUUUCAAAAGAAAACUUGAUUUUUUAUACUUAUUAUUAUUAAUUAUUUUAAUCCCCUUGGUUGUAAUCGAAAAAAAUCUACCUUGAGAUAAUUGUCUUAAUUUUUUCAACACUAACUUAUUAACUUAAUAUAUUUACGAACCAGAACUCUAAAAUUCCAAUUUUAAUCAAUCAGAACGGACGCAAAAGUCAAUAUUACGAACCGAAACACCUUUGUACUGCGUUCCGGUCCAUUUCAAGCACUACAUCAGCUAUAAAUUUAUUUCAUACUACGAAAGAUUAGUACUUCUAGAUUAAAACUAGAUUAGAUCUAGUUUUAAUUUUCUGUGAUAAAAAGUUAUAGUUGAUAUAGAUAAUGCAAAAUUUGCAAUUUGCAUACCCUGUCCCACACGUGCGUCAAUAAUGUUACUGUUCGUAGAUAUCAUGGUUUAUUCUUCUUCUCAGUCACGAUGUUUUCUACGCGUCAAGUAUUUUACAAAGGAAUCUCUGUAAAUAGGUUUUUAAAAUACAAAAAUAAAACCUGUUUAUUUCGCAGACAUAUACGAUUACAUAGGUAUAUACUAUUUUUAUUUCUUACUUUUAUUUUAAAAUUGCGAAUAACUAAAAAUAAAAAUUCUCAUCUAGCAAUAAUAUUCCGAGCAAGUAAUACAAAUUUAAUAUCUAUGGUUUUAUUGGUUUUUUAUUUUUAAUGCAAUAUCUAUUAUUAUCAUAAUAGAUACAAUAUUGUCUGAAUGUAUAAUAUCUAUUUUUUUAUUUCAAUAUUUUUUGGGACGAAUUGAAACCACGGUGAAUUUAAUAAUUCCAAUUUAUUAUUAUAUACAUUUCUAUAAGUGAAAACUGGCACGUUUACAAGAGGGUUUUCGGAGUUUUAAUACCCUUAAAAAUAUAAAUUAAAAGUAAUUUGUUUUUAAAUUAAUAAAUAUUUGCAUAUAUAUUUCACACUACAGUUUUGUUGUUUGUGAACUCUUUACCGACUUAACUCGUUCAAUAUACCAUCUGAAUAUUACUGUUUGAAAAUACCAUUUAGCGUUGUGUUAAUCGUUAUAAUAUGUAGUCAUAAUUUUAUCAAGAUAAUUAAUUUGUAUACAUUUCAAUUGCAACCGGUGGUUUGUCUAUACGAAAAGUUUUUAAAUCAAUUAGAAAUAAGUACAGAAAUGUCUGUACGUAAAAUAUUCUGAUUAAUUUCAUAUCGGAUAGUAAAGUAUCUUUUGCUCACAAUAACUGUCGGCAAUUUUUAAACUUAGUAGAAAAUGUUCUUUUAAAAUACAAUAUGUUUAUUUGAACGACUUUAUUAAAGAUAGAACCUACUGACUAGUGGCUACUGUUAUGAACACAGUAAGUACAAAUAGUAACGUGUCUAGAAAUUGAUAAUUUAAGAAUAUAUAGUAAAUAUUAGUCAUUAUUUAAGAAAAUAAAUCGUUAAAUCAUCCACAUAGUUGUAUUUUAAAGUCAUUGAAUAAUAUGUCCCUUCGCCUGAGUAGUUUAUUUCGGGUCUCUAGGCGUUAGGAAUGUUAAUUAAUUUUCAAUCUUUAAUAUAUACUUAGAUCAUAUACAGAUGGGUAAAAGUGGCUUAAAAUCUAAAUACUUUUGCAUAACUAGGCAUUAAGGUACCUAUAGAUGCCUAUUAAAAUAUGGUUUUAAUUAUUUAUUUCUGUGGGCGUUUCGUUAUUAUAAAUUGAUUUAUAAACUCGUUGUAUACAUAUAAAAAUAUUUUAGUUUUUAAAAUUUUUGAUUGAAUGUAACAGAUAACGAAAUUCGAUUCUAACGAAUAGAUAACCGAAUUAAAAAUCAAAAACCAGAGCAAACGAAAAUGUAACAAUAUUUAAAUUGGAAAUAAGUGGGUUAGAUAAAUACUGCGAAAACGUCAUUAGUACAUUAUUAGCAUUAGAUAUCUAUAGGUUUUCUAAUAACCGGUUUAAUAAACAUCGUCAUGAAAUAUGUAAGAAGUAAUAAAAUCUAAAGAAAGAAACCAAACAAAUGUAAUAAAUUAAACGUUUUAUAUUAAGUAGCGAAUUUUCAAAGGAAAGGGAUUCAAUAAAUAAUAACCACGAUCCACGAAUAACAGCCGUAGAAACAUAUUCAAAAAAAACUAAAAUACUAUACUAAUAAUAUACUAAUAUAACUCGACAAUGAAAUUUUAAAUGCCAGAUCCAAAAAAGUCAAGUUUUAUUCAAUAAAUUUGCCUUUUAGAUUUUGAGUGGAGUAAGGAAUGUAUUGAUUUUACGAUGUAUGUAAUUAAUUUUAUUUAUGUGUAGUUUUGAACAUUUUUACCAGAAAUCGUGUUCCAAUCAAAACAACACGAGAGUUUUAAUUGACUUGGUACACUUUACAACUUUAGAAGUCGUAGAAGUCGUUAGUAAAAACUUAAAAAAUAAAAACCUUACUUGCAGACGUCCUUUACAAGAGAUGAUUGGGAUAACUUAUAAAUUAUGAAUAAAUGAAAAUAAAAAUUGUAUUGAGAAAUCUUUAGGGUUAUUAAAAUUAUUUUAAUGUGAUAUGUAUAUCUAAGAAGAAAGGAACAAAAAUAAAAUCGUAUAUCAUAUCUGGUACACAUUUUGAUACGUAUUCUUUUUUAAAUUAUAUUAAAAUACAUAAAAAUAUACAUUCAAAAAACUUCUGGUUGAUUAAAAAAAAAAAAAAAAUUAUUGAUACCGAAUUGCGUUUUAUAGUGAAACCCACUGGAGUGCAGAUUGUGUCGCUAAAGGAAAAGAACUCAAGAGCCGACUACAGUGAAACCGGUCGUGAAAAGUACACUAUAAGAGCUGACCGGACUUAUCUGGUCGAGUGUCAGUCGAAGGGAUCUCGGCCCUCGGCCACAAUCGAAUGGUAUCUGCGGAGAAAAACCAAAGAAUACAAAAUCGUUGCUCAGCAUCAAGCAGGCGACUUUUCGUCGUCGUCGGAACCGAUUUUGGAAGCCACAAUCGACGGCACGGUCCACACACAACAAGUGAGUGAUAUUUUUUUUUAGAAUUUUGUCUUAAGGACAGCAAUUUGAUUGUGAAAAACUGUUUUUAUACAAGCAAAAACUAAUCGGGAUGUAGAUUUGAUUAAUAAUCCAAAUUUUUACCAUAAAACCGGAGAACUUGCACUGUGCAAGAUUGGUUUUAGUUUUUCGAUACCGCAAAUAAACAAAAAAGUUUUGGUUGCUUUAAAAUCGGAUCAUUUUUCGUUUUUCAAACUGGAAUAACCAUGUUCAUAGUGACGUUGUCGAAUAGCUGAAACUAACGUUACCCAUGCAAACCUCUUUAAUUUAUAGUGAACAUUUUGGUUUCAUAAAAAUCAACUAGCACAAAACGGUUUCCCCGUAAAAUUUCGGUUAUUUCACUAUUAAACAAUGGAUACUUGUGAUGACAUGGGUGUACUUGUAAAUAUAUUUGACAGUGAAUCCGAACAAUUUAAAUUUGAUAAGUUAUGCAUUUUUCUAAAUAUUCUAUACUAUAGAUAUUAUAAUCUAUUAUAAUAAUUAAUCAGUAAUCCGUGCACAUCAGGUGUCAAGAAAUUUAUUUUCUAUGAGUUAAUAUCAUACAAUAAUACAGAAUACUACUGACGAAACCUGACUAUACCUGGACAAUUUUUUCAAACAAAAAAAUCAUUCUAAAAAUGUAUUUUACGAAAUGGCUAUUUUAAUGUUUUUGUGGUAAAAUUUUAACUUUUUAUUUUAAGUUUACCCGCCUAAAAAAAAAACAAAUAGACAUUAAUUAUUUAAAAACCAUGGAACAAAGGUUAUUUCAAAAGUGUCAGAUCUUCAUAAAAAACCUAGUAUUCAACAUAAUUACGUACCUCUUAUUAUUUACACGAGUAGAUUUUAUAAAAAUCUUGUAUUCUAAAACAUUUUUUUGAUUAUCCUGUAAAACUACAAAAACUGACAUACGCACUGUUACAAUAUAAAUAUAGUGACAAUAAAAAUAUUUUCAACAUAAAUCAGUCUAGUCGGACGCUGCAGCAAUACUCUUCGCUAAGUUAAUAAAAAUAGUAACUAGUUAACGAAAAUAAUAAUUUUAACUCGUUUAGUUUAAAGUUAUAACAGAAAUUACAACGAUAAAUUCGACCCGAUUAAAUAUAAUUAAUGCAAACUUCGUCACAGGGUAGGUUUUUUUUUUUAUUAUAAUAUAUAAUUAAUAAUUCAUGGUCGCACGGCCUAAGAAUUGUAUUCUCGAAUUUUGAUAAAUAAUUUCUUUGAAAAUAUAUAAUUUUUUGGUUUUAGAAACUGAAUAUAACGAAGAAACAGCUUGUUUGUUUGUUUUGUUUUUUUUUUUUUUUUCAAAAAACACUCUUACGGUGAGGAAAAAUAUUUUAACUAUGUCCAUGUCAUAUCUUAAAAAAUGCAGAAUUUUUACCUAAUAGUAAUUUACAUUUUCGAAAUGCUCAAUAUUUUUUUUUUUUUAAAUACUUUUCUGGUUAAAUCCUUAUUUGUGUUGUUUGACUUUUGUUUAUUUCUGGCUUCCUUAUAAGCAGAGUUCGGGACUUAUAGCACUUAUUAUCAUACAAAUAAGCGCUGAUGAAUGUGUUUAUUUAAUUGUUUUUAUCAUAAUAGAGUAUUUACUUUAUUAAAAAAAAGUAUGAAGACAAUUUUUUUAUAUUGUUAUUGAAUUUUUACACUUUAAAAAAAAUAAAAAUAAAUAUAUUUUUGAAAAAUGAAAUGUCGAAUAUUAAUGAAAGUAUAGUUACCGACUAGAGUCGAAAUGUAACAAAAAAGGUCUCUUGUUUUGAUUGGAAUAAGAUUUCUAGAAACAAAGUUUUUUAUAGACAGAAAAAAUAAUAAAUACAAAUAGUAAAACCAAUAGAUCACUCGUCUAACUCAGAAUCUAAAAUUGUAUAAUAUCUAUAUAAGCUGAAAAAGCACUUUCAGUUUUCGUAUUUGAAAUCGUUGUAACACGGCAUUAGUUUCCACAGAACUCUGCCAGAUGUUUUGUUUAGCCAAAAAAAUAAGCAAAUGUUUGAAGUUCAAAACCUUGCUUACAAGUAUAAGCAACAAGAACGAAAAACACAACUAAAACUACAUCGUUCAGAAUCGGCGUUUUUUUCUACCGUUGUAUACAGUUACUGUUAUUGUACAAACUAAAUUGUUUACCCGCCCUAUAUCUAUAUUCUAUAUCUUCUCAACCGCCCACAACAACAGUGACUUAUCCGCGAGAGAAAUCAACUUUUGUUUCAUUUUUAAAUAAAACACGGAAUAUAUACGGGGGUAUGCGGGUCGUUACUUCCAUAUUGUUUUAUCGGUGUUUGCGUGCCGAUAUCGAAUACGGAUUUGCGCCUACGAGUAACCGGCCGCCGCCGCUGCUUUUAGCGCUCUAAAAUCGAGACGUGUCGUUUAAUCGGAUAAACGGAUAUGCGACAUUGUUGCGUUAGCUACCUAACGGAUAUAUAUAUAUAUACAUGUAAUUCAGAGUAGUACAAUUAUUUGCUGUCAACCCGUAACGAUAUAAAGACUUGUCAGUAUUCGGUUUGGUUUUCGUCUCUGCGGCGUACUUUGGACGCAAAAUACAUAAUAAUAUACCUGCCCAUAUUAUAACGAUUGGACGGGAAUUGAUUGUCUCGCACCGCAAACACAGUAAGUGUAGACGAAUGCGAAUAUACACGACACUCGGUCUGCAUGUACAGCAGUGUUUCCGGGCAUUUUACACAGUGCCAGGACCACUUGGAGGACUUUCGACGGGUCGUGGACCACCGUGAUUAUCGAAGCGCAUUCUGUGUUCGUUUUGGCGCAUAGAAAAUUACGGUACACAUUUUUAAUUUAACAAUUUCUUCUACUAUAGUGUAUGAUGAUGGAAUGCAAUUUUCGCGCUCGGCUUUCCUUAACAAGUUUUUCAAUUCUAGGAAAAUACCGAUAUUGAGUAAUCAUCACGAAUUUCGUUUUAUUAACAUUCAAAUUUCAACCCAUAUUUACUGCAUGUUAGAGAAAACCGAUCCAUAGUUCUUUGUAAAUGAUGAACAGUGUUAGUGAGAAAAAACAGUGUCAUCCGCAUAGAUACCUUAAGUUAUUGUAAAAUUUACUUGUUACACCAUAACGUGUCUUUGAUGAAUAAUAUUAAUAUUCGACUUGUAUAAACAAUAUUAUAUUACGUCUUCAUCAAAAUAUUAUUAGCGUAAUUUAUUUCACUAAAAGAUAUUCAAAAAAAAAAACAAUAUUUGGGCAUUCUUCGAAAUACGCAUCACUAUAAACAUACUCUAAAACGGUUUCUCAAAAGACCGUGUUAAAUUGCAUAAAAAACAAGAGCACCUUCAUAAUGUAAUCUACAUUAUUACUAUAUUAAAAUAUAUUUUUCGGAAGAACUACACAAUAUAUUGUACACUCGUUAAUUUAUUAUAGCUGCGUAACAUUGCAAUAUCUGUUUAUUUGUUAAAAUAACGACAAUUAUUAGGUUUAAUUUGUUGUGUUUCAAAUGCGUUCAUAUUAAUAAUACAUUUCGUGUUUAUGACCCAUGGAACCAAACUAAUGUAUCUCUUAUAAUAUUUUACAGACUUCCAAAUGAAGUUUUUUUUUUUUUUUUGCCAAGAAAGUAAUACAAUAUAAUAAAUACGAGUUAUAAGCUACAUCAUAUAAUAUUAUAACUCAUAAGAAAGUAUUCAAUUUUACAUACCUUAAAUACCGAACUACCAGUUCAAUUUAUAUGAUCUAUUGGGGCAGUAUAUUAAAUUUUGCAAAGCACUUUUAUUGUCCUAUUUUCCGUAACAAACAGUAAAUAAAAAUAAAUACGACAUCAUUAUAUUAAACCGAAGCGCACGUCUGCUCAUCAGAGUUCCAACAUACACUAUAGUAAUAAUAUUCUUUAUUUUAUGGAAAUAAAUUCCAAUUUCAUAAUUAUUACGGACUGACGGUAUUAUGAGCAUUUUUUAAGAGAAAUGUAUAAAUAUUAAAUAAUAAAAUAAACUGAGGAUAUAAAAUAACAUGCAAAAAACUAUUCAUAAUAAAUUAAUUAAUACAGGAAAUAAUAUACUUAUAUAUUUAAGAAAUGUAAAAUAUUAAACAAAAUAAACUCAUAUACUAAAUAAAGAAAUAAAGUAGGUAGUUUUAUUUUGGAAAUUUUAAUUUAAUUUUUAUUCUCUACAAACACAAUACGUAAAUUCUACGGAAAAUAUAAAAAAAUCAAAUUUAAGAUGCUCACAGAAUGUAUAGUAUACUCAUGAAAAAAUUGGUGACAACACCACUGGUGUUAUUGACAACAGAAAUUAUUUUACAUCGAGGUGAUUUCAAAUUCCUCCAGUGAAGAUUGUAUACUUUACAUAAUUUUUGGUGUUCACAUGUAGUCAUUAAUAUUAGUUUAAUAAGAAAAUAUAAAACAACACAGGUACACAUGAUUAUCAGACAAUCACUUGAUAUUUUAUAAUUUGAAAAUCUAAAAAACAAUUUUGCCCGAUAAUAUUACGAGAUGUGAUGAUUAGCGAUUUAGCGAUAAGUCGUUUGUAUAUAAGGGAAUAAUAAUAGUAUAUUUAUAAUUUAUGAAUAUCACUGCAUCGAACAAUAUUAGUUUGGUUAGUUACCAUUUCGUAGUCUACGUGUGAGUGUCGUUUAAAUUUACCUCUUACAUACUGAUCGUCAAAAUUAUACCCGAUGGAAAAAUUGAAUAACGAAUUAAUUAAAAAUGUCUAACAAAAGGAAGUUUGCCGAAAGUUUUCUUUUAUUAACAGAUGUAUAUGGAUAUUCUGUCGUGUCCCGAUCAUAUGUUUUUAAAUGGCACAAACGAUUUCGUGAGGGUCGUGAAGAAGUCGAAGACGAACAAUUUGUGGGUGGUCCAUGCUCCUCAAAAACUGAGGAUAACAUUUCAAAAAUUAAUGAAAUCAUACGGAAAGAUCAACGGUUUAGCAUUCGAAUGAUUGCUGAGAUGGUUAAUACCGACAAGGAGACCGUUAGACAAAUUUCGCACGAUAAAUAGAACACGACAAAAGUCUGCGCAUAAAUGCCACAUAUAUAUUAUACCAGAUACCUAUUAUUAUAUACUCUUAAAAACGAUAUAAUAUGAUGUAAUAUCAAUAGACGUUUCCGUACAAUAAUUUUUAUUUCAGAUUCCCAGUAUUGUAGAGCAAAAAGCUAUUACUUUUAUAAUGUGCAUUUUUUUUUUUUUUGUCCAUUAUUUAGUUUUUGGAUAUAUAUGAGAAGAACUUCAAAAGUUCCAUGCGCAGUUUGUGUAUAGAUUGAAAAUUAGACCUAGAGUAGUUUACAAAGGUUACAUUACUUGGAAUUUAUCGAUAGUUUCGUGUAUAAGUCCAUCACUACCGAGCAAAUAAUAUUUUAUUAUUUUUUUUAGGAGGGGAGAGGGUGGAAAUUCGCGUUUAUUCGGAAAAGAAAUUGCAGACUUACCUAAAAAAUCGCAGUUCGUUCUCAAUUUGUACACAAUGUAGAUUGUCGAAACCAUUCAAAAGAUUUACCCCGAAAGCACAGAGAUCGUAAAAAAUAAUAUUAAAUUCAUUUUCAAAUCGUUUUUCAGGUCAUUUACGCAAUAACUUACUUUCAUAUUCGUAUAAUGUGUGACUCAGUAUGAAGUGUUUUUUUAAAAAUAUUUUCAAACCUCAAAUAAUAACAAUAUCUACUUCAUCAACUUUAAUCAAUUUUGAUUUUCUAUGUGAAUUUGUAUUUUUACAGAUAAAAGUACUGGGAUGGUAAUUACAAAGAAAGAUACAGUUUUAGAGAGUUAAAAUUAGGUACAAAUUAUGUAUUUCGAGUAACAAAUUAUCAACUAAUUCAUGUUAUAGUUUUCAAGUCGUCAUUUCAAAUAUGGGUCACAGGGUAACUGAACUGUAUAUCCGAACUUCCCUAGAAUCGUAUUUCGUUAGGUUAGGUUUGGUAAUAAUUAUUUCACCUAUAAAAGUAGCAUACCCACUCAAAGUAUAUUAGAUUUUUGAUUUUGUUCAUUAAAACAUUAAAGUUUUAAAUAGCUACGCCUAUUAUUAAAAUGUUUUUAAAGUAAUACAAAAUGCUGUUUGGUUUUUUUAAUUUACCUGUUACCACCAUAUAACCCACUACUUCUAUUUUAGAAUGUCUUGAUUUUUAAGUCGUCUGUUUACCAUAUUAUGUGCGGACUUAUACAGUAAAAAAUUAUGGAAUUAGAUAUAUAUAUAUGUAAAUAUAUUUAUGAAUAUAUUUUUAUUCACUUGAUUGUUAUUAUAUUAUUAUAAAUACAGAAUGUUUACUCGGCAUCUGCUCUGUUGUAUCUAAAAUUUGUAUUGUUAGUAGUAAUAUUAUUAUUCAAUUAUAGAUACGUGGUUCUAGCCAUCAUAAUGAAUAAUCAAAUACAAUAGCGGACCACUAUUACAACUCCGCAGUUAAUUUAUCAAUUAACAUAAUAUUUCGUCAUGUCGUAUCAUAUUGCGAUAGUAUUUGUAUUUGUUUUGAAAAUUAACAAUCCAUUCCUCCAAUAUAGUUUAUUAAUCUUUUGAAUAAUUUCAGUAAAAACAAUCAUUAGUUAUUCUAGUAAUUCAUAAGUAAAAACAAAAUAAAACUCUGACAAUUCUGAUAGGUGUACCAUGUUUAUAGGUAGAAAUUUAGGAACGUAGAGUACAUGGGACUGUUGUGCAUUACUUCAGAUCCUCCACCGAAAGUGAUACCAUAGCAGUUCCCCGUUCCGUUAUCACACUAUUUGAACAAUUUAACCACAUUUAUAAAAGGCCAAUAUGAGUAUUUUGUAUACAUUUCAAGUCUCUACGAAUAUAUGAAACUUAAUUACAACAAAAACAAAAUUGAAAAUAAUGAAACUAUUUUUUCUUAAACUUUGCCGUACUUUCUACUUUUUUUCCUGAUAUUGCUCAAAUAUUAAGAAAACUACAAAGAAAUUCAAUAAAACGGUUUUCUUAUUAAUCAACUGGAUUUGAGGUUCGAGAAAAACUGUUUUUCUCAUUUUUUGAUUGGACCAAUAUUUCUGGUUGAAAAGAUGUUUAUGGACAUAAAAAAGAAACCCACGUUAUAGUAAAACCAUUAGAUUCCUCUCUGAUGAGUAUAUUUAACUUGCUUUAUUAAGAAGACGUUAUACCCGCAUUCACUGUCUUAAUUCAACAACCGGGAACAUGCAAAAACAAUGCUUAUGCAAAACAAGUAAAAGAACAAGCUUUUUUUUUAGAGUAAAAUUGAUAAAGAACAAUAUUUCGGAAGAAUUGUCAUGGGUGUUUUUUGAAUUAUAAACUAUUAAAAAGGUUACAGUUAUUAAAAAAUAAAAUAUUUGUAUCUUUUAUAUCGAGCUGUAUAUUUCAAAUAAUACACAAAUCCCAUGACAUUCCCUCCAAAAUAUUGUCAUCUAUAAAUUUAACAAUAGACACUUUACUUAUUCUGAGUAAGCAUUGUUUUUGCAUGUUAACCGGUAGUUAGACUGAGACAGUAGAUGCGAGUAUAACGUCCUUUUAAUUUAUUAAUACUAUCGAUUAUCGAAACGUUCAGUAAAACAUAAUCUAUUAUUUUAAUAAUCCGUGACAUGCAAUAAUAUUGUAAUAGUAAGAAUAAAUACUAAAAAUGUGCCGAAAACACACAACAUUUCUCCCCUUCUCUCAGAGAAUACACUCAUUCUUGAAAUAUAAAUAUUAAUAAAUCCGUAUAGUUUAGAAACCACCACACCUGAAUUGUGAACAACAUAAUAUAGAAAUCAUUUUUACUGGAGUGUUGGUAAACAAAGUAAAAAUAGCAAUUUAAUAGUAAACCAGUGUGCAAUUUUAUCAAAAUGUAUAUCAUAUAUUAUUUUUACAACAUUAUCAAUUUUGUUAAAUUUUUGAAUAUUUGUAUGUAAUUGAUUUUUUUGUAUUAUAAAUACAUUAUAAAUAAUUUUCUGACUUUUCUGUUAUUUUUAUUCCACAAUAUCAAACACCUUUGUUCGUGUCACAAUUAUUCAUUAUAAUAUUUUCAUUUUUUUUUUUUUUUUUUUUUUUUUUUUAUUAAUCGUGUUUCAACUUCAAAAACUUAGGUUAUUAGCUUACAAGUGUAGAAGUAACGAUAAAUAAACAUAUUAGUGAAAACAAUGAUUUUUCUAAGAUGAGUAGGUAGUACAUAUCGGUGUGUUUGAGGAAUUGGAUGAUUUUGUUGCAUUUCUCUUCAUUUGGGCUGAGAGCUUCAAAGAAGUUGUCAAGAAUUUCUAUAAUGUCUAUGUGAUUUAGACAAUAGACUAAAAGUUGCUUGAUUAUAAUAAGUUCAGCACAGUGUUGGUAAUUUCUUUCACGUCUUUGAAGCAUCUUUGAGUGACCUAUUCGCAGUCUAUUUAAAAUAACUUCAUCUUUGUAAUUUUAAAGUUUUGGUUUAGACUAAUAUAUGGAAAUAUUUUUAAUUUCCCGAAGUUUCUUCAUAUUGUGCACGCCGCCACUCAGAUUUCCAUAUAUUGGUAAAAAAUGUAUAACAUGCCUAUAAAUAAAUUAGUAAAGAGCGGUAGCGUAUUCCCGUCGUCGUAGGAUUAUUUAGUGCUUGCCACAUUGCUUUUUCGGCCUUUUCAUUACUAUCAAUUCCGCAAUGACCACUAGGUCAUCCAUAUAAACUGUAUAUUAUUGUUUUUAACCUUUAAAAUGAUGUUGUUUAUUCCAAUAACAAUGCGUCAAACUCCAGUCAGAUUUCCUUUAGGAAAAAGUGCCAUCAUUAUAAAUCGGAGCCAAAUUGUUGGUAAAAAAGUUGUUCACAGAUAAAAAAAAUAAACAUCUUUGUAAAACCAAUACAGCUACACUCAGAAUCUAAAAGUAUCUUUAACAUUUUUAACAAGCUUUUGUAUUCAUAUUCAAAUACCCUUAAACGAAAUUAUUCGAAUACGUAUCGUCUUAAACGUUAUAAUGAAUUAAUCAAAUAUUAUUUUGUAUAUUGAUAACUCAAAUGAAAAAUCACAAAGGCAAUCCUGUAAUAUUUUAAUAACUGUAUACACGUAAUAUACGUAAUAUAUAUAUUUUUCAUAAACAAUCACAUUUUAAACUCAACGGUGGUACGGUAUUAAACGCAAUCAAAUGAGGAUUUAUACGUUUAAUAACAUGCAAAUUGUAUACACAUUGUAUAAUUUAUAAUAUUAAUAACGUGGAGAUAAACGCGAUUUAAACCUGUUCGAUUGUUACAAAAUAUAUACUUUUAGGUACCUUCAACCUGCAACUAGAUAGGAUUAAAAGCAGCCAUCAUAAACUAGACGAACAAAAAAUUCAACGAUAUUUAAUACCUCCGUAUACAACAAUUUAUACAUUAUUAUUAAUUGGUAAUAAUACCGACAGUUUUAUAUUUUAUAUCGCACCAUCUAUAUAGGUACCAAUUAUAAGCGUGGAAAAAUCGAAUACGAUUUCAGCAAUUGCCUGCUAUUGCUAAUUUUACUGUCGAAAUACAUUUGGAAUUGAUCGAAAAUUGACUUGGAUAUUUUAUGAAAUCAAAAAAAAUUCUUAUUUCGGAAUGUAUGUUCAUAUUACUGUAAACUCACAUUUAUUAAAUAUUUUAUGGUUUUCAAAUGGAAAAUACGUAUAGAAAAAUAUAUUGACCUACGUGCUAAACCCUAAUGGUGAAUACAAGUAGAGAUGGAAUGCGGACUAAAACAGACCGUACAAUUCUCACAAACUAAAAUUUUAAAAUAAAAACGUUUGUUAUGGACUUAUCUAUGUAUAAAAGACGUGUUAGGGGGAGUGAGUAAUUAUGACUAGUGAUCUGUUAACUAAAUAAAAAUACCGAACAGUUGAAAACUGUAAUUGGAUGGAACUAUUAACAAAGUGCUUGAAAGAUUUAAGCGAAGGGAAGCGAGAAUUGACGAUACAAAAGAUCGGGAAUGAUGGAUAUUUUUGGUAGAAACUUCAAAAGACCUGAUUGACACGAGAAAAAUAAAAUAAAAAUCAAUAAUCGAAGUUAAAGUGACUGAGCAUAGCACAUUAUUUUUAUAUUCAAGUUAUUUUAAAAUGCAAAAAAAUAUUGCAUAUGCAAUUCUUAAAGUUUAAAAUUAGUUUGACAAAUUCCUUAGACAUUUACAUAAAGAAAUUAAUCCAAUGAAUCGUUUAAAAAUGCCAUGAACUUUUUACCUUUAUACCUAUAUCAACUAUAAAAUAAUAUAAUUAUACUUAUUUCAUAUAUACGUAUACUUUGUGGAAAGUACUACCGACUCAACAACAUUUUUAAAUUAACACACAAAUAUUUUUAUUUGAUUAAUGUAGCUAAGGGGUUUGUAAAUAUUUAAUAAUUCUUUUUACAGUAUCCAGGAUAUCUCACGAAGACAAUAUACUUAUUGUGAUAUCCCCUGGGAUAAUAAAUAUAAUCAAAUUCUGUUUAUAUUUAUAUAUAUAUGAGAAAAAGAUAAGGACAACAAAUAUUUAUAUUUUAGUUAUACUAUAAGUGAUAGUAAACAAUGUUUUAAAAAAUGAGCUGAUAUUGCUCAUGGGUGAAUCACGGAUGCAUAUGGGAAGUUGGAAUGGCAGGAUACAUAAAGUUAUUUAAUUUAUAACUGUAAACAACAACAAAACCAGUGCUUACGAAAAACGAUUUUGCGAGUAGUUCGUCAUAAGGAAUAAAAAUAAUUCCGGUUAAAGACAAAGGCGCAAUUGAACGACUAGUAGAAGAAAAACUUGCGAAAAUAUGGGGGUGGUUUGUAGGGAUGAGUUAAGGAAAGGGUAUUAGUUGAUACGAAGCAUCAUGUCAAGUUGAUACUGGUCGUAUUCUGUGUCUGGUAUAUAAUUAUGAUACGUCUAAACACAACACUCAACGUGACCAUACGAUACGAAGGUUGUCCCAAAAGUAAUGCACAGCGCGCUCUAGCUGUCUUGCAAUGUGAUAUUAUCAGCUGAUUUUAGUAUCAGUUUGUAGCUUGAAGUCUAACGAACACGUGCGUUUUCAGUUUUAGUUGUUUUAGUAAAGUAUGAUGAUGUGUGAGNGAGCAACGCGCAUACAUUAAAAUCGAAACGAUUCGUGGUAAAACAGUGCCUGAAAUUCAUGCCGCGUUAAAUGAAGUGUGUGGAACGGAUACUGUGGAUCGUAGUACGGUGCAAAGAUGGCAUCAGCGAUUCCGUGAUGGUCGUAUAAGUAUUGAUAACAACCCUCGCUCUGGUCGACCCUCUACGGUUACUCAAGACAACACUAACGCGGCUAUUCUCGCAACUCUACUCGAUGAAGACCGACGAACAACGGUGAGAAAGAUAGAGAAUGAAACAGGUAUUUCAAAAUCAAGUGUUCACCGCAUUUUAACGGACCAGGAAUGUUACAAAAUGGUGUGUCCAUAUUGCACGAUAAUGCGCGGCCGCAUAUCGGAGCACCGGUCGUCACUCUUUUGGAGAAAUAUGGAUGGGAACGCCUCAAACACCCACCGUAUUCGCCGGAUUUAAGUCCCCCGGGCUUUGAUUUAUUUCCAAAACUGAAGGAACCACUUAGAGGGAUCCGUUUUCCCAACUCAGAUAUACUAAAUGAAGAAGUGAGCCGAAGGAACCGUGAACUCAACAACGAUGGCGUCCUAUGCGGCAUUCAAGCGCUCCCGAAACGAUAGCAAUCGUGUAUAGACAAGCAGGGAGAUUAUAUCGAAGGUCUAUAAUAUUGUAUUUAGUUUAAAAUAAAAACUUAUUUAUUCAGAGCAAAUUGUGCAUUACUUUUGGGACAACCCUCGUAUUUUGAUAUACCUUUAGUUGCAGCUAUCGAGUUUUGCCUGGUAUAUUUUCUGACCUAACACUAUACAUUAAGUACAAAGCGCAUAUUCAGAAACAAGAGAGAAUACAGACCAAAAACAGGUUAUUCAACCACAACCCAAACUCCAAAACUUAUACCCGUCCUUACCGGUAAUGUAUCAUCAAACGAAUAAUUUAUCAAUUUAAGAAAAAAAAAAUAUCUAUAUAUACGUAUCUGUGUGUGUACAUGUGUAUGUAUAAUUAUAUAUAUAUAUGUGCCACAAUAAUAAUGCCUACGGAAAUCAAAUACAAGAACAUACAUCACGUUUUCAUAAAAAUAUAAUCACUAUUCCUAUAGCUAUUUUACUAAACAUCUAUAGACCUUCCGUUAACACACACACACACACACACACACACACACAAAUACAAACGAAUUAUACACUAACAAUAAUAUAUACAAUAAAUGUCCAUUCCAAACGUUAUUAUAAACGGCCUUUAAUAUUAUACUAUAGUUAAAUCUAAAACGAGUAAUACAAUUUCGUCACAAUAUUACAUACAUAAACGAUACCUAUCUAUUAUUCCACACCCCAAAUAAUAUGUUUAAACAUUAAUACCCUUUAUAAAAAAUUAAUCUCUUCAAUUCAUUAAAUUUACUUCACAGCAGAAAAAAAAAAUGGAACAUAAUAUUGAAAAAUUGAACCAAAUACACGAAACACUUUAUCCCACCACUCGUUAGAACAAUAAAUUCUUCAAUAUUUUGAGUCACUAGACUAUUGAAAACAAAAAUAAUAUUAUGGAUACUUUGGUGAAUAUUGAACAUGGACAAAUUAAAUACCAGAAAAAAUUGCCUUCUUCAUAAACAAUCCAGUAACUACGGACAUUUUCAAAACAACGAUCGCAAUUCGCCACAAAACAUCCGUAAAAAACAUUAAAUACACAAUUUACCGCGAAUAAGACAAUGGUAUACAACAUGUGAAUAACGUGUUAUUCUAUUGAAAAUAAAUUGUUUUCGCGGCAAUUUUCUAGAAAUUAAAACGUCUCUUAAGACUUAGCAACUACUGAUCGGAUAUGAAUGUAUGAUACAUUAAAAUAUUUUUUUUUUCCAAUGAUUCACACGACACAUAUCACAAAAAUCUUAUUCUACGUAUAGAACUCUCACUUGAAUUUACUUCACGUAUGUACACUUUAUUUAACUUUUUUUUUGCCCCUCCCCUCUCCAUAAAUUGUUAUACAAUUAUUUUACUAUCAUUUAUUACGUUAAUUCGACUUCUUUUAUUAUUUUAAAAUUAUUGUUUAUAUGACAAUUAUUAUAGUUUGGUGUCUCAUUGGUUGUCGUUACUGGAAUAUAAGGUGAAUUACGUCCAGUAUCUACAUUUAACCUAUCAAUAAGUUUUUUGAUUGGUAUAUUGAUUUUUAGAAAACCAGGUAUCGGUGGUAUAAUAUUAUCUUACGUAACAUACAUUACAAAUUCAUUUUCAUUUGCAAUCUAAACUAUUAUGAUUAUUUGUGUGUUAGUCUUCACACGGUUCAUUAUUUUCGGGCACGUGUGAAUUUAUAUUAUCCACCGUUUGGAUUGUCGUUAUAUUUUUGUUGCUAAUUGCUUUUAUGAUUAAUAGGUUGGUUGUUAAAAUUAUUAGAUGACUGUGAAAAGUUAUAAAGAUUUCUUUGAUUCGAAUAUUCUUAGUCAUAAUGCGGCUGACCAUGUUGAAAAUUAAAUGAGCUACUAGAGUAUAGAAAAUUUCCACGAUAAUUUUAAUUAUUUGAGUUCAUAUUUUUUAUUUUUUAUAUUUAUUAUUGCCUCAAGAUACGAAAUUUGUGAAGACAAUUGUUUUACUUAAUUGUCUGUGUUAUUUUCGUUUAUUAUAUUUAGGUGUUCUUUAGUUAUUUUGACUUUAAUUUUAUCGAAAGCAUCAUAGUAAAACCAAUAGAUCCCUCACUCCGGUCUGAAUCUAGAAAUAAUUCAGAAAAUGUCAAUGUUUUUAUAUUUUAUUUUCAUUAACUUUGUGGUUUUUAAUAUUAAUUUGUUAGUUUAAUUUAUAUUUAAAUACUAUAAUAGUGUUUUGAAAUUAUCUUUUCUCAUUUUCAAGUACAUUUUGUUCAACAAAAAUUCAAAACACUGUUACCUAUGUUUUAUAAAUAUUUGUAUAUUUUUACGAAUCAAAUAGUAAAAAAAAAUAAAUAAUACCAGAUUUGAUUAUCUUUAUUAUCUCAUGAGAUAUCACAAUGUGUAUAUCUUAAAGGGACACCAUGUACACAGCUACACAAAACAUGAAACACAAUUUAUCGUUCUAACUCAAUGAAAAUGUAUCGUACUUUAGUCUUCUAAUACAUAGAUACUGAUCAGUGCCGUAUAUUUUCAACAGAAGAUACACGGGUUUACAACGAUGCACUUAUUUUUAUUAUUAUUAUUUAUUUUUUUUUUUUUUCCGUAAACCCUUUGUUGAUUUUGUUUAGGGAGUACGGUCAGGUUAUAGAUUAUUUGAGUAUUUCGAUUAUCUCACUCUUUUUAGUGUUGUGUGUUAUUAUUUUUAAUCCGAAAGAAAUAAUAAAUCAUAGUAUGUUUGAAAAGAGUUCCAAAAGAGUUGAAAUUAAUUCCACCGAAAAAGGUAGAAUCAAUUUUAUUAUAUUACUCAUUUAUAGUUUGUGUAUUUGUGCAAUGUUCCAAAGAACAAUAAGUACCUACCUAAUUUCAAUAAUAUUGUCAAUUUUAGAACUUCUAAAUGGAAAUUAAAAAUGCCAUUAAAAUAGUUAAAUUCAAAAACAAACAAAACCAGAAAUAUCGUAAAAUUAAUUAGUUUCACAGUAUUAACCUACUUUAAAUAUUAGGUACCCACUUGAAAUUGUAUUGUAAAAGAUUGUUUAUCAUAUUUCAUUAAUAAACUCGAAUUAAAAAAUAUUAUAUAGGUCAAUAUAAUAAUUAAAUAAUUUAUACCUACAUUUCUAUUUAAAAAAAAAAAAAAAAAAUAAAUAUAUUUCAGUAGUUAUAAUCUUCGAGUUAUUAUUGAUCUCGAAAAACUUUUGGUUGUAACGUAAAACUGUGAGAGUCAGUAUAGAUAAUUUCUAAAAGAAACAAAAAAUCCACGUGUGUUUAAAGCCAUUGCAAAAUAACAAUUUUUGAAAUAUUUUACAUUCCCGAAAUAAUCGGCAACGUAUAUACUAUAUAGUAUGUACAAUGUAUGUAAAAUGCAUAAAACAAUAACUAUAAAACAUUUUUUCGGAAAAUUCAUUCAAAAUUCGACGUAUAUAAAUGGAAAUAUCGGUUUUUAAGAAUUAUUAAACGAUAUGAUGGGCAUCUGGAAACUGGCUUUUUUUUUUAGGGGUGGAUCGAUACCGGUGCUAGAUACCGGUGGUGUCGAGAUUUUUUUUCUAAAACUCGUCCGAUUUUUUUCGGGGAAAAAAUGUCCGAAUGUGGAGUAUAAAUAAAUUAUUUUAAAAAAGUUGAUCGAUUGAUUUUGAUACGAAUUCGCGGUUUUCGAUUUAAAACACUGGGUAUCGGAUUUCGGGUUCGGUGAAUUGCGUCCCGAAAAUAAAAUGUGAAUACACAGCUAGGUGGAUUGCGGCCCGGAUAUUUUUCCCAAGCAGGUGAAUUGCGUCCCCGAUACGUAUAAUAGUAUGAAAUACUAUACACGAAAAAUGCUGUUCUAAGUAAUACUGCAGCAACACUGAAAUAGAAUGCUUCUGGAAGUACCCAUUGAUGGUUUUAAAUGUCGAUUCCGAAAACUUCUAACAAAUGAUAUACAACGUUGGUGUUGUUUAACAUUGCGUAAGUGUUAUUUUAAUUUUGAAAAUAAUUUUAGUACAAUAGACGAACCUACAGAACAUAAUCAUCCGAAACCGAAACGAAAAUUAUUAAAUCGACAAAAAAUAUUUUUCGUCAAAACCAUCGAAACUUUUGCAUAUAGAAUAAAAAAUAUAAUGACGUAAAAAACAAUAACAAUACUAGCGAUGUGGCAUUAACUAAAAGAAAUAUUCGUUGUUCACGCGUAUAUCUGUUCGUCCAAUAAACUACCAAAUAGCAUUUCCGAACUACUAGAUAUUAUUAUUUAAGUACGUACGAAAUAAAAACUAAUAAACAACAGAAUUAUUUAUCAAUGCACGACAAAUCUAUAAUGGCAUAAUUGGAUUUUCAGCAAAUCAUCUACGAAUUUGAAAUUAAAAAAAUUAAAAAAUUAAAUAUUUGCAGGAAGACUAUACGGCCAGCCCCCUCGUGCGGUUUCUUUUGGGGGGGAGGGGGCAAUGGUAAUGGGCCGAAUAGUGGGACGCAAUUCACCUAACGCCUCGGUUUUAUAUCGGUAGCAUAUAACAAAUCGAAUACGUCGGAAUAUUAUCGGAUAUCGGUAAAAAAAAAAAAAAAAAACGAUAUCGGCCCGUCCCUGCGAUAUGCGUAUACGACGGCAAAAGGACGAAACUAUAAAUGUUCACAACAAUCGAAAGGACCGAAGCAACAACAAGAUAGUUAAACUUUUUUUUUGAAAAUUGCCAAUUUUAGUGGAUCGGAAGCGACGAGUUUCUGUCUUACACGCGUGUUAUACGAGGAUUUACACGUGUUUUAAUUCGAACGUAACGAUUAAUCUAGUGAAGCGAUCGGAAUUCUGGAAACAUAUUUGAAUUUAUCGUGAAGUCUACUUGAGAUCGGCUUUUCCACUCUUUAUUUUCAUCUACUUAAAUUCUAACAAAAAAAAAAAAAAGCCACACUGAUAAAAGAGUAAUUGAACAAACGGAAUGUUUUAAUAUUUUUGGAAAAUCGAAAAUGCGGUAAAGUCGAUCUCAAGUAGAUUAACGACAAAUUCAAGUCUGCUUUCAGAAUACUUAUCGCUGUACUAGAUCAAUCGCGGUACGUUGGAAACGAAACGCGCGCGGAUGAUUGUUUUUGAACAACACAACGGAUGUAGUUAUGCCCAUUGUGUUUAUAUUGUUUCCGGGCACCGUCGAGGGAAACCAGAAGACGUCGAACGGAUGUUCCUACCGGUCCCGGACAAUUUCAAAAGAGCGGACUUUCGAUCCGUCGCCGCCCCAAGCCCGUCAAUAUUAUUGUUUAUUAUCGUUCGGCGAUAUUUCACCGUGCGUAAGUGAUGUUGUCGAAAACUCCCGUAUGCGUACGCGCGCGCGGGCCGUAACGCACCGCGCCGCGCGGCAUCCAAUUUCUAAUCAAUGGCCCCCGGGGCUUUAUGCCGGCGCGGACUUUUGUCUCGCGGAGCGUACAUACUCGCGCGCGCGUUGUAUUAUAAUAAUAAUAAUAAUAAUACGCCGUGGCGCCGUUUGUUCGCGAAACGUAUGCGCGAGUGUCGCGGCGCAAAUAAAACACAUUACACUAAUAGUUUCGGGAUCCCGGCGAGAAUAAUUUACACGCGCCCGCGCCUAUAAUACAUUGUGUUUCUCGCCAAAAAGUUCGCGGGUUCCCUUUGUGCGAUACCUGCAAUGUUAAUAAAACCCCCGUUAAACCGCCGCCGCCGCGGAUAACUGCAGCGAACGGAAAUUUCUGAUUUAUAACGAUUAUUUGUUGUGCGCGCGGUUCGCGGGCAGGUGUACGACGCCGUACCCCCCCCCCCCCCCCCCCCCCCCCCCCCCCCCCNCCCCCCCAACCCACCUCCCCUCCCCCCCGCGGUCCGUAUGUCGGCCGGCACGUACGCGCUGAAAGCGGCAAAGUCGAAACGGGAAUAAAACGUACACGAGCGCGGGACGAACACAACGCAACGCGUAACGUUCGGAUCCGCGUUGUUUCACGCGCGGAUCGCUAUUAUGCGGCGCCGUAAAGACACGCGUCCUACUUUAUUUGUUUUUUCGUAAUUAAAACGUCGCCGCGCGCGCCGCCGUUUACGGCGCGGCAAAACUUCUCGAAAGUUUUCCGACUGGUCCGCCGGUAUUAAUUGACGUUGUGUGAUGUACGACGUUGCGCGCGGUUACGCGGCCGCUCGGUGUUGCGCACGCCCCGCACGUACGGCCCAGUGCCGCGGUCACGGACGCCCGGGCGAUUCGGUUUCCGAGUACGGGCCGGCGUACGGCGUGGAAAGCCGGCCGCGCGCUACUUGUGCCGGGGCCGUUUUUUAAACGCAAACCCCCCGAUGUAAGGUAACGGGGACGGGCGCUGCAGCCGCCGCGGGAUGUCGGGAGGGCGGGAUACGCGCGGGAAUCGUACCCGCAAGCGACGACUGCUAACGAUUCUGAGCGCGGUCCAGUCGGUAGCGACGCCCCGCCAACGCGACACAAUAUAAUAUUGUCACACGACGGUAAAAUAAUUAUUUAGGCAUUGUACAUUUCGAGAAAAUCUCCUUUCAUAAAAGGGCCUUCACCGUAUGCAUCGGAAUAAGUGUUUUGGUAGAAAAAGUGAUCACAUAAAGGUAAACAAAAUAAACAUCUUCGUAAAACCAAUACAUUCUUCGCUGUACUCAGAAUCUAAAAAAAAUCGACAAAAAUUAAAAACUUGUAAACGAAUAGUGUCUUCAAGCCUGGCAGUUUUUGCGUAACGAUAAAGAUUUCGGUGUUUCUUGUGGUAUAGAAGAAGACGUUCAAGUGCGGAAAAUUAUAAUUUGAUUUAAAAAAAUAUAUUCAAAUUCUGUUAAAUACAAAUUGUUUAUUAAUUGCUCAUUGUUAUAACUAUGAAAAAUAUCUUUUAAGUAUUAUAUUUGUAUUUUUUUUUUUUUUUUUGAAGGGAGGGAAAUGGAACCUAAGAGUUUGGGUCCUUGUGUUCGUGGACCAUAUGCACACGCGUAAAUCAAGGCCUGUUUUUAAGAUAUCCAAGACAUCUUAGACUAAGUUUUAAAACAAUUUUGGUGAAUAGUUACCUAUAUAUUUUGCAUUGUUUACCGCAUUAAUAGUAUCCAAAUGGAUAUUGACAUUACGAUAGUAAUAAUGCAUAUGGGAAAUAAAUUUCGUCCGCCAACGAAAUUCGGAAAAUUAUUAAAUUAUAGGUGUGUAUUAGUCAUUUUAAAUUACCGAACGAAAAUAAAUAAUGGAAUUCAAAUGGCAGGAUUUCAACUCGGGACCACUCGGGCGUUUUUUUAUUUCGUGAUUGCUCACGUGCCGGAUUUUUUCUAACAAUUUAUUAAUUUAAUAAAUUUCAUCGAAAUGUGAAUUCCAUUUGUAUGCAAUUCAUAUUCAUCGGAUUAUAAACUAUGCUGGAUGUGUAAGAGUUUUUUUACCUCGUUCCUCGACCCCCUUUCCCAUCGCAAAAUACUGUGCGUACCUACUGUAAGUUGACUGUCGACAUUUUUGAUAUGCUAGCGCAGGUUAAAAAUAUGUAAGUUUUAAAACAUCGGAGUCGGAUGAAUGUACUUCUUUUGUCUUAUUACAAAUUUGGUUCGACAGAGCAGACUAGAGUAAACUGCAGUAAAUAAUGAAUGCCUAAUGAUAAGUGAUCCAUAAUGAGUAGUGUAAAAUAUAAACAGAAGUGAACAAUUCCUAUUAUUUUUGGAUAUAGAAGUAAAUUUUUUUUUUUAAAUUUUGUUUUUUCGUUUUUCUACGAUACUGAGUAAAUUAUAUGUCUAAAAAAACAUUCGCUACAGUUUUCCCCCGGGUGAAGAAAAACCGACCGACUGGAAACUAACGUAAAAAAUAUAUUGUACUGAGUUAUUGUUAUAUUUUGACACCGACUGUUAUUAUUAUAUGUUGUAGUUUACUGACAAAUUCAAAAUUUUCCUUAGACACGUGCCGCGCGACGACUGCGACGAUUAUAAUAUUACUGUCGUUCGUUCGUCCGCAUUCAAUACGAUUGAAUACAUAAUUAUACAAUUAAUAAACUAUCGACUCGGUGUAUAGUAUAAUAACGGUCUCAGAAAAACGGAAUCGAUUAAUCGAAGCUGCGCGAAUGACCAUUUAAAAAAAAAAAAAAAUCCAAAAAUAAUUGCUGUCCCGUAUACACUACGCCGUGAAUGUCUUCGAGAAACGAUUUGCAUGGGUAUGUGAACACGCAGUAUAGACACAAUAUAAACACAAUAUUAUUUCCAACGCUGUAUACACGUUCGCGUAUUGCGGAUUUUAAUCCAUUUCGAUAAUAUCUAUGUGUAUUGCGUGUACGUAUUACGUCACGAAACCGUAAAACACGCGUACACACAGAUGUGUUAUUACGCGUGUACGCGCUCCCGUACGUAUUGUUAUUGUUUUCUACGUCUCGCGUCUUUUACCGAAAAACGCGCUGUCCCCGCGCCGUUCGUAAUAUUGUGUUCGAAAUAAAUUAUCGUAACACCAAUAUUAUCAUGUCAUCUCCGCAACGUUUCGGUGUGUGUCAACAUCCAAUAUCGGACCAACACGGUUAGUUGAUUAUUUUCGCGGAAAACCGAAAUAGCGAAUUACAGACCGAGACGAUUUGAAAUUCAUAAACUCGGCUUAAGUGAUGGCGGUGACGGUGGCGCGAAAACGCCGAAACUCGUUCCUUGCCCACCAUCACCCGCGCACACACGCGCACCACGGAAUCGUUGUGUUGUACCAGCUAUAACCUAUAACAAAGUAUAUGUUUGUUUAAUAUUCAAUAUAUCGGUGCACGUUUGAAACGCAAAGGGAAAUCGAUGGCUUUCUGCAAUCGAAUUCGAAAUAAUGUGAACGGUGUUGGUGCGAAAAGGCGCAAGUCCAAUUUUUUCAUUUUUCAUGUUGUACGUUAAUUAUAUAUUUUUACGAAAUCGUGUGCCACAUCUACUGGUACCGCUGGUUUACGAAACUGUUACCUUCAAUACAACUAUUAUAUAGAUUUAGAAGAGAAGUACGGAGGAGCGAGUGAAUAAAAAGUUGAGUGCUUUCGCUGGGCGAACCCGGAGGAGUGAGGAAAUGGGUGACGCGUGAGGCAUCUGUAUGCUUUGCACGGGUUUCCACGUCAACGAUUCCCGCCAGACGGUUACAAUAGCUUGACGCGGGGCGCCUCUAUGUGGGUGUCAAGCGUUGUUAAUGCUGUGAAUUAAGGUUGGCGUGUCAACUUAGGUGGCAAUAAUGUUUAAGAAAUGUUAUUUGUGACGGAACUGGUAAUAUUGUUCUACGAUCGUUUAUUUCACCGAUAUUAAAAUAUAUCCGAAGUAAGACAUAAUAAAGGGCACAAGUGUUUAAUAUUUAAAUGCAUAUAUAUAUCAAAUUAUGUAGGUUAUUAUUUUUAUCAUUUUCCGUUUCAAAAAUUUGAUAUUUAAUAUAAAAUGUCGCUUCAAUAAUUAAUGUGACGGAUCAAUGUUUGGUUUUCUUCAGACCAGAGUUUUAGACUGUAACAAUUAUCACUGAGCAAAAGACGCUGUACAACUAAGAAGUUUAUCGAGAACCGAAAACCGCGUAUCGAAUCGUUAUUUGCAAAGUUAUCAUUGUAUUACGAUUUUGUUCCGCAAUAGCGUAUUGUUGUAGAACUAGAGAUUUAAUAGGAGCGUGUUUAUAAUUAUUAUGGCAUACGUAAAACAUAUUAUUUAACGAGUUUACAUUUUGAAAAAAUCUUCGGGCAAAUGCAUGAAAACUACGGUGCUAAAUACUUUAGAGGAAAGUAAAUUCGAAAAUAUAAAUAUUGACCAAGGUGGAAAGGGGCUAGUAAAACGUUUCGUCAGCCCCUUCCUCGAUGGGAAUCGAUUGAUCUCGAAUAUGGCUGCCGUGCAAAUUCAUGCGAAUUACGUGCUAAAUAUUGGUUUAAUUAUUUUUGAAAAAUCCCAAUAAGGGGUGAAGGGGUCGCUCUUCAAAUGUACGUCAUUAUACAUAUCAAUUAACAAUUGAUAAAAAACUGGAUUUUUGAUUUAAGCUCUAAAACCAUGUGAAUAAUACUCGAUCAAUAAUAUAAUAUUUUGUAUGGUACCCGUUUGUAUGUAUUGUGCAAAAGGACACGAGUCGUGUAAAACUAUACGAACAUUAUUUUUCAAAAUUUAUUUUUCGUAAUUUUAUUGGCGGUUUCUUUCAUUGGCUGUAUUCGGAUAACUAUCGGGUGAAUCGAAAAACUGUCUCUCAAAAGCCUCCAGUCUACACCGUGCUCGUUUCAACUGUUAUAAACUAUCGUCGUACGAACAGAACUAUUGAACUACCUGCCGCGGGAAUGCGUAUAAUUAAUAGUUAUUAUCGCGAGAGCGACAAUACAACUCACCGCUGUAAAUAAAUAAUCGCGUCCUUAUAUUUUACUGUCGUCGUGGCACAUUCACUAUUGAAAUUCACUCAAUACAUUAUCACCUACAACCGUAUGGACGCGGGCUUAUUAUUGUACGAAUUCAAUAUUUUACGGUUUUUAUUGGUCCAAUGGCUACCCGUAAAAACAACAGUGUUUUGCGAGAUGAAAAAAGCGAAAAAAGCACACGUCAUUAUUGUAAAACCAAUACACGCAAAAUGUUUCCGCCACCCGGAAUCCGGAUCACUCGCAGAGUGUAUCCGCGGUAUCUUUACUAUAUAAUAAUAAUUAUUGACAGGGGGGAAAAAAAUAUAUACGUAUAAAUAUUAUAAUCGGGUCGGAUAUUAUAGCGUAAUAAUACUAUAGUGUUUUGGACCUGUGCCAUCGUCGCGCACACAUUAUAAUAAUAUUGUCCGGGCCGAAUACGGGCCAAAAUAAAUAACAGGAUUUGUAAAUACUGUGAUGUCGUAUUAUAUUAUUAUUAUCAUUGUGCAGCCGGGUAAUUUAUUAUCAAUCAUUGUUUCGUCGCGGAAUAUCUCAAAACACAAACACGUUAUUGUUGCCGCCGUCAACAUCAGAGUGGGCAGUGUUUGUAGUGUUAUCGGCCCGGUCCGGUACCUACCGUCAAAUCGUCAAAAUGUCUGUUUCGAAUUACCCGCGUUCCGACGACGACGACGAUGAUGCCAACUCUCUCCCCUACCCUCCCCCAGUGAUGACGGUCCGCUAAAGAAGGUCCGGGGCUGCGGCGUUUUAAUAAAAUUAUAGUGGUCUUUCUAGGAGGGAGGGGGGUCGCGAAAAUCGCCAAUAAAUUACAAAUCGUGUAAAUGUACGGCAAUAAUAAUUUAUUGUAUUCGAGGAGCACGUGUUUGGAUAUAUACUAUCUAGAUACAGUUAUCGAUAGAUAAUUUUUAUAUUAUAAUCUUUAUCUUACGUAGGUGAAUAAUUUCAAAUUGUCUAGAUGAAUUGAACUAGAUACAUUAAUCUAGGUAACAUUUUUUUUUUUUUUUUUAAUAUUAAAUAAUUAGAAUUUUAUAAGAACGAAAAUGUUUUAACAUAAAUUUGUGUUCUGUUUUUUAAUAAGAUUAGUACCUAAUAUCAUUAGUUAUUAAAUAAUUUAUAUGGUUAAAUUAAUUUUAACGAGUUAACCCAGAUAGCAUAUCUGUAAUGAUAAUAUUAUAUUAAUAUAAUUUUUUCAUCAAAGAAAUGAUAUUAUUAAAUAAAUAUUGAUAGUAUAUCAAAUAAAUAUCUUUUAAAAUAAUAAUGUGAAUAUAUUAUUAAUAUAACAUCGUAAAUGAAAUAUUUAAGGAAUAUUAUGAAUAUAUUAUUAUUGUAUCUUUUCAACAAUUCGUUUAUAAUAAUACUCAACCGUUACUGACGACCGAUUGAUUAUUCACUUCAGAAAUCGCCAAAUUCGAAAAAUACGUUAAUGCAAACGAAUAUUAUUACGAUUAAAAGUACGCCAAGACCACAACGGGUCGACCGAGAUUUACUUAUCAUCUCUAUACAUAAACCAAAAACAUAUAAUUUGUAAUGCAAUUGGCAGUUAAAUAAAAUUGUUAUUAUUAUUGUACUUGGCCAUUACAAUUACCAUAUUAAGCAGUGCCAAUUUAUUUUUUUGUUUUUUUUUUUUUUUGAAGGGACACUUAUCAUUUUUAUAUAAGUUACCGUAUUUUGUUAAACGAUAAAUUACACCGAAAUAACCAAUAAAAACAAAAAAAAAGGGGCAAGGUUUCAGGGAAAAUUUCCUGUAAACAAAAAACAUAAUUGUACUCUGGGUCAAAUUUCUAAAUUCCUUACAUCCUUACGACCAUUUUAAAUAUGCAAGUUAGACCGGAACAAUAGAGAAUGUCAAUUGCUUCAUCGGCUAUGUUAUACUUUUCAAGUUCUUUUGGAUAUACGUGAUCUAAAUCGUGAACAUCGUAUAAAAACAUAAGUACAUACAUAAUGAUGGGAGUUGAUGAAUAUUGCACGAAUACGAUGAAACAAGGUGCCCUUUCUUAAACCAAUAACUUACUAGUUUGUUAUCGUAUUCGUGAAUAAUAGGAAUUCGAAAAAAUGUAAAAAUAUACGCAAACACCAAAUAACCGUCAAUAAGUAGACCGUUGUAGAUCAAUAGUCCAACAUUCCCACAAAUAGUUAUCUACUCGUCAUUAACGCGAUUAUUAUUAGCUGAUAAAUUAUGGUUAUUUCUUCAUCAGAGUUAAAUGUCUCUGAUAGCCAAACAGGGGCAUCACACCCAUUGCAAUUUUCAUCCGUAAUUUAUUAGCCUAGGUAUCGAUAAAUAUUUUUUCCGCAGCAUUCGGGCUUAAAUAUUCAACUUUUUUUUUUUAUUAUUAUUAUUGUUUUGUGCAAACCUCAUUACGCGUCGACAUUUUUUUUUUUUUUUUAAAUAAAUUGAUGCGGUGCUUGGCCGGGGGAGGGGAAAUUGUUCGCUUAAAGAUGUUUGCAAUGGCUUUUAAGAAACUGAAAUAGACGAUGCAAUAGAAGAUGAGAAUGUAGAUUAAUGCACACAGACAAAUCCAUACAGUAUUCUUGGCCGCUUUUUUUGUACUCCACCGCGCGUCGCGAGAACGAACCGACAAGUCACUGAUUUCGGUAACGAAAUUUUUUUCGAUUCUUGUCAACGUCACCGAGAAUCCGCGGGAAAGUGGCGAAACGCGAAUUCCAAAUAUUCGUAAAUUUUGUGUCCGUUUUUGGCGGUCCGGUCGGUCGACUUUGAAAACGACUUACGGCAGUACUAGGGAAGGGGACGCGGCGGAUUUGGACCGCACGAGUUGCGUUUGUGCACGACGGAACAGCGGCAAACGCCCACCAACACCGGUGCAGUGUACGCAUGUAAACGGUAACUUAAAUAACGCAAAUAUAAAUGUAUUACCGGGUAAGGUUUGAAACUUUGUAUAUGUAUGUGCACGUAAUAUUAAGACAAAUACGAACAUUUUUAACGAACGAAUCAACAACGGCGGCGAAUGGGAAAUUUACUCCGCGCGCGUAGUUUUUGGAGAGUUUUACGGCGACGGGUCGGUGUAAACAAAUAAUAAUAAUAAUAAUAAUAGUAAUAACAAUAAUAAUAAAAUAUAAUAUAAUUCUACUACUACUACUACUACUACUACUACUACUAUUACAACCACUGUAAACGCGGCGGAAAUUUUCGCGAGGCGGUAGAAAAACGUACGCGCCCAACAAACGACGCGGUGUGAGGGGGGGGGGAGAGCGCCUGAACAAACAGACCGUCUCCGCUCGAAAAACAUAUAUGUAUAUUCGUUGCCGGUCCGCGCGCCGUUUCUACACCGGGUGCACGGUCGGUGGAACGCCGGUGGAUGAGGUCCCCCGACCGCCACCUCGGCCGCCCCGGUGUAGUUGUGCGUGUGUGCGUGUGCGCGUGCGUGUAUAUUAUAACUUUGUUGCGUAUUAUGUUUGUCGACGGACUGUGAAUAAAUAAAGAACAAGUUUUUAGAGUUUCUGCGGUGAUGGCGGUGGCGGCUCUAUGUGCACCGCGGCGGGCGGCGGCGGCGACGACGAAAACGGCGGCGGCGACGGCGACGACGGGAAAACCCGAGUUCGUGUUAUAUACGCGUGUUUUUAUUGUAUUUUCGCAAUACAGGAGUACCUCCAACUACUCGCGCACUACUUACUGCUCGCGCCGCUACUCACUAACAAGCGGUGGCAAAAGAUAAAUACAAAAGUAUUGCGGUUUAAAUUAUAAAAUAAUAAUAUUUCACGUGUAUGCGAAAUUGAACUUUUCCGUUUAUGCGUCGCGCGCAGAAAUCUCAUCGAGACGAUAAUAAUAACGGCCUGACGCGACUACGGCAUGAAACGGCGGCGCGCGCCGUCCGGGAAACGAUCGACGUUUUGUUUAUUUUUUUUUUUUUUAUCUCUAUUGACUUUUUGUCUUUUUUUUUUUUAAUUUUUUUAUCCCCCUGUCUGCUAACAGUUUCUGUACCGGAAACAACGCUAAAGCUCGUCAACCUUGUCGGUGGUUUUCGAUGGUACAUUUUCUUGAGUGGAUGCUAUCUAGAAUGUCUGGUUUCUGAUUCUUCGUGCAGGUAGUUUUCUUAAGAACAUAUUAGGGAAAAACGGGAAAACGAACGCAACUACGGAUUCAUUUAUUUGUGUUCACCCAACAUCACACCUACGAUACUAGCAACGUAUCAUAUAGUGUUUUUAAUAAUAUUUUGAAUUGUUUUCUUUUUUUCUUUUCGAGUAUGAUACAACUAAUAAUAAAAAAAUUGUAUUUAAAGACUGAAGAAAAAUUAAUAAACCACGUCCAUAUAGCAAAACUAAUACAUUCCUCGCUACGCUCAGGUGCCCUCGGUAUUUAAACAAUUAUAACUUAUUUAGGUGACUGUAUUAUACUGUCGUAAUGAUAGUGUAUUUUAAUAUUAAAUUAUUGUAUUUUCUUGUUACAGACACCGGACGUGACCGCGGACAAAGACGAGAUGGUAGUGACGACGAGCGUUCUUAGUUUUAUGCUCCGAGCACCGUACUCCGCAGAGGAUCACGAAAAUGACUACAACGAAACGACUUUGGUUUGCCGAGCGUACAAUCCGGCCAUUAAAAUCGAGCGCACUUACGUGGAGACCAAAAUCACGUUAGACGUACAAUGUAAGUUAAAAAUAAAACAGCUGGUGACGUAUACGGAGAUUGAUUUUACAUUUGAUUUGAAUAACCCAAAUAUUUAUCGUUUGUUUAAAAUGAAGAGUAUUUGAAUCUAGCCUCUAGAUAUUAUAAUAUUAACAUGAAAUUCACGUUAGUUGAUCAACGAUGUGAUCUUGUUUUACUUAUUGACAAUUUGCGGCUAUCGUUUUUCCUUUGAAUAAUUUACUUUGAAUUGACAUUAGUACGUUGUUGUAAUUUGUUUAAUCUUUGCAUGAUUCAAAUUCUCGUUUUAUUAUAUGUAUAUUCUCGUUUAUUCGGUUCGAUUUUUAAAGUAAAAGAAAAUUUCAAUACAAGAGUUGUAAAUAGAGCUGUGAAAUCAAUACACAAAAAACCGACAAAAUAUCCGUUAAAAAAUGUACUCUUAAAAUUCUUUAGAUAUGUAAACACAUGCACUAAUUUUUCAAAGGUAUGCAAAAUAAUAAUAAAAAUAUUUUUGUAAUGUUCUGAAAACAGUUUUCAAAUUGACUUUAAUUUUAGAACAUUUAAUUAAGAUUUAAUUAACGUUUAAUUAAUUUAAGAUUAAUCGGAAAAUUGUCUUAUAUGGUUGAAUAAUAAAUCAUGCAUUUAAUUCACUGCUUUGAUAAUGAAACACGAAGCAGGAAUGUGCAUCCAUUUGAUUUUAUCACUUCCUAGUGCAAACGAGAUAAUAUUAUUAUAAUAAUAUAAUAUAAUCUCUUAGAAAACGAUACAAUAUGUACAGGGGUGGAUCCAUUGCGUGAGAGGGAAGGGGGGUCAUAGGACUUACCCUAGAAACGAUAAGCUUAUGAUCUUUACGUUUAUUUGAAAACUAUGCAAAUUAUGCACGUGUGCAAUAUGUAUUUUAUUUUAUAUAGUUUCAUACAUACUUAUAAUUAAUUUGAACGUACUCGGUAUACAAAAUAAAAUAUCUAAAUUUUAACAAAAUUGAGCAAGUUAAUUAAUCUGUUUAAGCCAGUUUAGCUAGUUUAAGUAAAGUUUUCUUUAAAAAAAUAAAUAAGUAACUAAGUUAAGUUAAUGUUAGUAUUCAAAUACAUAUUAAUUUGUGUAACUUAUUCAAGGUAUCAAAAAUAAUAACUUAAAUCAAGAUAAAAGUUACUUUUUUUUAAUUUUCCUUUAAUUAGUAACUACACUCAUAAUUUUUACUAUUUUGUAUUCAUAUUUAUAGAAUUACUAUAAAAGAAUUUGUAGAACCCGUGUGGGUGUCCCAUAGGUCGCAUGCCAGACUUAUUAUGUGAUGAUAAUACUUACGAAAAAAAAGAUUAAAAUAUAAUUUUCGUUGAAAAUAAAUGAAAAAAUUAAAUGUUGGUGAACAGUUUUUUUUCAUACAAAAUUCGUAAAUUACUAUUUAGAAAUAACUUAAUGUUUAACAAAAUAAUGAACAUUAUUAAAAAUUGUCCAUGUUUAAAAAUUAUUUAUUGCAAGAAAUAAUUAUGUUAUUUUAUUGAUUAAGUUAUUUUGCAACAUUGUCUCCAUUAUUUUUAAACUUUUUAAGUUUAAAGUUAUUUUAAACAAAAAACAAAUCAACUGUUUUUUUUAAUUAUUGCUUAACAUUAAAUAAAAUGUUAGCUACAAUACAAUACCUAGUAGAUUAAUUGAUAUAUAUAUAUUGCGGUUAUCGAAAGAUCGUAUAUAUUGACUAAAAAAAAAAUUAUUUUAAAAAAUUCUGCGAUAUUAAUUAGUAAUGUAUUCACGUUUCGAUAUCCCAAUAACAAUAAUAAUUAUUAUUAUUUAUUUUUUUUUUUUUUCUGACUUUACAAUGAGGAAAUAACGUGCAGUUUUCUUUAUUUCCGGCGAUUUCAGAAAAAUUAUAAAUUAUAAUUUGUGUUCGUUUAAUUUUCCCGGGUACGUUUAACUACGUUUUAUUCAUACAAAUAAUACAUUGGACGAGCUAUUCGGCGAGUAAGUAGACGUUGCAUGAGAAAAAAAAACGAGUUUAUAAUAAUUAUUUUAGCAUACUGCGAAAACUUGGAAUUUAUUAUUAGGGGUUAUGAUUUUAAAAUCUAUAUUUAGGACCUAACUUUUAUUUUCGGUUCUGAGGAGAAAACGCUUGAACACGCAUUUUAAAUUACGUAUCGAAUCAGUUUCCGUGUGUCAUUUUUUAUAAUGGGUCAUUGCUUUCUCUUAUCCGGUAUAUUUACCUACGUUUAUUUAUAAAUAAUCUGUUUCCUUUUUUUUUUUGUUUUCAUUGUCCGAAGACUCUCCGAUAGUACGGUUACAAUUUGGCACACGUUUGCAGAGCACCGGACGUAUAGGUCCUGGAGAUGACGUGUAUUUCGAAUGUGUUGCCCGAGCCAAUCCGUCAACCACCAUCCGUUACAGUUGGUACCACAACGUGAGUAAUCGGUUUUAUACUAUAAUACAGUAUUUAUAUUUAUUUCGAAUUGAUGAUGGUUUCGAAUUGUCGAUACCUCGCACAAUAGUAUACCUAUAUUUUGUUAACAAAGUUUAAAACGAGUUUUAUACAUACACACACACACAUACACAUACACACACAUAUAUAUAUAUAUAUAGGUAAUAUCAAGUGGACGUAUUAUUUUUCGGUUUGAUUUCGUACAACAAACUAUAUUUCUAUUUUACUAUGUAUACCUAUAGGUACGUACGUAAUACGUAUAUUAUGUGUUUAAAUUCUUUAAACGCGUUUAGAAUUUGAUUAAACCCACUACUUACUAACACAAGCGCGCGCACGCGCGUGUGUGUGUGUAUGUGUGUGCGGGUUUUAAACCAAUACGUACAGACUUGCUUCGGUGUGUAUAAGAAUUAUUAGCUAUACUCAAUAACUCUGGAACUUGAUAGUUUGCCGAGUAUCGAUUUUUCUAUACAGACAAAUUAAACACGUCAAAUUGCAAAAGUUUUAAAGUUUAACAAAAUAUAGGUUUAGUAAUAAUAACCGAAAAGGGAAAAUAUAAUGUUAUAUUUUUUGAAUUAUCGUUGUUGUUUUCAGUUACACGACCUAUAAUAAGGUACCUAUGCGAAUAAUUGUGAGCAAUUUUAAUUUCUAAACUUAUAAUGAAAUGGCGUUAAAAGACCGAGUGUUUCAACGCCGUGAUUACGCGACGUAUACUUAAAAUGCAAUACAUUAAUCUUAUGUAGCGCAUUUUUACGCUGCAGUACUUUCUGAUCGACGGAUCUAGACUUUUAUAAAUAUACGUACAAUACUAUUUUGGGUAUAGGCACAUAAACAAGAAAUAUGUGUAACCCUGUUUUAACAAAGAAAAAUGAAUGGUUCAAAGAAUCUCGGCGACUGUUAUUAUAACAACACAAUAUAGAUUAUACGAAUGUCGGUUGAGAUACCUAUAAACGAUUCAAAGGGGUAUAGAAAAAAAUGAACAAACGUUUUCGAGCAUUAGUUUUAUUUUUGCCAACGCCAUCUAUAAACGGGAGUGUCUUGUCGGUAGAUUUAUUAUAUGUACCGUGAGAGUAGGCAAUUUUGUCGUUGUCGUCUUCACUAUAUACCGCGACAAUUCUCCCGGGUAGUGCAUUGUACUAGACACUACAGUAGGUAACGAAAAGGAUCAUUUACAAAUGAAAAUCAUAUUAUGUAACCAUCAACCCCGUACUAUUAUGCGCGAUAUGUGCGAAUACUCUCAUGUGUUUCUUUUUUUUUCCCCUCUAUACCUACUAGUCUUUAGAUGAGUUUCUAUUACCGGCCAUUAUAUUACACUGUAGGUGUAUAGAGGAAACGACAAAUCACGUACAUCCGCACCUCGAUAAAUAAAAAAAGAAUAUGUUUACUUAAACAAAAAUACAGACGCACUGUUGCUAUAGUAUGACUGCGAGUGUCCGAAAGUACAAUAUAUUGUGUGUGUUUAUGUAUAUAUAUAUAUAUAUAUGUGAAAAAAAGAGUUCACACCGCUGAUGGGUGUGCUACUGUUGUAGGUAGGUGCGAAGUUGAGAAGGUAGCGUACAUAAAAUUAUUUAAUUUAUAUCUGUACGCAACGAUAAACCGUUACCAACGAAAUACAGUGAUGUGCGAGGUUUGAUUACAUAUUACAUGUUUUGAAAUUCCGUGAUUUAUAAAAUUCUCAUUAAAAUGUGAACUUUAAACACUUGCAUAAAAAACUAUUAUAUUGCGCUCGUAUUUAUUUUUCAACCUCUGAGUACAACUAAGCAUAAUGAAUCUCAUGUAAAAUGUCCAUGUAUUUUGACUCAACCUAUACAAUUUUAUCCAUGCAAGAUCGUAUAAAAAUUAAAAAACUGGAAAAUAUCAAAUUCCUAUAAAUAACUUCAAAGUUACCCAAAUUUAUUGAACAUUUUACCCUAUGACUACUACUCAUUCUUUUAUAAAUGUAUACCAAAUCAUUUUAGAAUUGCCUCUAUUCAAAAAUUAUAUUUUCAAUACUACUGUCAAUGAAUAUCCAAAUUUAGGAAUUUUAAUAAUUGAUUUUGGGAUAUAUUUCGAUACCUAUAAAAAUCUCUACACUCAUUUUUAAUCAGAUUAAAAAAUUAAAACCAAACCGAAAAUAAUGAAACCGGUAUGACCGUAAACUUGUAAGUCUUUUAAACGUUUUUUUCUUCAAAUAUUGAAAAACUACAAAUAAUAUAAAAAAAAUUAUAUCAUAAAGGACCAAUAAGAUUAAAUUUGAUUCCAGGGAAGGUGCGAAAUUUACAGUAGAACCUUGUCACAAAUACAAAAAAAAAAUUAAUUAACUUAAAAAGAGCACGCACAUCACAUACUAAAUAAUAUCCUAACUGAAGUUUUAAAUUUAAAUUUUACCAAAAGUGAAACUUAACCCUUCCGUGUAUUAGUGUGUUCGCUUCGUUUGAAUUCGAGACCGCAUUAUUGUCUCUGCAGGAUCUAGAAAACAGUUAGAAGGAGCAUUUAUAUCGCGUCCUUUGCUGCAUACUAUAAUAGGUGCUGCAAGCAUUCGUAAUCCUUUGCAGUGGGGAACGUUAAUCGCAUCGAGUAUCGGUAAAACAUGGCAAGCAUUGUGUAAAGGUCAAUUCGCGUUGAGCCGACGGAAGUGUACAUUAUAUUCACGAAUUCGGGUAGUUUAGAUUUUAGGUUAACAAUAUGGAAAUAAUACCUACGAAUAACUGCAGUAUGUCUAUGGGUCAAUUUACAAUAGUUUAAUCGGAUAUUAUAAUAUACAGAACACGCAAUACAAUGUAAGACACUCAUUAGUUCUAAAAUAUAACAUGCCCUUAUAGUUUGUCACCCUUAUAUUCAGGAGUAAAACCACGAACACAUUUUGAUUAUUAAAUGACAACAUGUAUACACAAUUCCGCAAACAGAUGAAGUUUUAGUUAAAAUAAAUGUUGGCGUUAAAACGAUAAACCAGAAACAAGGACGAAAAACUUUCAAGAGAGGGAUAGGAGGUCAAAAUGUUAAAGGUAUUAAAACGUUCAAAGUCAACAUUAAAAGUAGUUUACAAUAUACGGUUAUUUACGGAAUUGAAACCGAAAAAACUGAUAACCCGUGUUAUUAUAAUGGCAUUUUAAAGCAAAAUCAAAAUCGAAGUCAAAACAGUAAAAUUUGUAAUACCGGUAUCAUACGAACAUCAGAUGAAAAUAUAAUGCCCAUUAUAUGGUUGUUGUCAUAUCAUUAAAUAUUCGAUAAUUCUGAUUUUGAUAAUGUGGUGACGACCGCAAUACAGCCAUACAAUAUAGAUUUAAAAAAAAAUGUAUGUAUAUAUAUAAAUAGGCAGGUGUUAAACUUCUAUUUUACCACAAAACUAUAACCUAAAAAUCUCUAAAGAAAUUGACCUAGAUACCUAUUUUGCUUUAAUUUUCUUUUAUUAAUUUCACAGUCGAGUGGCACUGCUGAGUGUUUUUCUAUAAACGCUAUUUUAUGCAUUAUUUCUCUCAUCACAUUUACUUACUAACUUACUGUCAGUGUUAAGACUUAUCUAGAUAAGAAUUACUCUAUUUUAUCUUAUCUAGAUAACUAUUGUGCCAUUUAUCUAAAAGAUAUGAAAUGUAUAGACAAUUUAUUGUUUAAAAUUGAUGGUAUAAACGACUCAUGAGUCUUGACUUGAAAUUUUCACAUAGUAAAAUCAUUUAAGUGGCUUACAUAGUAGGUGAUUAAUUGCCGAAUUAAAUGUAUUUUAUUUUGCACGAUUAAUCACCGCGUUUUUGAAGAUAGGAGAGGACAUUUUCGUUAUUUAUUCUCACUAUAUUAUUUUGUUGUAGAAAUUAUAAAUACACAUAUUUUUUUAAAUAUUAUGUUGUAUGUACAAUUUUCAAAAACAAAUAUUUACAAUAAGCACAUUGGUCUUCAAAAGAGACGCGACAAUACAUGAAGCGAGUAGUCACCCAAUAGUAACACUCGGCAGUCAUUAGUUUAAUAAUUCUUAAUAUUUUUUUUUCUUUUUAAUUUAAUUUUAAUGAACUAAAUCCCGACACAAGCGUCUCUUGAGCUUCCUUGGAGGAUUACCAAAAUGUUAUCAGGGAUGUUGGGCGAAUUUAUAACCAUAAUUAAAGGGUUCGGUUGGUUCGCCGGUUACUUGGCGACGUGGUUACUUCCAAGAUGACCCGUACAACUAAGUCAGUAUGCAGCAUGUAGUUUCACUCAUAAAAGGGUAAGAUCGUAAUCACAUAUAAAGAAAUAGACUAACAGGCUCGUAUUUUUUGGAUAUUAUUUUCUUUUUCUUUUUUUUGCCACGCCCCAUAACUAGAUAACGUAGGUGCAUAUAGGCUUUAAGAGGAAUUUAUAUAAAAGCAAUUUAUUUUUUAAGCUUACCUCCGAAUGCUUGCCUAAAAAAGGGAAAAAGGAUUUACGACGGAAAUUGUGCAAGAGGCGUGUUUGUUUAAUAUAUUCUACCCAAGUAAGGGGUUUAUAUAGUGUGUCAGGCCUAAAGUAUUUAACACUAAUAGCAAAAAAAAAUAAUUUGGUUUAAAAGGAAAAUUGAAGGUACUAUACUCUCUUAAAUUUUGAGCAGAGCGAGGAAUAUAUUAGUUUUACAAUAAUGAUUUUAUUUUUUUUUUUUUUUGUGAACAACUUUUCUAUCAGAAAUUUCGCUCCGAUUUUCAAGUGUACCAUCUUUUAUGAAAGGAAAUUUGACUGGGGUUAAACCUAACCUCAAAAAAUUAGAAAAUUUACGAAAUUUAUUAUUCUCAAAUCAUGAAUAUUACGACCUUUUAAAACAUGCAUAACCGAACUCCAAUCAAAAUCGUUUUUAUUUAACAAUGAUUAAGCUUUGCAUACAAACAUAUAUUCAAUUUUCCCUUACCUUUCUAACUUCUCACCUAUAAAAUAUUUAAAAAAUAUAAAAUACUUAAAAUAUAAUUUAUUUUUUUUACAUUUUUAAAUCGCUUAAUUGUGCCAAAUUGCCAAAAUAAUGCACAAUUGGCGACAUUCGCUAAUAAUUAUUUUGAAACGCUAAUACAGUUUCCAAAAUCAUUAAAUUGUAGAUAAAUUGCCAAAAUUGAAAACGCUGCUAUUGUCUGUUAUUUCGCCACGAUACGUAAGUUUGUUCCUAGAGAUAUUUUGUUAAUCACAUAAUACCUAGAAGUCCGAAAAUCGUUUGUUCAUUCUGUUGUUAUUGUUUGUUACUAAUUUACAAUAUUUAAGCCUAAAGAAAUAACAAGCUAACUAUAUUUGUAAUGCCGGUGUCCCAGUGAUAUCUCGGUGAGAUAACAGGAUGGACAAUAAACACUAGUGAAGUUAAAAUAUUUACGUACAACUCUGGUCAAAUUUCAUAAAUAAAUGUGUUAUUUUUACUUUACUUUAAUUACAAAUAAGUUAGUGAAUGAACUACGAAAAAUGCACUUACUAAUUUAAAUCUGCAGGGCUUGAGACCGGUGUCAAAACUGGUGUUGGAUACUGAUAUAAAUCCGGAAUGAAAAUCGAAACUGAAAAAUCUGAUACCGGUAUUAUUAAUCAAAAUCGAAACAGACAUUUUUUUUUGACGGUUUUAAGCUUGGGUUUUUAUUGAACAUAUUAUAAAUGUGUACAUCUAAUUAUCUGUGUUUGUGUUUGUUUUUUUUUUUUUGUCCGUGACUAUAUUUAACGUAUUAUAAUAUUAUGCUAACUAUACGGAAACUUUUUUCGAAUCAAACGACUUGUGAACAGAACACAAUACGCAGGACAUGGAUUUUGAUAAUAUUAUAAUAUUGAAAUAUACAUUUUCUUUAAUUCAUUCACGUAUUUAAAUGAACGUUUAUCGAAUGUUCUUUUAACCCUUAAUAUAUUAUGUACAAUGUACAUGAGAAAAACAAAAAAAACCGUCUAGCCAUCUCGGUAAUAUAGCUUCUUCACUACACUGCAAAUCUGAAAAAAUAACAGUAAUGCUAUAUUGUAAAUAUUUUAAUACCGAUAUUGUAAUGGUAUGUGGCUUUCUCGCGAGUAUAGAGUAUAGAGUAUUAUAUAAUAACGAGUUAUUAUGUUUUUAAACAUGUUUAAAUCGCAAAUUGAACGAGAUGUGUAUUAAACACUAUUUAAACUGCAUAUCUGAACAAAUAUCGUUGUGCCCCUCUAUUGCACGCACGACGGUCCACGCACGGACAGGUAAAUGUUGAAAUAACCGACUUUAAGUACGCAUUUACUCAAGCACAAUAUGAGCGUUUCGCGUUUUCGCAUUGUUAAAUCACGAUGUACGAUCAUCACGGAUUUCGGAACUCGCCCGACGUAUAAUAUUAUUAUAUUUCGUGCGUUAACGAGCUACUAUAUUAUAGAGACGGGCAGCAUGUUAUAUUAUUUAUCAAAUAAAAUAAAGCAACGGCAAUCCUCCGUCACUACAUUCGAAAUAUCCCCCCUCGAUUUCGUAUUAUAGAUAAUAUAUUCUUUGUAAAACAAUUAAUGAUCGUGUGUCCGUAUUUUAGUGUAGUCACUAAAAUAAUUGUUGUACUAUUUCCAACACAAAAUGUGAAAUUUAAUCAUAAACAUAGUAGCGGUGAGAACUGAAACCCCCAUAAGAAACAUCAUAUAUUGAUACUAAUGGCACGCGCAUACAAAAUUGCACCCACCUAGUUUUAAUCUCGGAGUGUAUAAAAACUAUUCAAAAUUAAAACACCGCCCUCCUCCCAUAACGGCAUGGUGAAAUUCAUAUAGAAAUUAAAGCGAAUUUCUAAAUCCAAUAAUGUGUAUUUCCAAAAAUAUAACGUAUUUACCGAAUAGUUUGAUAUUUUAUAAGUAUAGGCGUAUAUUGUAAUUUGUAUUGGAUUAUCCCCGAAAAUGUCACUCUGUAAACAGGUAGAUCAACAAUGUAAUAAUUUGUCAGACACGGAUAUGUUUCCGUUACUUAUUUCCAGCGGCUCCCAUUGAACCGAAUGAUCUCAAACUCGUGAAUAUUGGAGUCGUUUUUAAAAUUAAUUGAAUUGGUGCAAUUCUGGGUAAAUAUCAAUCAGAAAUUCCGAAAUGAAGAUAUGUGUAUGCAAUUUUGUGUAUGAAUUGAAUUAGCGUCAUGGAUAUCAUAAAAGGAUAUCAUAUACCUUUUAAGAAUUUCGGUUUUUAACUUCCUCUCCCAGCAUUUCCAUGCUAAAAUGUCAUGUUGUUAAAUAAUUGCAUCGUGUUUUAUAAAGGCGAAAAAACAAAAGAAAAUCCUAUUACGGUUUUAUAAAAUCGUAUGAUGGGCAAAUUCAACUAUAUAAUAUAUAGUGACGGUGUUGCUUUCACGGGUGUUAUUUUAAAACUUUUAUAACUAAAUUUUAAUAUUAAAAACUUUAAAGAGUUUUUUUUUUUUUAUUGGAGGGGGAGUUAAAAAGGGGUUGUAUGUACCUAUUAUUUUGAGUAUUUAUACAUAAGUCUAUGGACGUGUCAGUAUAAUAUGCAUUUAACUGCAGGCUCUAUAACGUUUGUUGAUUUGUGUGCAACAUAACAGGGCGUGCGGCUGACGGAAGACUCGGAGAAAAGACGAACGGAGGGUAGCGGCGAAAAGAAACGCGAGAAGAAAAACAGGCUGGCCAAUAAUGUAAUACAGUACAGUCAAGAUAACGAUUUGGUUUUGCAAUCCGUCAAGGUGGCGGCGGCGGGAAAAUACACGUGCCAGGCGACAAACGGAAUCGACGACGAGACCGUAGGGAACAAAACGAUGAGCAAUACUGUUCGGUUAUACGUGAAACGUGAGUAUAAAAUAUUUUGAUAUACUAAAAUUCUUUAAUUCACGUGUACACGCUCUUACGUAUUCACGUGGAACAAACAUUGGAAUCAACAUGCCCGUGUAUCUAAAAAAUCCCCGUACACACGUAAUUAUUCACGAUUACUCGUAUAUUUAUUAAGUAUCCACGUAAUUCACGUUAUUUUUCUCUUAUUUUCGCGUACUUACGUGAAUACUCGAAUAAAAAUAAAAAACGUGAACACUGAACAUGGGUAGUAAAUUCACGUGUAUUAAAUUUACGUUACGUGAGUACAAAUUGCUCAUUCGUGUAUUGAUUCAUGUUUUUAAUCGAGAUCUCUAAUACGUAUUCUAUAGGUACUUACUGCCUAUGUAUUUAGAAAAAAAAAAAAAAAAUUAAAAAAAAUGGUGAUUUACUUUAUAGUUUUAUAUUAAUCGACGAUUCAAGACGACAUUAUAGGAGUAAAUUAUCGUGUAAAAUAGGUUCCUUUAAUAUGGGUAAUUCUAGUGCGCGAUUAAACGGUCGACGCGGGAAUUUAUCGCGUCGGGUGGUUUCGAAAUUAACCCCACACAUACAAAAUUUAAUCUUCUUAAAAUACAUUUUCGUUUUUAAACUAUUAGAUUUUACCUAUACCAACGGUCGACCGCGAAUACAUCACAUUAUUAGGGUCUUUGAAUUGUGUGGUCUACAUAACCUUUUUGUACCCGAAAGUGCUCACGUUUCAUUAUUGUAUCGUAAACGGUAUUUCACUUUUGUCCAUACUGUUAUACCUAUAAAUAAUAAUAGAAUAAUGCGCAAUAAUAAAUAAUCUAUUAAUAUUAAUUCAUUUUUACCCGCGGGCAGAAACGAAAACUCGAAAUUUUCCGGAUAAAUAUUGGAUCAUUGGAUCCGAACGUUUUAGAACAACGCAAUGGCGAUGAAACUGUAUUAUCUGUAUAAUCUGUAUGAUAAUUGUUUUUUUUUUUUUUAAAUAUACAUGUCAUAAUUUUAAUUGUAAUGUAACAAUUUAAACAUAUACCUCUAUCUGAACAAUAAUAUUACAUUGUUAAACAUAUGAUAAAAUGUUAAAUGAUUUUCGUUUCCUUGUGGAAAACCCUACGAUCUCUUAAUACUUUGCGAUCAUUUAUAAUAUUGUAUGGUUGAAAUUCACGCGUGCGUAAUAAUAACAUUCAAAUCAAAUUUCCGGAAUAAUUUGAAAUCCGCCCGGCACUUGUUACUUGUCGUACAUCAUUAUAAAAAUAAUAAUAACCGCUCGUGUUCUUUUAACGCAUUUUCAAUUCCACACAAUUAAAUAAAUCGCAUGUUUUUCCGUUCCAUAUUGAUUUUAAUGUAAUACGACUUAAUUUUAUCAUAAUUUUUUUAUUAUUAUUAUUAUUAUUGUUAUACACUUAAGCGCAUUUUACUAACGCCAUUGUGCAAACGAUCGAACUCUGAUAAUAUUAAAACAGGAAGAACUCCAGGAAAUAGUAACGGUGAAUCACGGCGACGAGUUGAUGGAUACGUGAUUGAUUAUUUGUUUAAACGCGUCAAACACAGAUGGCAUUUCGCAUUCGGAACGGAGGGACGAAAACUAAUUAAUGCAGUCAAAGAUCAAUAGUGUUAUUUGUGAUAAUUAGAGACGCGCGGUAACGUAUAAUAUAACGACGGCUGAGGAGUUUAAAGCCCGUAAUAAUAUAAUAACAAACACUUGAAUAUUGAAAAUGAAAAUACCGCGCGGAAAUAUCCUUUUAUAGACCUGACAAUUUCACCGAGUACUUAUAUUUCAAUGUUGAUGUCAGCAUUAUUUGCUGCGGUAUAAUAUUUCUAAAAUAUUAUUUUAUCGUUUUUUUCUUUGAAAACUUUCGAGUUUUUAUUAAAUUUUUCAAACCUCUGCGGAUAAAAUUGUUUCGGCUGCCGUAUGUGUACGCUCGAAAAUCGCACGCACAACAGAAGGAUUUAAGGUAACGGUUUUUUGUUUUUUUUUUUUUUGACUCAGACGUGCCCGUGUGCCAGCACCGCGAGGACGUUAACAUCAUCAUGAAAAUGUACGACGGACCCGGCGGCGUACCCGAGAUCAAAUGUCGCGCGGGCCGUGGACACCCGCCGACCUUCGAGUACCAAUGGACGUUCUUCCCGGAACCGCCCGCGGACCGGGACGCUCGCCACGACGGUCGGCUCGAGUCCGACGAAACGGCUUACGGCGGACGUCCGGCCAGAGAACUGGACGCGCUGCUGUCGGGGACCGCCGUACAGGGCGGCAGAGACGGCGUCGGAACGUCGUACAAGUUCACCACGAGCACGCCGUUGCUCAAGUCGUACGUGUCGGCCGUGAUGGCCGCGGCUUCGGCCUCGUUCAACGGGGCUCGCCCGGACUUCCUCCGCGGCCGGCUGGAGUGCCGUGCCGUCAACGAGAUGGGCGUACAGAACAAACCGUGCGUUUAUCGCAUCACAGGUAAAACGUCGCGACGUUUCCGACAGUAAUAUUUUUACAAACCGAAAAUAAUGUUGUUCGCGAAAUGAUAAUAUGUUAUAUGGAUUUGAAACGAGCGGGUACCCGUCGUUGAAGUUUACAGAUUCUGAGCGGAGCGAGGGAUUGUAUUGGUGUAUUUAUUUUUCUCUGUUGGCGACUUGUCUUACUUUUCGGCCAGCAGUUUCGUUCCGAUUUACAAUCAUAGCACUUUUUCUGACAAUAAAUCCGGAUGGGGAGUUAUUUAAGAGAAAAUUUUUCGACCAAGAGUUUUUCCAACAAAUUAGAAAACCCGGAAAAUAGGCACAUUAUUGAACAAAUAUUAUUAAAGUAAAUAUAUAAUGCCUAUGUAAUUAUUUUAUCAUAAUAUGAAAUAUAUAUUGUUGAAAAAGCAACACUAUCAACUGAAUUCUGCUCAGAAUCGCUUUUUCGUUAGUUAUGGUUCAUCGUUGCUUACUGAUAUACAUUCGACUUCUCUUCUAGUAUCUUCCUAACUUCUCAUCUACAAAAGUGUCUACGCCCACGUGCAAAGUUUUCUGGCUUUUCUAUUUUCAUAAAGAAUUCCGGUUCAAAGGGGGAGUAAAACUAGAACUAAGGAUUUCAAUAUCGGCGAGAAGAAUAUUUAGAGAAGGAUAUCUCCUAGUAUAUUUCGGUCUGAGCUACGGAUAUAACGAAACAAGAAUCGCGUUUUUUGAUAAAAAAAAAAAAAUAGUGUUAAAGAGGAUAUUUCAUAAAACCUGUUGUUUGAACUGCAGUGACGAUAAUAUUAUGUAUACAUUGGUGUGCGGUUUUUCGGGUCGUUGCAUAAAAAUGAAAGGGAAGCGAUUGAAAUGUCAUUACGCGACUGUGUAAGGAAAAACGACGAGAUAUAAUAGGAAAACUAUAUAAUAUUACUUAGACAUUGGUGAAUUAUAUUUAAAGAUCGCUUACUUACAUACGUAUUCAUCGUAAAUUUUUGCCGUUUAGAUUUACAGACUUUGAUUGAUUCGCUUUUAAAUUUUGUUAUUUGUUAAAGCGCACUGUUCCAAAGUGAUUUUUACGUAUUUUUUUCGUAUUUUAGAUAGAAUAAAUAUCAACCGAGGCGGUAAAGACGUCCAAGAAAUCGUGGAUUGUCGAUCAAUAUCCCGAAAAGACAUGUUAUUAAACGACGGUACCAAUGCGACAGGGACUUAUCCUUGCGGGACUAUAAUGAAAGACGUGAACACCAACACUGUUAAAAAAACGAGAUUUUGCAUAACGUGCAUAUUAAAUACGUCAUCGUCGGUAAGUUACCGUCAUCGCCAACAACAGCCCAAUUACGUUCUUCAACUCUUCCGGUCCAAACCCACCGACGAAUCGCCGGCGAUUGCACGCACGUUUAAUGUGACCGGGAUUCCGAUGGUCGAAGGAAAUCCGACCGGUAGAACUAGUGUCGACGAAAAAGAAGGCGACGACGACGAUUACUAUUUCGAUCCGGAAGUCGAAGAAUCAGAAAGAGACGAAGACAUUAAAAAUGACGUGGGGGUCGAUUAUCAUUUCGACCGCGAGAACGCUGUCCAGAGGGUGGUAUUCGUAAUCGACGACAGCGUUGAACCCGGUAUCUAUCGAGGGAGGAUACACAAUAGUAACGGAAACACGGCGUGGGCAAUCGUUAAGGGAAUGAUCAAUGUGGCAGAGGUACCGUUCGAAGAUACUAACGAAGGCGACUACAUUAUUGAUGAAUACGAUACAGGUAAGGCGGAUUAAAUGUUAAAAUAUUAGAUAUAAGUCACUAGCUGAAUAAUUCUGAAUUUAUUCGGUAUUUACUAGGCACAAUCCUUUUAAUAACAGAAAUUGAUUAAAAAAAUUCAAAUCAACGUGUAUUCCUGUUCCCUAUAUUAUCCCACUAUCAUAGUCAAUUGAUGAUGCCCGGUAGUAUUUAUCUUCUUAAAAGAUACAAGAUAAAAGGUUGCUUUAUUGUCUGUGACGACAAAAUUAAAUCUUUAAAAUUAAAAAAAAAUUAAAUUUUUUAUCUGUGCCUUCAAGAUAAACCAUUAAUAAAAUAUAUCUAAUUUUUGUUCUAAAAAUACCAAAAUAAACCCUGUUUCAAUUUUUCAUUAAGAGGGUAAAUUUUGAAAGUAAAAGUAGACAGCGUAACCUUGCUCUUGUUUUGAAUAUUAUCAUGUAUACAAAGUUCCAUCUUGUUUGGAAUAAAAUUGUAAAUAUAUAAAGCAGUUUGACAGACAAACUUUUAAUUUCAUAUUUAAUAGAAGAUAACAGUUUAAAUUCAUUCACAGACUAUACCUAUGCAAAUAAAAAUCAUUAUAUCAAUGGAUACCAACUAGUUGGUUAAGUUACCAACUUCUCGACAAACUGUUUUACACUUCAAAUUCCUUGGGUAUAGCGGGCCAAUAUUGAGUUUAUUGAUUUUUUCAUUUAAAAUACUACACAUUAGACCAUUUUAUAACAGCGAUUCAUUGAAAGCGGGACCGUAAAAUGAAAAAUAGAAAACAAAAAAACAAAACAGAUAGAUUCCCUAAAAACGAACGUAUAGGCAACACAAUAUUUACCGACGGAUGUGUUAAAGUAUAGUCAGAGAAAAUGAUAUGAUAAUAUUUAUAUUCGUCAAUAUUAUAAUGCAAAAAUAAUAAAAUCAAUUUUAGCGCUAUAUUCUAAGAGUCAACAAUUUCGGACAAAUAAAAAUUAGAAAAUUAAAACAAAAAAAAACAUAGCCCUCCCUUUAGUAUUCGAAUUUUGAAUUUUUUGACGGUUCUUGGUUCGUGUUUAUACCGAAUAUACGAUUUCGUUUGGAAAAGAAAUCACGGACAUCGGUUCACUAUAAAUUCAGACAUAGGUGUCCGUAGAAAUCGUUUCGCGUAUUAUUAAUAUAAUAAAUGAUAAAUAUUUAUGGGAACCAUUAAUUGUGUGCAGGUAUAACAAUAUUUUAUAAUUUUUAUCGUGUUUGGAAUAAGUCCGGUAUUCAUUAUUUCUUGUUAAUUUGAUUUAUUUAAAUUUUUUAAGAUUUCAUAAACAGUUAAUGUUUCGAAUAAGGUAUAUACGCUUUCCAGAAUUCAACCUAAAAAUGCAUACAAUGAACAAUUACUAUGACCUAAAAAUAGUUGAAAAUGCAAAAUAAAAGUUUCACUUUUUUACUCUCUGUUCCACGAAUGGGAAUAUUAUGCACUUUGCAUUUUAAGUACACUAAAUUAUAAUAAAGUAUUAAAGUAGCUACAAAAAAAUAAAUAAAAUGUAUUUACCGAGAAAUCGGGUCACAGCCGAUUAUCCGGUAGGUAAGGAAAAAUAUCGGACUAAUCGGAAUAAAUUAUUUAUUUUAAUUUUUUUUUUGUUGUACCUGUGAACAAUUCUUCUUCCAGAAAUAUUACAUCGACUUUAGGGGUGGACUCUGAUUGAAUAUUAUUGACAAGUUGAUAGGUUGAAAAGUCUUCUUUUGAUAUUUCUUACAGUUGUCUUAAACAUUGGAAAAAACCGGGCAAAUCCGUUAGAAAAAAGGAAAUAUUUAAUGCAUAAUGGUUUCUCAGUUUUAAUAAAUAAUUGUAAAAACCUGAAAUUUUCACCGAAUUCUUAUGUUUAUCAGACUUUUUUCUUGACGCGGUACAAACAAAAUAUUUUUGACUUGUUUUUUUGGAUUUCAUUUGAUUUUAAAGGAAUAUACAGUUUGUUUGGUUUCGACGAAACUCUCGAAAAUUCGAGACGGGAAACAACGGACGAUGACAAUUGUCGCUAUGCGUUAUUGAUUAUCGUUGCGCAAUUAAAAAUAAUAUUCAUACGACAGAUAGUAAUUUUCAAAACGUUACUAUUGCGUUUGACCGAACUGCGAUCAGAAUGGUUUUUCGUUAGCAAUGAUUGUUUUUUUUUUCUUUUCCACCGCCUAACCGGCGAAAAAUGCGAUUUCUAUUGACCUUGAUCCACCGUGAACCCGUCUACAGAUAUAAUAAUAUAUAUUAGUGUGUGGAUUUUUUUUUUUUUUUCAUGUGCACGCGCGAAAUGGUUUUUUUUUUUUAACAACAAUAAAAUAAAUAAUUCAUGGGUGCCGCGAGACGACCGGUUUUCGACGCGGUAACGGUUAUAGAUCGUCUGCCUGCCGGUCUACCAUAAUAUUACCGUCGGUCGUUGUCCUGAUAUACGCGGACCCGGGGUACAGGUAUGGAAAAAAAAAAAUACAUACAUAAUAACAACAAUAAUAAUAAAACAUCCUCGUGUGAUACGCCGCGCGCAACAAUACGAGUAACGAAAUUAAAAUGACGCAUAAUAAUUAUUAUCAUUAUCAUUGUUACACCAGCUAACCGCGGUUCAGAUUCGUACAUAAUGAUAUUAUUGGCGAUAGUAAAAUAUUAUAUUAUCGUCGCGUCUUUUUGCGUAUUGUCGAUAUCGUGUCGGGUACGGCGUGCGCGCUGGCAUAACAGGCUAACCUGAUCAUCCGAGUCGCGUCGCAAAAUGUAAAAUUUGAAUUCAAGAUUAUACACGUGUGCUAGUUCCGUCCCGUGCAAUUUGUUCAGUUACAAGGGUUCCGUCCGUUUUUGCAUUCACGAUACCAGUUUUUCAUUAAUUAUAAACAAAGAUAAUAAUAUCGCUUUCGGCUAUCGCGCUAAACAAUCGAAUUUGAUAACACUGUAUUAUUCAGAAAUAAAGACAAUACUGUUUAUCUUUUAAAAUUUCCAGUCAUUAUUUGUGCGUCUCCGUAUCUGAAUUUAUUACUUUUUUUUUUUUUUUAAGUACUUACGUAGUAACAUUGUAAUAUUUGAGUUGGUCUUUUUAUUGGGGACCUAAUCGAUAUGACAUACUUUUUUUACCGAAGACGGAAUAUUGGUAUAUACUUUUUUUUUUUUUUCAUCUGGGACGUAAUUGGUAUAAAAAAUGGUUGUUGGGACGGAACUCAGAUGUACCCGCAUAACACGUAGUCGCCAGCGCGGUAUUACGAAGUGCGCCGAUAUCGAUUUUUUCCCGAUAUCCGAUAUUCCACUAAAUAUAUAUAUUGUAUGUUGCCGAUAUAAUACCGACGGUCCGAUAUUUUAUUACCGCGGAUUCACGAACAGACAGAAAAAAAAAAAAAUACUUAGAUUUUGUGCAAGGAUAAUAUUACUAUUUUAAUGCCGUUUCUAAACGAUAAUAUUAUCAUAAUUAUUAAAGUGUCGUUCAGAGUAUUUAUUUAUACUGUUUUACAGUUUAUCACACGUACAUACACCUCGGUGACCUGAUGUUUGUAUAAAAUACUUUACUUACUCGUAUUGUUUAAAAACUUUGUAAAAAAAAAAAAAAAAAAAAAAAAAAAAAAAAUAGUCUUAUUUCAGUACCUAUUAAGUUUUUUUCAUAUACAUUUGGUAGGUACUUAAUUUAUUGGGUAGCCUGGUUAAAUUUUGAUCCCCCGGCCUGGAUUUUAUUCGUAUUCUGCUCUUGGGUUAUGUGGUUAAUAAUAAAAAAAAAAAAUAAUAAUAAAUUACACACAAAAUUAUAGCCAAGUUAUUUAAAUAUUUAUCUGAGAUAAAAUACCACUUACCUAGAUACAUUUAUUCAGAUAAAUAAUUUUAUAUAAUUAAUAUACUUGUUUCAAGGUUUAUUAUUUAUGAGUUGAAAACUUAAAAUUCGAUUAAACAGUUUCGUUACUUAUAAAGUUAUACUUAUAACUACGUUAUUCUAGGAACUGAUUUAGAUAUAUUUUUCCCGUUUACAAGAGAACUGAAACCCCUAGCUUUGUUCAGAAUUUAAAAAAGUUUUUUUUAUUAAAGUACUUCAGUAAAUUGAACUUCAUAACAUAUUAUGUUAGUAUAGUACCUAUUACAUUAAAAAUGUUUAUAUUUUAACAUCUAAUAGAAUUUCGAUAAUCACUGUUUUCAAAAGAUGUAUUUGUAUUGUCUAGAUAAAUAAUGAUUAUCUUUUAUUUGUUAUCUAGAUAAUUUCAAUUCAAUUUAUAAUUUUUAAGCAUGUUUUUAUUUUUACCAAGAUAAGUUUUAAUCAUCAGUGUAUCAACACCGAUUACUAAAUAUUAUACGUUUACAAAAAAAAAAAAAAUGUACACUAACAAACGCAUUUAGAAUUUUUAAACGUUAUUAAAGUUUUAGUUUUUUUAUUCGUAUUAAUUCGGUCGUGCGAUAUAUUUAAUAUAUUAUAAUAAUAUAUUAUGUCCAAAAAAAAAAGAAAUAAAAAAACGUCGAGUCUUAUGUAUUUUAGACUGAGGAAUGUAUUGAUUUUACUGUAACGUGUGAUUUUUUUUGCGUGUAAACAACUUUUUCACCAGAAAUCUUGAACCGAUUUUCAAAUGUACCGAGGCAUCUUUUCUAAAAGCAACUAAAACACGAGUAAUCGAACUUCACUCGGAAUCGUCUUUCGUUAGAAAUGGUUUAUCGUUGCGUACGGAUAUAAAUUAAAUACGACCUGUAUGCACCGCAUCGUUCUUACAUCCCGCUUAUAACAACGACAGUAGUACACCCAUGAACAGUAUCGGCUUUUUUUUCUCACCGGGGGUAUUAUCAUUAAAAUAGCAAUUUUCGACGCAUGUUUUGUUUUUUAUUUUUUUGGCUCACGCAAAUCCGUUCCCUAUAUAUAUAUAUAUAUAAAAAAAAAAUAAAUAAAUAAGAAUAAUAAUUGGCUGUUUGUGAAAGGCCGUAAUCGCCCGUAUUAUAAUAGUGUACGAACGUUCACUCAUUAUCAUGCCCGAUGUAUUACCGGUAUAUAAAGAUAUCGCGUUGUUGUUCUAUUGUCGUAAACACAGCGUGUACUUACGAGUACCUUACUCCUAUCUAUAAUAAUAUACAGGUAGGUACUAAAGAUUACUGCGGAAUCUGCAACACGAGUACCGCACUAUAAUAUGUUGAUGAAUUCUGUAUAAUGGUAUUAUUUUCGGCCGCGGCAUGCGAGUACACGAUUAUUCGAUUUCGAGUAGGUAAGAAUUUUUUUUUCCCUUUUCACGACCGUUGGAUUUAUUAUACGGGUUACGAAGUACCUGCACGUAUACACGUCCUGUAAUCGCAACCUGUACCUAUACUUGUGUUUUCUAUUAUGCGUGGAAACGUCUUCCGCGGGCGGCAAUGUAUUGCGUAAUCGAUUCAUUGCGGUUAAAAAGUCCGUAAAGUAAAAUUCGUGAUCGUACGAAUUAAAAAAAACCUAAAAUAACUAUACUUAAAUAUGUAAAAAAAAAAAAAAAGUUGAUACUGCUCACGGGUAUAGGCCAUAGUUGUAGGUGGGCAGUUGGGAAUGUAAGGUGAGUUAGUUUAUAUAACUACUUUAUGCAAUAAUGAAUUAUCGCGAGCGAAAAACGAUUCUUAACAAAGUUGUAUAAUUUUUUUUCACCCCAUUGCCGAACAAUAAAUCAAUACAAAUAAAAUCGAUAUAUCAACGCAUUUAAUGUUAGUAUUUAAAAUUUAAUAGAAUCUAGACAUUUUUCAUUUCAACAAAUAUACAACCGGAUGAAAAUCCGUAUCUUCUAACGUACCAUGCGAAUAAUUUAGAUCUUUCUUACAAAAACUAAAAAGCGUUUUUCAAGGAAGCGAAAAAAGGAAUUGAACUUUAAACUGCCGAAAAUUUUAAUACAUUUUUCCAAUAAAGUGCCACCGGUCAGAAACUCAGCAUAUUUUUAGGUAUUUCGUGGAAAAACCGGAGCUUUCUUACGAACCAAAAAAGUUUUUUCCGAGUAAAAAAAACAUACAUCUUAGCAAGUAAAACGAAUAGCACUUUAGCUACAUUCAGAAUCCAAAAUAUGUAUAAAUAAAGGAUAAUUUUCGUUAAAUUAGCAUUUUAUAAUAUAAUAACUGCCGUUAAAAAAUUAAAACUUAAAAAUGCUUUCGUCGUUACCUCGGUCUUGUUAAUUUUAGAAUUGACAUUUUCUAAUCUCGUACUCUUUUUCGAAAAAAGAAAUCGUAUUAUAAUUUAGUUUUACCGGCAUUGUGGCCGUCGGUAAACGAAAAAAAACACGUUCGGAUUUUUUUUUUUAUCGUUUUCUGAUAUUUGUGUAAUGUGUAAUGUAAAAUAAUUCGAAUAAAAGUAUUAAACUUUUAUUGUAUUCAAAUAUUAUUUUAAAUAAUUAUCAAAACAAAAAUUUAAAUAAAUUCCACAUUAUUUGUAUUUUUGUAUUCGCUAAAAAAUGGUUUUAAAUUUGUAACAAGAAAUUGUUUUAUUUUAAACCGUAGAUGAUAUACCGCCACGCAUAAUUCAUUUUCAAUGUGUGUGUACAUAGUUUUUAUCUUCAAUCGAAAUAUGAUUUGUUUCAAGUAUUUACGUUAAAUGAUUUUUUUUUUUUUUUUUUAAAACAUCGAAACUAUUGCUUACUUUCAAUAAUAUUAUUGCGGUAAUUGAUUUACGUAUUCCAAAAGUAUUUGAAUAAGUACCUAUCUACGUUUACUGAAUUCUUUGCCAUUCGUUUUUAUCGAGUGCGCGUGUUUCGAAUACAAAACAAAAGUAUUAUUGUAAUGUCUUUUUUUAUGGUAGGGGAUUUACGGCCUUUAAAAAUCAUCCCUUCAAACAAAAUUUGUCUGUAACUCUGUACAUUGUCGGCGGCCCAUCGGUUGUUCACGGAUUCGCCGAAUAAUUUACGUUCAUUUUUACACCGGGGUUCGUCUAAUAAUUCGGGCGUCUCGCGGGGCUUUUUUCCUUUUCGUCGCUCUUGUUGCACCGUACGCGAUAACGACCGCUUUUCUGUACAAAACGUUACUUCGUUGAUCAUAAUGUUACUAUAACUGUACGGCGCAUAGUGAUCCGAGAAUGAAAUUUAGGUAGCGAUAAUAGGUCAUUAAAAAUAAUCAAAAAUCAAUUUUUCUUUUCCUAGAAUCUCGGUAGUAGAAGAUUACUAGUGUAAAUACAAAAUUUUGAUUUCGUAAAAUUUUUCAAAUUGCAAUUGUAGCCGAUUGAACUAGACAAAUUUGGUUUUUUCUGUUACUUUGAAACUAAAAAUGCCAAUAGUUGUUUAAUUUUUUUCGGCUAUUAGCAAUGCAUAAAAUGAAAAAAAAAAUGAAGUGUUUAAUUGUAGAAAUUGAUUUUUGAAAGUUUUCAAUGGCCCUUUUUCGCCACCUGAAUUUUAUUCUCAGACCACUGUGCGGCGCGUGAAAAAUAAAGUAUUAAUAAUAAUAUUAUAAUCCCGGCCGACUGUACUGUGCCGGAGGGCAUUGAUGUUUCCCCUCCCCCCAAUCUAACUAUACGCCUACCACGACAUUAAAACAUGAUAAUCAGGGCUAAGAAUUUAUUGGAAAGUGCAUUUUUUUCAGCUGAUUGUAAAACGUAGGUUUCUAAGUACAUAAUUUGUCAAUAAUGUAACAACAAAUUUAUCUAUGUAACUUUUAUUUUGCAUUUUUUGACGUUUUAAUUUUAAAGGUCAUUUUUUGGGGGGCUUUUUAGGUCAUAUUUUUCUUUUAAAUUUAUUUUCCGAUAUUUUUAAUCAAAUCCCAUAAAUCAAGUAAACAUCUUUACAUGCAUAUUUUUUUGUUUUACACAGACUGUAUACACGUCAAAUUAAUAUUUUAUAAAACAAUAUGUACACAAGCUUUAUACGGGUUACGUAGGUAAAGAUAAGACGGUACUGCUUAGAUUAGUUAUUUGUGGGCUUGCGAUGUAUCGAUAUCAGUAAUAUAACACCAUUUUAUGAGCUUUUUAUAUUUCAUUUUUCGUGCAUUUUCACUGCAUUUAAUUCAAAGCCCUAAUGAUAAUAUAGAAAAUACUGAUAGGUAUUUUACAGUCAUAUUUCUCGUCGUUUCGUAGCAAUUUUUUUUUUUUUUUUUUAAACCGUACCGCUGAGACCUUAUACGGUACGUGUAUUGCAGUGUAUAGGCAUUGCAUAUGGAUACGUCAGGCAAAACGGGUACAACGGAGAAAAGAUUCUGUACUGCGUCACAAUAUUUUACCCGUUUAUCAUGGCGCGGACGUUCGUUUGUGUUUUAUAUACGCAAUAAUGAUAAAUCGAGAAGAGAGUGCACAUUAUACUAUUAAACGUCCCCCGGUUCAUUAUUCGCGGCGCGCAGCCAUCGCGGAGAACCGAUUAACGGUGGAUUAGAUUUCGUAACGAUUUCGUUUCGUAGUGAACGCGAAAAUGAAAUAAUGAAAAAGUACUUAACAUUUCUGUUUUUUUUUUUUUUUUUCCCCACAAACAAAGAAAAUAUAUUACGAAAUACACUAUGAACCGACAAUGGCACGCUCGUACGUUUUUACACGCCAACGCGUGAGCGGCGAUAUAAAAUAAUCGCCGGCUGUGUGCCGAAGUGGUCACGCCGAAUAACGUCUCGCGAGCAUCGGAAAGCGUACCUUUGGAAAGAAAAAAAAAAAAUAUAAAAACUUACCAGCAUAUUCUGUACAUCUUAAUACCUAGGGUUCGGGACUUGUUGCAAUAAAAAUUAUCAGAAUAUACAGUCAAAAUCGUCAUAAUAUACUUAUACAGGUAAUUUUUUAUUUUAUUUUUGAACAAAAAUAAAACAUAAAAUAUAAUAUUACAAUUAUAGAAAUAAAAAUCUCAAAAAUAGAUAGGUACAUAAUAAGAAUCGUCGAUAAGAAGGUUGAUAAAGAUAAAAUAAUACGUACCUACGAUAUAUCUAACCAAAGUAAUUUAUUAAAAGAAACGAUUUUCCCGGCAAUUUUAGGAAUAUAAAAAUAAAGAAAAUGCGAAAUACGCACGCAUUUUGAUAAAAACUGCCCGAACAUGCACUUUUCCUAAAAUAUGACAAAAUAUGCAGAAACACACAACUUCAAAUUUAAUUUCGGAAUUUCAUAAAACAAAUUUAUAGUUUACCUAGAAUAAUCUAUGACCACUACGAAAAAAACACGCAAACGUAAAAAGUCCCGAACCCUAGAAUACCCCUAUAAUACCUUUGUAAAAUCUGUAUAUGCAAAAUCGUAAAAAAAAACCGGACGAACCACGCAACGCGGAUAGGCCAUUGCGUAUGAAUAGUAAGCGUAAAGCUCGAGCUUGGGUAUAGAGUAGCCUUUAUGGUUAAUGCACUAGGAGUAACGAUUAAUCGUUACGAUCGAAAAACGAUUCUGAACGGACUAUUAGUAUAAAAAUAUGUAGCAUUGUUAUACUGGUAGAGCUUAUCAAUAGUCGUGUUUGUUUUCCCUCGUACAACCAUAAGUGACCAGAAAAUAACACCGAUUUGCCGGUCAUAAUUGUUGUCUGUGUUCGCUCGGAAUUUAGAAUUCGUAUCAAAAAAAUGUACCACCGCGGUCGACAUUCGGGUACAGUACGCGGCGCAUAAUAAACAGAAUAAAGGAAAAAAAAAUUAAAUAGAAACCCACGUGUAUCUUAGUAAAACACUAAUAGCUUCUUCGCUACACUCGCAACUUAAAAAAAUAAAUACCAUUAUACAAACAAUAAUAAUAAUAUGUUCGUAAAACAUCAUCGCAUCGACAAAAAAAAAAAAACCCGGCGCGUAGCCGGUAGAUAAAGAUACGACCGUAUUAUUAUUAUAUGUAUAUGUUAUAUUAUGAUCAAAAGAACGGAAUAUUAUAUUGUUUUUUUUUUUUUUUUUCUUUUGUGUAUAUACAAAUAUUCUGUUUGCACUGCAGCUUUUAUGGAACUAUACAGUGGAGGGGGGGGGGAGGAGAAAAAAACUCCCCGUUUGAUUUCGAUAUUAAAUAUGUGUACCGAUAUACCCACGCGAGUUAUUCCGAAGUAAUAUUUUUCGAUAUUGAUUGCACGAAUGUCGAGUACACUUAUAAUAAUUCUUAUGUAUAUGUAUUUCGAUUAUAUUAUAAUACGAAUCGUCCGGAUUACAUAGCUAUACGUAUAUAUAUAUAUAUAUUUAAGUCGAAAACACUGUAUUAUAAUAAUAUGUUUGCCCGUCGAAAAAAAAAAAAAUACACGCACAAAAACGGUUAUAAUUAUUAUUUUUUGAAAAAAACAUAUUUGUGCGGAACAAAAAUUCAUUUGUUUCAAACGUGAAGCGUGCCUCCGCACACUCGGAAUAAAUAAUCAAAGGGAUGCAUACGCGAUGCGUCCCGCGGCAACAAUUCCUUCAGAAUAAUAUUGCGUUGCGGUUAUUUUUUUUCUCGGGCGAUACCGGCACCGACGCAACACUAUAUUGGGAAGUGUCGACGCAAAAACGCGAACUACUAAAUAAAUACUUUUACUCAUACCACGCAUGAAGCAGGGUCAUCGGGAUCAACGUCGUUUUCGGGGGUUUUUUUUUUUUUUUUUUAAAUUUAAAAACAUGACUUCAUCUUUCGAGAAGAUUUAGCGAUUUGAAUUAAUUUAACCUGUUUGCACACACGUAUUCCAUUAGUGGCGUCGUCUCCUUUUUUCUUUUUAAAACAACAUUUUCAACAACAACACUCUCAGUCUCAAAUUCGGAAGAGGAAAAACCGGGAAUACUUAUUACGGUGUAACGUGAUAUUAAUCGUGCGUCGAACACGCCAUGCCUGUAUGUUUGAGAACGGUGGGUUGACGAUAAAAUAAUACAACAAAAAUAAUAAAGGCAAACCUUCCUGCAGUCACCCGUCUACGGUGCCUGUAGGUUUUUUCGAAGUCGGAUGGGGUCGACACUGUUACUCCGCGCCAAGUCUAUGAACCGUACUCUACGAUAACUAUUAUUUUCCAUCGGAAAAAAAAAAAAACGGCAUCCUAAGCUGCCGCCGUGGACACGCAGCUAUGGUUUUCAUAAGAAAUCGGGGUUUGCGUUCGAUUGAUUUCCUCUAUUCGUUUCGCUUCCACGAAGUCUCCGGGACGAAGCAAUUUUACGAUUUUAAAUAUUGCAUUAAAAUACGACAAACUUGAGGCUCUCGGACCGUUAUCAUUAAUGCAUAUCGUUUCCGGACGACCGUCACCUUCUCCCCCCCCCCGUGUAAAGCAAUGUUUCGAUCGGUUUGUUUUUACUGCGGUUAUUAUUGCGCAGAAGAGCGACGGCCGUCGUCCCGUACACCGCGCGCCGCGCGAUAUGGAAAACUGGGCGUAUACCCAUUUUUCCACGGCACGUCUGUCCGUUGUGCCGCCGUGAUACACUGUUGCGCUCGCGUGUGGCGGUGGGUGGGGGGAGAAAUUUGUCGCCGUAAAUUCCCGACGGACUGCACGAGACUCGUGCGCAUUUCUCGCGUUCCCGUACACAUAUCCGUCGGCCUUUUUUUUUUAAGCCCAGAGCCGUACGCACGCGUGAGAGACGCGUGUCCGCGACGAAAAUUUCGUCGUAGCUAUGCAACGGGGAAAUCGUUUCGCACAGAUAGCACAGACAACACUUAUACAGCUGGUAAUGUUAUUAUAUUAUCUGCCGUUAACGCCAUCGCCGUUUAUCGCUUAUCGUUUCGAACGCGGCGCUGGGUGAGACGCGCGGAAGACGACGACGGCGAAAUAACACCCGCGUGCAGUAGGCGUCGCAAUAAUAUUAUAACGAACGCGCGAAAAACGCGUAUUACAUUAAAUCUAUACCGCGCAUUGUAAGAAUUAUUAUGACUUCGGGCGCUCUCCCGGCAUCGCGACCCCCCCCCCUCCCCCCCUCCCCCCAGGAGGUGGAAAAGGGGAAACGCCGCGGAGUUUCGGCGACGGGGAGCGCGCGCGUACGCCGAAUGCGCCGCGCGGCGCCCGGUAAUGGCGCGCGCGACCGACGGACCGGAAACAGCCGAGAUAAUCCCGUGUCGUUUCUUCUGCGCCGCGCGCGCGACUUCCGGGCGAUACGCCGGGUGCUCGCGCGUGCGUGUCACAUCCCCGACGUGUGUUCAUAAUAAUAUUAUCAUUAUUGUCGCGCGCGCGUGUGCGUGUGCGGGCGCGCGCGAUUUCGCGGCCGCGAUGCCGCAGCUGCCGCACGGUAUCCGCGAGCAGUCCUCUCCUCUCGGCGUCCGGAUAUUAUUGUAUCGUGUUGCGCGGGCGCGCGGGCGGACGCGUACACACACACACACACACACACAGUCGCGUAUCCCGUGGCCGUAAAACACCGCGGCCGCGGAGUCGUCGGCGCACACGACAAUAAUAUUCCGCACGUGUCUCUUAUAUUUACACGUGUGCACGCAUUAUUGUGUUAAACGAGCAAUCGGAAGCCGUGUUUAUCGACGUGUGAUUUUCGAUUAUGACGGCAACAAGUGCGCUCGCGAAUGUUAUAAUAAUGAUAAUAUAUAUAUAUAUACGGAAUAUAAUAAUAUAAUAUAGGCAGGUAUAAUUUGCGAACAAAAAAAAAAAAAGAAAAAGGAAAAAAACAACAUUCGACGACUACCGCCGCGACCUUCAUCGCCGCCGCCACCGCAACCGCGGUAUAUAGAUGGUAAUCUGUUGUGCGGUUAAGGGCGCGGCGGCGCGGGAUUGCGGCAUUCGAGUGUAGUAGUUGUAUAAGUAUAUAAAUAUAUACGCAGUAAGUGCGUAUCCAUAGAUAUAUUAUACAUGUCUCGGCACCUUUAACACCGGUGCAGUCGACAACGACGACACGAACAAACGGUAAAAUGAUUACACUAUACGUGAUGUGCGUUUCCGGUACGAUAGACUCGAGGAGACGACGACGACGGAGAGACGGCAUAGUAAAAUGUUUAACGCUCAGAGUGAGAUAUUGCUGCGUAUCUGGCGACUGCCUACCUCGUCCCGAAAGAUGGAAUACGACCGCCAACCGUGACCGUUCCCGGGGGGGAAAUGUCCUAGGCAAGAAAUGCCGAGGGGGGAAAAAAAAAAAAAAACGUGAACAGCAGAGCUCCGUCACUAUAGAGUCGAAUUUUCUCCUUGCUGACUUGUUGUGGUUACAAUAUUUCAUGUUUAUUUUUUUUUUCAUUUCAUUAUGACAAAGGGUUAAACAAAAAAGUUUUAUCAAAAAUAAAUCGCCAUAAAUUGUAGUUGAAAGUUGAAAAAAAUGUUGAGCAGCAUUUAGUAGUAUAUUUUUUUCUAAGGGUUUUAAGUUCGAACUUUAACGAAAAUAUUAAAAAUCAUUACAUUUUAAAACUUUUUCAACCAAACUCCAUUCAGAAACGUUUUUCUUUAACAACGAUUUAUCGUUGCUCUUAGAUAUACGUUAAAUACAUUUUUAUAUUCUACCUUUCCGAAUUCCCAUCUUCAGCAAUAGCGCAUACCUUAACAGUAUCAGCUUUUUUCUUACUUAAAGGAGAAUAAAAAUAAAAUUAAUCAAUUGAUUACAUACAUAAUCCAUAUCGCAUACGACUUAAUAAACAAUAUAAUGAUUGUAUAGUGUAAUUAAUAAUUGAAAUAUUGAAUAUCACAAUAAAAUGCAGUUGCGUACCGGUGGCAUCACGGGCCCAUGACAUUUAGGGGCACCAAAUUGUAAUACAUUGAAUAGGUCAAGGCAUUAUUUCGAGUGGACGGAUAGAUGUAUGAAAACAGGCAUUGAUUCUUUUAGACUCUGAGCGAAACGAGUAAUACGGUAAUUUUACAAUGAUUUUUAUAAUUUUUAUUUUUUUUUUUUUAUCUAUAAAUAACUUUUCUACCAGAAAUUUUGCUUAGGCUUAAUGUAAGCGUAGUACCUUUUUCUGAAAACAAAAACAAUUUUAUGUUUCCCAAUUUCCCAUCUACAACAGUAUCCGCAUCCAUCCUCAGUAUCAGCUCUUUUUGUUUUCGCUCCAUUCUGUGUAAUUUAUGCCCUAACUAGGGGAUUUGGCCUCCAAUUUAGUUAAUCUAGAAUAUUUUACCAUUGGGAAUAGAAGUUCUAUUUACACCGCUGAUGCAAUAUUCAUGUCAACGGUGUACGGUCAUACAUUCGGGUUUGUAUAAACGUACUUACAUUUUCCUUAUUUUACUUAUCUAAGUAAAAAAUAAAAAUAAAAUUGUAAAACGCCACGGUCCACCUAAAUCGUCUUGCUCAUAAAAUCGCCACCGAGCCGUGCGCCGGUUUUCGUAAAAUAUAUUACCUACGGAUAUUCUCGUUCAUAUACGUUUCGCGUGUAUUUGCAGUAUAUGUAUAUGUGUAAGUAUAGUGGGUAUGGGGUUUAAAAGUUCGGCGAGAGAUAAAUUAUCGGUGUGCUGGCGGAGAUGAGAACGCGCCCGGAAGAACAGUGAAUUAUUCUACAUCGAUGUAGACGUUCCGCUUUUCAGCACAGUCGGUCUGACGUUUAUUUAUUUAUUUUUUUUACAUUUUUUUAUUUUUUGUGCGUCUCUUUGUUAAGUGAUGAUAUUAUUCCAUUUAGGUACGUUGCUGCUGUUGUUGUUGUUGUUGUUGUGUUUUUUGUAUAUGUAUGUAUGUGUGACACACGUGUCACAGCAACCGCGCACCACGCGUUCUACAUUAACAUGACUAACGUGAGUGUAUACAGAGCAGGGUUGAAAAAAAAAAAUAAAAACGCAACAUAAUAUGUCUUUUUGUAUCCGCGCACACAUUAUUAACGGAAAAUGUAAAGGUUGACGGGCCCCGGAGUCAUAUAAACGAAUGCAAAGGGCAAACGCGAUUCAUUUUUCGACAUUAUCAACUAGGUAGGCAACUAAAUCAAUUUUCAGCGUUUUGUAUAUUUUUAUGGAAUAGUAUCGGUUUUAAUGAUAAUUGUCACGGUCAAUUUCAUAUUAAAAUGUAUUGCUAACUGAUUAUUGAAUAGUCUUAAAAGAUUGUCAUUUUUAGUUUUAUAUUUUCAUUAAAAAAUCACGACGAAUAAUAAUAAAUUGUUUGUCAAAAACUAUCCGGAUUCAAAUUAAAUACGUUCAAGUUCCGACGCGCGAUAGUUAAUUGGGAAAAUUAGAUGAAAAUCGUGAAUAUAAGUUAUACAAAUAAAAUUUAAAAUGUUUACUUCAUAAAAUCUCAGAUAUUUUAAUUUCAUGAAAAAUAUUAUUAUUUAUCUGAGACAGUGUAUUGUAUAAACACAAUUUUUCUUUUACAAUUUGUAUAACUAGACAACAACAAAAAAAUAAUAUUUUUAAAUUUAUUUAUUACAACAAUUUUUUUAGACUCUGUUGAAAAUAUCCUGUACUCUUCGAGUUUGAUGAACUAUGAGAAAAAAGUAAAAUACCUUAAAUAAAACUGGUUGAUAUUGCAUAAAGCUACACGAAAUUGCGAAAAUUAUCUAAAAAAUACACUUUAUACAUACUUCAGAUUUCAUAAAUACUGAGCAAACAACUUUUGGACGUAAAGAAGCUGAAAAUAAGAACGUUUGACAGAAAUAUUGACACUUAGAGUAGUUGGAUUAGAAAAAUGUUAAUAUGUUUAUAUUUAUAAACAAUUAGUGUACUUUACAUCGGCCGGUACACUUUUUUCAAUUUUAUCAAAUUACAAGAUACUUUUGUUUUUAUGCUCAAAUAUCAUUACAUUUUUUUAUAUUAAAUUCAGUGGCAUGCGCAAAACAAGAUAGGUUAGGGGUUAUAAUCCCUCCCCCCCCUAUUGCAUUAAAAUAUAAAAACCUAGUAUUAAUCUAACAUCGAAAUGCAUACACAAGUAUGUCUGCCAAUUUACGAAGAAAAGCUUGAUGCAUUGCUUUUUUAGUCUAUUUGGAAAGAGAAAACGAUUUUACGAUCUAUUCACGAUUCUUAUUUGCUGGAUUUCCUUCCAUUGAAAUUCCAACUUAUAGUGGAUGUGCUUUUUGUAAACCCAAAGAACAGUUAAAUAUUUUUUGGGAAUUUAUCAACCCAACAUUUGGGUUAUUAUGUUUUUUUUUUUUUUAUUUGGACAAACCUUUUACUUUGGUUAGUUUCGGAAUAAAUAACAAAUAGAUUCUUUAUUAUAUUAAAUUAAAAAUAGGAAGUGAAUGAAAUUGUGUUAGUGUACAGAUGAAAGUAUUUAAAAAAACCCAGCAAGUUUUCAAUAUUUAUUUAAUUUGCAAUGUAUUGGAAAUUUAAAGAUUGAUUGUUAUGUAUUGAUUUUAAAGUUUAAAAUAUUUGAUUGUUUAAUAUUUAAGAAAAAUGUGAAACUGAUCGUUAUUUUCAUUUAUCACGUAUUUAUGCAAUAAAAAAAAUAAAAAUUUUUCAUACGAAUAAUAUGUAUAUGUAUAUUAUGUAGUACAUCAAACAUAUAUUUACCCAUAUAUUUACCAGGUAAAUUCUAAUCAGUAGUUAAGCACUCUGUUUUAUUGAUACCGCAAUAAUAAAUUACCGAAUUUAUCGCACUUUGGCAAUGUUUAAUUAGUUUUAGUGAUUUUUUUAACAGUAGUCACUAUUUGAGUACUGUACUGAAUAGUAUAAGGUGUCUGUCUAAAAAAAAUCUUAUAAGAAUAAUAAUAAAUUGGCAAAUAAGUGCAUUGUUAGUUGUGGCUACUAAUUAUGAUUAGGUAAUUUUAAUUUGUACACGGUACAGCGAUUUGUACAGCGAUAAAUGAUGAGUCGUCUUGGUACCGUUCGCACGAAAAUUAUUUCAAACCUCGAAAAUGUUCCCGCGUUUGUUAACCGCGUUAAAGCGCAUUGUUGUGUACUUGUUUACGAUCAUCAUCGAGUUAGUUAUUACGGGGUCGGUAAAAUGUGAUUGCGACACGCGGAACUUGAACACUACAGUCGAAAAUUAUUAUUAUAGCGAGUCAAUUGUUCUAUCAUUUAUUGCACAAUAUAUAGAAAAGAGAAAGAAGUCAACAGCCGGAUAAGAUUGCUGCUGGGAAAACUUCGGGGUCAAGUGUUAGUACAGCCACUAUCAUGGAGCGAGAUCCUUUGGUGUUUUUUUAUUGGUUGUGUAAAUCUAUAUCUUAGUGACAUGAAAUAAACGAGUCCGACAAUAGUUCUUGAUUGUUAAUUCUAAAAAAAAAAAAAAAAAAUGUUUUUUUUUCAAUCUUCAUGAUUGAAGUUAUUAUAUUUUCGGUCAAAGGAAAAAAAGUGCUUUAAGUCACUUUUUUUUAUAGUUUCCAAUACAAGAAAAUAAAACUUGUAAAAUGUCUAAAUGACAUAAUGUCCUCUUAUUUCCAAGUGGAGUUUCCUGAAAUGUUUUUUAACCAUCACACGCCACCACGAAUUAUCGAUAGACAGCGAUAAAUGUAAAAUUCCAAAAACCCCUUGUGACGAAAUAACGUUAUUAUGGAAAAUGUUUUCGUCCUGCAAAAGGCGGCGCGAUUUCUUCACCAACGUGUGUACUACCCGCCCGCGAUUUCUUUCCAUUUAUAGAAACUUAAUAUUUUAUGAACUCCGUAGAUGUUUUUUUUUUUUUCUUUAAAUUUUUUUAUUACAACAUUUUUGCAGUAAAAUCUAUCCCGGCAAAUAUAAUAUCCAUCCGUUGAGCAAUAGCAUUAUUAUUCAUUAUAUUCGGAUAAUAAGCGAGUGUACUACAAAGUAUACACGGUCGUUUAUAUUUUCUUCGACGUGUGUUCCUUAGACGCAAUAUUAUUUGCGUUAACCCUUUAAACCCGCAGUUACCUAAUAGUAUAGGCCACGGUUUAAGGUGGACUUUUUGUCGUUGGAUAUUAUAUAACACGUAUGUAUGCGUUGCCUAUACAGUAAAUAGUAUGCAUGUGCAAUAUACGUGUACGGUUUUGGUAAAAAGACGAGUUACACGGUAGAUUAAAUUUCAUAAACGGAAAAUAUUACGCGUUCACGUAAUAUAUGCAUAUUAGACAUUCGUUAAUGUUUAUAAGCGGCGAAGGGUAACUGUUUUUGAAACGUGAUUUUAUUUCACACAUCUCAUUAAACACAUUUAAAACGCGCAUUAGAUAUUAUUACAAAAAACAUAAUCGUUUAUCAAAAUUAUAUUUCGAUACUAGUUAUACUUACAUAAUAUCGUGUUUUUUUACUGUACACGGUGUGCGGUUGGAUUUUUCUGUCUCUAAAUCAAUUGUCUACCGGAAAGAUUUGCUUAGAUCAUCAAAUUCGGUAUAGUAGUUUUUGGUAAAAAAAAAAAAAAAAAUGUUCUAGUUGACGCAUUAGAGAGGUCUUUUUUUUUUUAAAUUUUUUUUGUGGUUUCUGAAUAAUAUUGAGAAAAACUAUGGUAAAUUCGACAACACUUAGGUACAUGCAAUAACGGAUGCUGUGGUGAAAAUUAUAGAAAAGCUGAAAUUUUAACUCAAAAAUCAUACCAACUUUUUUUAGAUACGGUAAAAUUGUUCAAUACAUUCUUACUAUUUUUAAGCUAUUUAUAGGCAUUUGAAUUUUUUGAAUUAUUGUAGUCCCCAAAAUAAUCGAAAAUCUGUUGUUUUGAUUAGUUUUCAUAAACAUGGUUUACGUUCAAAUUUUGAUAUAAAUCGUAAAAAAACCACAUAAUUUACCAUUUUAUUUUUCAAAUAACGCAAAUUAAACAUUUUGGCUCCAUAAAAUAGUGUAGUUACAGUAUUAAAGAGGAGUCCGUUUUUAAAUUCAACGGGAUAUACAAGGAAAAAGUAUAUUUCCUCAAAUGCUAGAAAAUGUACAAAAUACAAAAAAAAGAAAUGAUUUAUAUAAUUUCAAAAGUACUUUUUGCUGUCAUUAGUUGUGAAAUAAUGAAAAUCAUGUAUUUUUAAAAAUCGUAGGUCUUAUCACGAUAAGCAAUUUUUAGUUUAUGUAAUAAAACUUCCUGAGCGACCCGUUCAAUAUACUUAUAAAAUGGUUUCAGAAGUAAAUUAAAAGUACACGAUUUCGAAAAUACCGACGUAUAAUCAGUUUUCUAGUUUCGCUCAGAGUUUAAAAAUUAAAAGUGAAUAUUAAUAUACCUACCUAGAAUUACUUGAAACAGUCGGAUCCUACCAUUUGUUGUUUUUUUACUACCGACAUAUUUCCCGGAUAGUUUGGGUUCCAUAAAAAACAUAAUUUAAUAUCUCCUAUUUGGAUUUCUACUCAAACUCAACCAACAAAAACAUAAUAUACGGAAGUACCUACUUUACAUUUUUUUUAAGUUGACUAAUUUGCUUUAUAAAAAUAAAAUAAAAACAAGACAAUCAUCAUCAUUACUCAUAAAAUGUGUAACAAUUUGAAAAGGUUUUUCGAGCUUUCAUAGACAUUACGAUGAUAAGACUGUAUGUUUUAUUUUAAUACCGCAAUAACAAAAACAUUAAAAAUAAAUUAUUUUAUUUAAUGCUGUCUAACAAAUUCAUACGUCUAUAUAAGUGAUAUAGGUAUAUAUACUUGAUGUUAAAUGUUUUUUUCCUAGUUGAUUUUUAACACCAUCAUGACACAUCGCGUUCAUUAGGUACGUGAAUCUAAACUUGUUAACACGUUCCACUGUAAUUAAACGCAAUUUCUAAAAAAAAAAAACAACAAAUAAACAUUAGAGAAGACUACGAAAAAAUAGCCUACCUAUUUUUUAUUUUUGACUACGGCCUUCAUUGGUCAAACAUCCAAACACAUCCUGCUCCACUUAUUUCGAUCUUCUGCCUGACCGUCUCAUUCUAUACCUAGCUGUUAUUUCACCACACAUCUCCUUAAGCAGUCUUCUUGGCGAAACCGUCGUUUUCCAAAUGGUCUUUUUCCAUUCGAAUCCUUUCACGACACGUGAUCCCUACCGAAUCUUCAUGAUUUCUCUAUACAUAUUAUGGUCUUACUGACCUGCUGCAGAGGUUUUUUUUUGUUUUAUCUCUUUCACUAUAUGUUUUGUCUGUUUUACCACUAACAGCUAUACAGGCCAAUCGAGACAUUUUACAAUUUGGCUGAUAAAUGUGUUCGUUGAGCUAAUAGAGAGUUAAAUGAGGUAUUGUAAGAACUUAGGCUCUUAGGUCUGCGUUGAAUCUCUUCCGCACUCCACUUUCCCGACUACCUAUUUAAAGAAUGAAUUAAAUUUUAAAACAUGAAUUAAGAGAUUAAUAUUACAGUGGUAUAAUAUAUAUUAUCCAAUAUAUUUAUUUUGUUAGCAACGUUAUAAUAUUGUAUAUAAAACUCGAAAUUAAAACUCCAAUACUUUUUUGAUGGUAUUGAUAUUUGAACCGUGAAGAUUUUCUCAACAACCGAACAAAAUGUUAAAACAACAUUUUAUAUUUGCUAAUAUUCACUUUUCAUCUUGUCGAAAAUUCGUCAUUGCAUUAAAGUCACGAACAAAUUUCCUUUCGUGUACACUGGGUAUAUAUAUAUACUAUCGAUUUCCGUGAGGUUAUGAAUUAAUUUACGGUGUUAUAUUUUAUUAUGCAUAUUAUAUUAUCGUAGUCGUGAACCACGUUCUAUUUCAAGUAGAUAUUUUUAUUAUUUUUUAAAUUCCCCAUCAAGGUCUUUGAACUACUAAGAAAUAUUUCAAGUAAAUUGUACGUUGAAUUUUAUACAAUUUAAUUUCAAAUUAUGUGUACACCAUGUAAAUGUUUUAUUUAAUUACCCCGACCAAUAAUAGUAAAAAAAAAGAAAUAACAUAUAAUUAGAUAUUUUGGUUUGAUAUAAUAAUAAACAAACAUGUAUCUAAAAUAAUAUUUCCUAUUUUAUAAUUCGAAAUUGACAUUUGUUUAGUAAUUACAAUAUGUACUCGUAUUUUAACUGUAUUUUAUGAAAAUGUUUUAUUUCUGUUUUGCUAUCGUGAUUAUAAGAAGGAAUAACAAGUGCUAUUUAUACCAUAGUUUUACUAUUCUAUAUGAUCUAUUGUUUUAUAUAAUUUGUCCGUGCAAAUACAAAAAUAAUUUAUUAUGUUGGAAUUUAAAUUUUUUAACCCGGAGGUGACACCAUUAUAACUUUUUCCACUUUAGUAUUUUUUUUUUUUUUUAUGGGGAAUUUAUUAUUUUUUGAUUUAUUUUCUGAAAGUGUUGUCCUAAUGUCUGUUCUUUUAACUAGUUUCACAACUUUUUUAAUACUUUCCCAAAUUUUUGGUAGAUAGUGUUUUGGAUAUUUUUGUAGAUGCUUCGUAAUAUUUAAUAGGUUAUACUCGUAGUGUUACACAUAUUAUUGUUUAAAGUAUUAUCGAAGUUAAUAUUAUUAUGUCUUUAAUAGUACCUAUUCAAAUCAUAGCUAAAUAAAUGUAUUAUUAUUAUUUUGUUUAAAUCCAAAUUUUGUUUGUAAUUAGAAUUUAUUGUUAUUUCGUUUCAACCAUAAAACUACCUGAUCUCAACAGAAUAAAGUUAAAACUUUUAGGUACUUAUUAUAAUACUUACAAUUGAUACUGAAAUAUUUGCAGAAUUCUUCUUUAAAAUUUAAAAUUUGUAUUGUUGAAUAAACCAAAACAUUGUUAUAUGGGCUUGGAUUUAUGGAAUAGUAACAGGUAUUAAGAAAAAGGUUAUGACUUCAUAUUAGGUUGUAGGGAAUAUUAUCUAAAAAUAAAAAUAAAUAAAUAAAAAUAUUGUCUAGCUUAUUUUCGUAUCCAAAGAAUACGAGGAGGGACUCAAUAAGUAAAAAAAAAAACCUUUACUGUGAGAGUUAGUAUUUUUAUAAUAUAUAAUAAUACAACCUAUUUAUUUUUAUAGUAAUAUUUGUACGUUUGCAAAGGACUGCAUAUAGCUAUAGUAGAAAAAAAUAAAAACAAAGUACUCGUCGUCCCUCGGUUAUUGUCGUUUUGAAUUAAAUAGGUAAUAUGUACGCUUCGUGGAUAGCUUUUGACAAUAGCAUUAACGAACUAUAACGACAGACCUUAUUGCCGUCAGUAUCUAUAUAAUAUAGGUAUCUACAUAAUGUCGCACAGUUAUCAGCAUUUACAUUGAAAUCAAUUUGUCCGGGUGUAAACUGUAAAUAUUUGUUAUACAAUUCAACAAGCAGAAGACCAGAUAUCUAAUAGAAUCUCGAAGAAAACAGCCUCGAGAUUUUCUGAUAGCUGAGAACUUAACCUUUGAAAGGAUACCAAAUUUAAAAUAUCUAUAAUAGUUGACAUUAAAACUACAAACAAAUAGCGACGAGAAGACUAAUGCGAGAAUAAUAACGAAAAUAAAUGCUAUUCUAUGUCUAAAAUGUCUAAAAGAACGAAAAAAAUACUGUAUGAAGUACUUGUUAGAUGUAUUUCAUUAUUGUACGCAUGUGAAGCAUAUUAGGCGUCAAUAAAUUCGGAUAACAACUUCUUAUUAACAAGAAUUAAGAGAGCAAUAAAUAUCGAGAGAAAUAUUAUACGUAAAAUAUAUAGUCCAAAGAGAAACAAAGAGGAGAAUAUGAACAUAUUAUGAACGAAAAACGAAAAUUCAGCGCUGAAUGCAGUAUGUUUAACGAGGAAGAUAUACGUAAAAAAAAACAAAACGAUAAGCUGAAUCUAAACACGAAAUUGUGAAUUUUUUUUUUUGAAGAAGGGUGUCCAAACAUAAAAUAUAUCACCAACUACCAAUAAUUGUUCGAGAAAAAAAUUUAAAUCGUAAUGGGUAGAAAAACAAAGUAGGUAACAUCAGAAUUUUUGGGAAGAAGCUUAUGUUUCGCGGGGUUGGUCCAGCCCUCUGGCUACAUGUCAAUUUGGCCGAGCACAUUAGGUGAGCAGCGAAUUGACUAAUACGCAAUGUGGACACCAGACGAUAUGAGAUCAAGAGGAUUGUCGAGUACAAUUACAACGGUGGCGUGAUCGAGUCAGGGAGAACCUCGAACUUAUAGGAAUACACAACGUAAAACAUUAACACAUGGAUUACAAAACUAUAAAAUAUUCAUUGUUGUGAUUUAUUACUGGGCCCAUUUGCCUUAUUAGGUGCUGUUUGUGGUUUCCAAUCGUUUGCUAGUCGUCUUAAAGAAUAAAAUAAAAAUUUGAAGUUUAAAAACAAAAUACUUACAUAAACUCAUUGUAAAAUCCAAAAGUAGGUACGUCUUUUCAUUCGAAAUUAUAGGUGUCAUUUGUAUGAAAAUGUUUGAAAACGAGUUUCGGUUCUUGAAUAUUCUUCUAAUAUUUUGACGGUGUUUGGAUUCCAGAACCGGUUAUCUGUGGUUCGGUUCCAGUUCCAAAUUUAAUCCUAAAAAAAAAGUCGUUUCCGAAAAUAAAUCAAUUUACAAGCGACAUAAAUACGUAUUAUAUCGGUUUUUUUUUUUUUAAUAAGAUUUUAAGGCGCGUGUAUUAUACAGGUAUAUAAUAUUAUAUGCAAAUUAUAUUAAAUCAUACUCAACCACACGUAUAUAGGUAGUAAAUUGUUAUUUUAUACUUUGUUUUCCAUUUUCGGUUAUGUUGCGCUGUAAUAUGGAAAAAAGAAUGAGAACAUUAACGCAAAAUAUAUGAAUACCGUCAAACUAAUAAUAUAAACAUAAUAAUUUCUUCGCAGGGGGAAGAAAAAUGUUCUUAUUAUAAAAAAAAAAAAUAUAUAAUAAUGUUACUUACAUGCUUGUUAUUUGUGUACGCCUAUAUGUUGUUUAUAAAUUCAAAAUUCCAUGUUUGAAUGAUUGGAAAUUGGAAAUUUAAAAAUAAAUUAAUAUAAAACAAAUUACUACAUUUUGCUCAACGUUACAAUUAUUUAUAUAUUUUUUUUCAUUUCUAAAUAUAAACUAUGAUAACCACGUGUUAAAUUUUCGAAUAUUUCUACUGCGGUCUAGGAUAUCUUGGUGAGGCCGUAUUGGCGUAAACUAUUUUGACGUAAAGCUAUUUUGGCAUGGGACAGCUUUGGUAGAAAGCUGUUUUUGGGUAAAAUAGUUUUGGCGUAUAUUUUAACAUAUACAACAUACCAAAUUAGAAAAAUAUAAUAUUGGUGAGUACCUACAGCUGCGGAUUUAUCGAUACGGCUGUGGAUAAUUAAAUACAAUUUGUCAAUAAGAUUCGGAUGCACUCGGGCUAUCACUAAAUAAUCAGCAAUUAUAAAGUUAACGAAUUUGAACUAUUCGACGAUAAUUUAAUAAGUGAAUUUCAAAUGUAUUUUCUGGCUUUAACUCAUAUUUUUAGGGGAUCCAUCAAUCCAUCCAUCGCAUGAAAGAUAUCCUGUUCUAUUUUAGAUAUUUAGUUUUGAAAAAUUUGUAUUAUUUUUUUUUUUUAUGUGAACACUUUUUUUACCAGAAAGCUUACUCCGACGUAUACAACGUAGACUAUUUUCUGAAAGAAAUUUUUCUUGAAAUGGUACUUUAAGACGGUAAUUUUUCGAUACUCUCAGGAGUUUUCCCAGCAAAUGUAAAAAAACAGGAAAAAACAUAGGAAAACCGGGAAAAACAAGAAAAUCGAAACAAUACCAAUCAAAUAUUUUUAAAUAUAUAAUACAUGUUUAAUUAUUUGACCAUAAAAAGACAUAUAUAUAUAUAUAACUGAACUUGGCUCAGUAUCAUAUUUUCGUAAGCAACGGCUUUUCGUUGCUUACACAUUUACUAUAUACAUUACAUUCCUUUCUGUAUCCUACCUUUCCAACUUCCCACCUACAAUAGUGACUGCACCCACAUGCGAAGUGUAUUCGUCUUUUUUAAAGAGAUUAAAUUAAUGUAAUGCAUAAAAUUUAUCAGCCGAGACACAAUGCAGAUCUUUUUGUUCCCAUUCUUCUAUCGUUUCUUCGUUAUAUACUAUCACGUUCAGCAAUCUCAAAUCUUCUCUUUCCAUUCCUGACCAUCUUUGUCUAGAAUGUUAUCUCGACUGUUUAAUAUCUGAUCUCCAUCUCGUUAUUUAUUCAAGUAAUCAUUUUGUUCUCCACAUGACAAUAUGUGGAGAUCAAAUAAUAUGUGCCUACAUUAGCCCACAUUAGCUUGUAGUGCAUUGCAGAAUUUCUAUUAUUCUGCUUCCACAUAUCGUCCCUUCACAAAACGACACUAUGUGUAAACAAUUAUUUACAUCUCACAACUAACAAAUCGUACUAGAUAUAAUAAUGAAAAUGUAAUAAUAAAUGUAAACUCGUGCAAAGUCAUAAAUUCCGUAUUAAAUAUAUUCUACAACAUUUUAUAACCUUAAGAGGUUUAAAUAAUGAAGUUUUUGUUUUAUAAAUAAUGAAAUUCUAUUCUUUGAUAAUUUUGUUCUUAUUAUACCACACUCCUCUCGUGCUUAUUCCAUACUAUUCGCUUCUUCUUAGGCAUUCCUACCCUCACUUAAUAUCAUUGUUUCGAUGCCGAUAUUUCAUUUAUUUCAUCACUUAUUCGUGGUACAGUUGGUGCUCUCGGUUUCGCUCCGUGUCCGUGCCUACCCAACAAGAAAUCACUUACGUUUUUACAUUCCAUCUCACCCCGUAUCGUAUGGUAACAAUCAUUCUGUACACUGGAUGCUCCGCCAGUUUAUCAAAUUAGUUUUUGUGUUUGGCAGCUAUCUUAACCUUUAAUUUGUAUCUUAAAUUUGAUCAUGAUUAACCGUAUUAUAACCUGCAAUUAUAACUUUGUGAAAUGUGAACGUGAUUAUAAAAUAAAAUAAACGAUAUGGUUAAAAAGAAUACAUUUAAAUUAUGUAUAAUAACAUCAAGACAGCUACGGUGCACAUUUUUAUUUACUUUAUCAUAUACUUUCACUGCGGUACCGCGUGUUACUCGUUGAAUCUAUACGUGCGAUCGGCUCACACUUACAUAAGUUCCCGAUAUUCACGACUUGAUUAAUUUAUUAUAAGUUUCUAACCAUACGUUAUGCUUAUAUCUAAAAAAAAAAAUACAUAGAUUAAUAUAUUAUAUAUAGAACAUGAAAGAAAGUUUUGUCGAAAACUUUUACCUUUUAUCUGAAUUUCCUUAAAUCGGCGUUUCUGAAACUGCACGCCAAGGAGUUCAAGAAAAAAAAAAACUUCACAAAAGACCAGUAAAUAUUAUUAUACAAACACUAUACGGUUGUUCACGGUCUAAAACUAAAUAAAGAAAGAGUUAGUACUGUUGAUGGGUGUGCCACUGUUGUAGGUGGGUGGAUGAAAAGGUAGGAUACAUGAAGUCUAAAUUUGCACUUAAAAUAAAUGCUUUAAAAAAAUAUUACUGCACUACGCUCAACUUUUUUCUUUCACCAUCAAGUACAACUUAUGGCAUGGCCAAACCUUUAUCCACUACUAAUAAAUCAAUUUUUUUUUUAAAUUCGACCACGUCUAGAAUAGACCACGUCUAGAAUAGACUAAUAAAUUCUGUGGAAAUAUUAAAUCCACACGAUGAUUAUUUUUGUUACUGAAUCACAACAAAAAAACAGAAUCAAAAAAAAAUGAAACUAUUAAUACCGAAAACUGAAUCGUUUUUCCUUCGUUUUCCCCGAGUUUUCUCAAUUAUCAAUAAACGGCCAUACCAACAAAAUAAUAUUUUCUUUCAUAAAAGAUUCUAUUAAAUAAUGAAAAUUGUUUUUAUCUGUUUUGUUUUUAAGUUAUUUUUCGGUUUCUCGGUAUAAUUAUUAUGAUUAUUAUGAAAACUUAAUAGAAAAUCAAAGAACGAUCUUUUAAAAUGCUUCAACUAGGGCAAAAAUUCUUCAAAACAGUUCUCUAAUAGUUUUUUAAUUGGAGCAAGAUUUAUGGUGGAAAAGUUUUACAAAAGCAUAUAAAAAAAAAAAAAACACGUAUUGUAGUAAAAUCAAUAAUGCAUUCCUCGCUAUUCUACCCUCGAAAUUUAAAAAUCCGAAAAAUACUGAAAGACGGAUAUGCUACUAAUGUAGGCGAACAAUUUGGAAAGUAGUAAUAGAAGAAUACAUAGAAUUAUCAAAUUAUUUAUAUCUGUACGCAACAUUAACAUAAGUAUUACUAAGGAAAAAGUGGUUCUGAAUUGAAGUUCGGUUAAACAUGUUUUUAAAUGCCAUGAUAUAUACGAUUUUUGCCUUAACCUAAACCUAAAACAUAAAAACAAACAUUACGGCAGGCCUUUUUUUUUACUACUAUAUGUUCAAUUUAUAAUGAACUUCGUGUGUUAAAUUUUCAAACAAAUUGGCCGGGUCAAACAAUUUAUUUUCACUUAAAUCGAUACAUAUUACGAUUUCUAUUAAAAUUUAUAUAAUUUAAAAAGUCUUCCGUCCAAACCAUCAGCUAUAAACAUUUUUUUUUUUCAAAAAACAUAAUAUAAUUGAAAAUUGGAACUUGUAGAAAAACAAAAUCGAAAAUAACGUCGUAAAUUGUACCGUGUCUUACCUCAAUUAUCAAAAAAACUGCAAGGGAAAUCUUCUAAAUUGAUCAACUAGACAAAAAUCAUCAUAAAAGACGCUACACACUUGAGAAUCGAAACAAGAUUUCCGGUAGAAAAUUGUAUUGCGUACACGCGCAAAAUAAAAAAAAAAAAGAUAAAAGCGCACAUAGAGUAAAACCGUUAGGCACUAUAGAUCUGAACAAUAAAAUGUUUUAACAUUUCGAUUUCUGUGCAGCGGUAAAAAUCAUAUGAUAUUAUGAAAGUUGGAAAUUGUACUGUGACUUACGCACGCGGCCGGCCACUCGCAAUGGACGGGAAAUUAUUAUUUUUUUUUGUUUAAUAAAUCGGCGGCGGCGUGGAAAUAGCGGCGCGGUCAUCCGAUAAAGAUAAUUUAAUUUAAUUUGUUUUUUUUUUUUUCUACUCUCCCGGGUAAUAAACCGUAAUAUUAUGUGUUAUUAUUAUAAUAUUAUUACGGUCUAUAAUUACGAUUUUAUUUAGUACCUAUAUUUUAUAAUACGCAACGCAGCGAUGUCCGGGCCUGAUACCGCGCGGUCAAAAUGGCGUAUAGCUAUAUGUAUCUAUAUGUUUCGGACGUAAUUAAUUUUAACAAUUUUACGAAUCGGGUAUACGUUUCCCCAAACUGACACGUUGCACGUGCUAAACUGCAGUCGAACCCGUUUGCAGUAAAUGGGUUAAGGUUACAAACCGAACGCGCGACCGACCGGUUUAUUUCGAUAAAACUGUCAAUUAUUUUAACGACAGUUAUAUUAGACUGGUUUUUACAAAUAAAAAUAAAAAAACAAAAAAAAAGGUAGGUUAUGACGAUAUAGAUCGUCACUAACGAAAAGCGAUUCUGAAAACAAACGCAUUCGCUUGAAAUGAAGCGAACCGUACGAUUUUCAUACGAAUUUGAACUUCGUUAAGCUUCGAUUUUGACUUUAGGAAAAAAAAAAUGAAAAAUUAUUAUUACAUCUUUAUGGCUAUAAUUCGUGUACGAUUUUCGAGGAUUCAUUUCGGUUGGGCCUGAAUAAUUUGCGUCGAACUAUAAACUAAAACCAGCUAUAAACAGUUUAAGAUGUGUCAGAAUGUUUUUUUUUUGUAAAUCGUAUACCACGUCUGUCGUACGAUAAAAUUAAUAUUCGGUGAAAAUUUCAGGUCUCCGCGAUUGUUUUUACCGGAACAAUUAUUUGAUUUGUUCUCGUUGCACAAGCACAAUAUAGUAUCUGUCUUGUAUAGUAUUAUUUAAAUAUUUAAUAAAUCACAAAAUAGUCUAUAGGAGUGAAUAUUGUUUUAGAUUCUGAGUGGAGUGAAGAAUACAUGGUUUUUCAAAGAAAUUUAUUUUUUUUUUUUUUAUGCGAACACUUUUUCUUCCAGAAAGCUUACUCCGCUGUAUAUGAUAUAGACUUUUUUCCGAAAGGAAAUUUUCUUGGGCUGGUACUUUAGGUCAUUUUUAAAUUUUCCCGGGAGUUUUCUCAUAAAUGUGAUAAAGCAAAAAAAAAAAACAGAGGAAAAACGGGAAAAUUUAUGAAAGUAGGUAUUAGCCGAAAAAUAUGUCUGCCUCUUUUUUCCUGUGAACAAUUUUUCCACUAGCAACUUUGCUCUAGUUUAUAAUGAUAACAUUUUUUCUGAAAGAAAAUCUGACUGGGAUGGUACUUUAUGGAUAUAAUUUUUCGAUUUUUCCUAGCAAAUGCGAAAAACUUGGGAAAACCGGGAAAACGAGAAAAUUGUAUCAAUAUUAAACAAAUAGUAAUAAAGAAAGUAUACAAUUUAUACUGCCUAUUUAAUUAUUUGACCAUUAUAUGACUUGAAUAUUGUGGAAAAUAAAGCACCACUAUCAAUUGAACUCCGCUCAGAAUCGUUUUUUCGUUAGAAAUGGUUCAUCGUCGCUUACUGAUAUGCAUUGAAUUCCCUUUUGUAUUCUACAUGCCCAACUUUCCACCUACAACUGUGGAUGCACCCAUCCUCAUUACCGUAGGACAGCUUUAUUUUUUUUUCGAUGUACAACGUAUUGACAAAGGGACUUUUUUCAGAUGACUCGGCGGCGGGACACGCGUGGCACCGCGUCACCGUCGCACUGGCGGAAAUGUUUUCGGUGUUCGCGCCGUCUCCGGCGCCAUCGGACCGCGACGGCGACGGACGGCUGUGGCGCGGACACCGACGACGGCCAGGCGGUUCGGCCGUCAUUACUGCCGUGCUGAUCGCCGUUGUCGUGGCCCUGUCGUGCGGCAUAUGCGCGGCGAUCGGCAUACUGUACCGGCGAGGCCACAGUCAGCGGUGCGAAGACGACACCGGCCACGACCGCGGGGCCGUCGGCGGCGGUGAUUGCGGAGACGGUAUCGCUGGCGGCGGCGUCAUCGGAAACGGCAUCGGCGUCGGUGAUGGCGAAAAAACGGCCGGCGUACAGCCGUUGCCUCAGUCGCAAAAACCGGGGCCCGUGCGGCUGGCCGCCGCGGCCAUGGAACAGCGUCAGACGGCCGCCGACAAGCAUUCCGGACGCCGCCGGCCCGCCGAGUACGCGAUACCGGCCGACGAAAACAACGGCGACGACGACGACGGUGACCGUAAUCGAGCCGAGGCGUUCGCGCCGCUUUUGCAGCAGCAGCAGCAGCAGCAGCAGCUCCGCCGUUGCCGACAAAACACGGGCGACGGUACCGCAGUCCUGCGGCCGGCGACCGAUCGCCCGGACGACGGUUGCGGCGGACCGGACAUCGUCAUGUCGACGUCCGCUACGGUUGCGCUGGACACCGGUAAACACGAUCAAGACGAGUAUAAUAUUAUUGUUCGUAAGGGAGCGCGGGGGGGGGAGCGAAAAUCGUGUGUCCGGAAUUCGAGAAAUUACGAAAUCUCAAAUCACCGACGCAUGCUGAAUGUUAACUGAAAGUUUCAAUCCGCCAUUCGGUUCCGAGACUCGCGGGCCUUGUCGUGUACUUUCAUAUUGUCAUGAGUGUUAUAUCCGUGUGAUGUUGUUAACAAUCACCGUCUCGGUCGCCGCGGUAACGACGGUGUAAAUGCAAAUUCCAAGGGUAGGAAGAUAUAUUACGAUUGGGCAGUGGACCUCCAAUUGAUUGGCUGCCUUGCUGCUUCAACCGAAAGUUUUAGUGUUAUCCCAAACAGUGAUUCGAUGACAUUGAUGUCAAUAUAUAUUUAUGUAUCCGAAUCGUAUAAAAUUAUGGAUAUUUAAAAACAAUAAUAAUUAAAAACAAACAUUAAAACAUUAUUAUCAUUCAGAUGUAUUCGGAAUACGUCGGUUUAAAUGCGUGAUAAUAGAGAUUUGUGCAGCAUAAACACGUGUUGGAUAUUUCAUAAUCGCUAUGGGUACUCACACGGGCCGACCGGGCCGCCGGGAUGACGGGAAAUUCCCUGGUAGGCCAGCGCCUAAUUUCGGCCAUGUGGCCUGUGGACGUUACAGUUACGGCUCUCGGGGUUUACAGGAGGUGUAACACACGUAAAUCGGAAUAAUUCGUAUCGACAAGUGGGGAAAUCUGGUAGUCUAGAAGAAAUGUAUUCUUCUUUGAAGUUUGAUUAGCCGACGCGAUUCAGAGCAAAGUCAUUUUUAGAGAGUUUGUAGAUUAAAUUCGAAGCAGUUCCCACUGCAGGUAAAACGCAUUUAAGAUGGUCUAUUGAAAUUAUACAUUUGACACAGCUAUUUCUGGUUCGGACAAACACUUCAACAUUUCUUCAAAAGUAUGGCCCGUUUAGCAUAUUAACAUCCUUUAAACAUUUUAAGAAGUUCAACAAUUAAUCGGAGAAUGUAUUAUUUUUUUUUUUUAUGUGUGUAUACGUAUGUGGCUACUCUAGAUCUAAAAUUUUAGUCCCGGUCCACCUCUGGGUAUACUCAUAAUUUCGAAUUAUUGAUACAUCUAUAUUACCGAAUAUCAAUGAUGUAUUUUAUGAACGUUCAGUACAUAUUUCGUAACGGAUACACACGGCAUUUAACGCGCGUCUAAUAUUUUUUCCCUGUAUGGGAUAUGACCAGUUAGCAAUCCAGUUUAUCGUGCGUAUAUAAUUGUGAUCGCGGACGAAAUGAUUGAUGUCAUCUGAUCGAACAAUAAUUAUUUUGUCGCGGAAAAAAAAAAAAUUACGAAAAAUUCGUGCUCAAACUAGCAGCACCGUGCGAUUUCCCGACGCGGAACAUCGUGGGCGAUCGCCGGUCGAAACUCGUAUUAUUCGAUCACGCGUUCCGACAAUAAUGUAAGUCACCGUCUGGUACGAACCGAUACACGGGGAAAUCACGAUUAUGAUCGUACUCCCUUAUAAUUCCGAGCGAUAGAAAUAAUUACAUUUCAUUACAACGUGUUUUUAAUCGUUUUCAAAUUGUCUGAAUUUUGCCGCUACGCAACGAAUCCAGUCGAAAUCGGUUCAUAUAGGUGCACUGCAGCACGUCCAACGCGAUAUGAUAUUUUUUUAUUUUAUUAUUGUAUUAUUAUCGGUAUUUUUUUUUUUUUCGCGAUUAAUAUUUUAUUCCGUCGAAACGUUUGUAUUGCGUACGUCGAGUAUGGUUUAUAAAGGAGAGUGUAUAUUUCAAAAAAAAAAAUUUUAAAUAAAACCUCGUCCGAAAAGCGUACGAUUAUUUUUACGCCCUCGGACAUAUCGGUCGCGGGAUCGUUUCACAACCGUUUUGUAUACGGCGACGGUUCAAAAAUCCUUUAUUUCGCCAGUCGUCCCGACGGACGAUCAUCGGUAAUCCGUUUUUUCGUUUCGUCAGAUAUGCUGUUAUUAUCAUUAUUAUUAUUAUUAUUAUCAUUUUUUUUUAAUAUCACACGAGCGAUUCCCUAGUACAUGUUUUUAAAACCGUAGCGCGAGCCCAACAUUUUCGUCUGGUGGGGGUACCCCUUUAUUCGUCUCGGAAUAUAAUUAUUCGCGGACCGGUUACUAUGUUUUUCAUUGACUCCGGCCACACAAAAAUGAUCGCUCUUGUAGUCUGUACAUACUGGAUGUAACGCGAAGAAUUGACACCUGAAAUUUUCAAAAAUCAUUUUUCACGGACAUAGUGGGGGAAUCGAUUGGUAUUAUUUUAGCAGUGACAAUGAAAGCCACGAUUUAAAUAUUAUCGUUCACUGUAGAAUUAUCGACAAACUGUAGAUAAUUAACGAUUCGUUUUAUGUAAAUAAGAUUUAACACCAAAAUUUUGUUUCGUAAUAUAUUUUGUGUAAACGGUUUUUGUAAAAAUUUUUAUUUUCCAUAUUUAGUUUAAAAAAAAAAAAAAAAAAAACCAAUUACAGGAAGCACGGAUCUAGUAGUUAUCGCAAGAAACAAUAGGAUAAUAGCUUUUUAUGGGGAUUGGAUACCUGUAGCUGUUUCGCGUGUGUAGAUAACCUGUUGUAUUGAAUCGUGCCAUUAUAUUAUCCCUUGGUGUGUAAAGCACAAUAUAACUCUGACAUUUUUCGUUCAAAUUUCGAUAACAAAUUCCUUACCAAUUUCGGAAAAACCGUCCGAUUGAUAAUUUGCACUAAACCAUAUGUAGGUUCUCGUUUGGAAAACCAAAGCCGCAGUUAUCACAGGAUACGCCUUAAUUGCCGCGGAAAAUCUGGGUAUUCGGAGACACCAUAUCGUCUUUCACACUAUACACGCUUGCAAAAAAAAAAAAAAAACGAGGAGGAGGAUAUAUCUCUCUCGAUCCCCCCCCUACUCCCCCGUUUGACCGCCCCUGCGACGGUGGGACGCCCGCGCGGUAGAAUUUAUUAAAAAAUGUGUUGAUUUUUAUUUCCCGUAUCUGUGUACUAUAUUUAUACGCGUUUUCAAACACGAAUUUUUUUAUUUUUUUCCCCACUCAUGAACAGGUGUGUACACGGACAAACCGAACGGACCGAACUGGCUACAGCCGCAGCGGAAACGACUGCAGGCGCAACAAACGAAUUUCAACGAGCCGGCCGCCGGCAGUCAUCCGUGGCCGUCGCGCCGGCAGCAACCGCACCAGCGACCGGGCAACGCGACGAUCCAUCACCCGAGGUCCGCGGCCGCCGCGGUGUCGACAACCGUCACCGUCGGGACGCCGCCGUCGACGGCGACGACCGCGGUGGUAUUGACCGACAAAUACAACCGCGCGAACACCAAGACGAUAAUCGACGAGCCCAAGCCGAUAUCGUCCCGGGAAUUGUUGAACGCUCUCCACCGGGAGUCGUCUAUAUAGAUAGAAAAAAAAAAAAAAAUGUUAAAUCACAUAUUAUUAUGUUACCGUCAAAAUAGGCUUUCUUCUCGUCAAACUGCCGCGACAAUCGUCGCACCGCCGUGCAGUCUCGCGUCUUUAAACAUCCGCAUUACGAAUUUGCCGCCGCGACUAUUGCGGUUGGUUUCUCCUGCGCACAUUAGCCGUACAAUCGUUUCGCUUUUACCUCCUCGCACCACCUAUACGUACAUGUGUUACGUAUUUUAUCGUGAUAAUAUUUCGUAUCGAAAUGGAAAUGGGAGAUACGCGAAAGUAGCGCAGCUUGUAUUGCACACAACGGUAAUAUAGUAGAUAAUAAUAUAAAACAAUAUAAAACACAAAAAACAAAAAAAAAACAAAUAAAAACACAUAUUAAAAACAGCCGAAUAUAACAUAUUCGAGUACAGACAAUAUUUUUGAAAUGUCCGGUUUUUAUUUUCUAUUGCACAGUCCUGAACCGUUUACCGCGUGGCCGUAACCGCAGGGAACGCCGGCACAACGCACUUGAAUUUUUUUUUUUUAAAUGUUAGAAAAACAAUUUUCGAAAUUCUCAAAGUAUUCAAAUACCUACCUCACGAGUCCGUUCGGCGGCCGUACACACCGAGAAGGUUAGGUAUACUAUUGCGUCGGUUAACCCGAGAAAUAUUUUUCUCGUAAUGUUUUCCAAUUUCAAUGGUAAACGGUCGUGUGUAACGCAAUUGAUCUUGAAUGUAUUGUUUGCCGGAAAUUAAAUUUAAAUUUGUUUUUAUAUGAAAACUUUUGUCGUAUUAUUUACGAAAUUAUCGAAUAUUUACGUUACCGUAAACAAAAUCAAUUUUUCCCCAGAUAAAUGAAACAUUUUCCAUGAAAAAUUACCCAUGUUAUAUUAUUCAGGAACUGCGUAUAAGCAAUUCAACGUUUAUUU